GAGGAGUUUUGUCAAAAGUUCAGAUACAUAGAGGCGGGUUGAGAGGCAGUUUAUAACACGCUGAGAAGAAAACUGCAAGAGCAGAGUGUGAAUGCGUGUUUGUCCACAAACCUCCUCUGCCACAGGUGCAGUGUCAGUCUGUGUGGGUAUUACAAAAUGUAGUGUCAAGCCUGAUGUUUUGUAUUCACAGCUCUCCGUGAAAAGGCUGUUUUUGCCUUUUUGGAUAUUACAACUUUAACAGUAAGUCACUCGCCACUGUCGUGACCGGAUUUCAAAACCGUUUUUACUCUCCAUCUGUAAAGGUUACAGCAUGUUUUUUUCCUGUGAGAAAGCAUCCAUUCAUGAGGACACUUUCAACCCGAGUUCAUUCAUGUUGCCGACUGAAAGAGCCAGCCACCCAGAGCCAGCCUCCCUGACCCAGUCAAUGAAACACCCCGAACAGCAGAGUCUGAGUCAGCCAGUCCCUGACACUCACAUUAAACCAGAACUGGGAACUUCUCUGUGGGUCCAUCUUUUGGCAGCAGCUGUGACAACCCCAAUAACAGAGCUGUGGCAGCGGCGGUGACAUGGAGAGACAAAGUGAGCAGUAGUCAUUCAUUUCAAAUGAGCACCCAGACAAGGAGACUGACGCGAGAGAGCAGAGCCGUUUUUGGCAGAGAUGUCAGAAAUUUGGCAAAGAGGAGAAAGUUGGGAAGAGUUUUUCUAACCCUAACUAGACAACCAAGAGAGGAGCAGAGUUAACCGGCUAUAGACUUAAGUUUGGUUUUUGGCAUUAAGAAACUUUUUUCCCCUGAAUCUGAAGCUAUAAUAAAAUUAUUGAAUCAAGUAUAUCCCCAAACACACAGCAGAUUAUAUUAGAUUACAAAAUACGUAUUGGUUUUGAUUAGAUAGCUUUAAAAAAGUGUCUCUUUACUCUUUUUCUCCUUCAUCAGUUACUUUUCUCCUCACAACCAAAUGUGAUAUGACCUUUUCACCUGUCCCCAUCCACAUCUAUCAAAAUCAGCCCUGAAGUAUCCUAACCUCUCUGAUGGAGCAUUUUCCCUCACAGUUUUGCACCCAAGUCAGGGCUUUACUUCCUCAUCACCCUGCUCUUUCUUUUGUCUGUUUUAAAGGUGGGGUAGGCAGGAUCUGAGGAAGUGCCAGUUUCUUGGAGAAAUCUUGAAUGUAAACUCUACCCCUCCUAACCAGUUUUCCCCUCAGCUCCUCCUCUCCCCUUCGUCUCUGCUCCAGCAAGCCCCGCCCACAAACAGACCUCCCUGCUCACUCCUAUUGUUUCUAUUCAAUUGAGAUAUAAUGCAGAUAAAUACUUCAGAUAAUUACAAAUGGAGUCCAGUCAACGUGUUAGUAAACAGCAUUGGUGCUUCUGCAGAUGCCAACAGACUACCAGCAAACGCAAUGUUUGCAGGGCUUCUACAACUAGGAUAAAGUGACAUAGUCCAGGACCGAAGCUAAACAGUUUAGCGGCGCUACGACAUGCAGCAGGUCCCGUUUGACAAGAAACACUUCUGUUACAGACACUUGGCUGACUUUGUUAAAGCGAUUUACCUGUCUAACAGAAAGGUUACAGGGUCUGUAAGAUCCCGAAGCAUCCCCCAUCAUUGUUGAUACAGCUUUUUAGCUGUUGUCCGGUUUACUUCCUUUUUUAUCGCCCGUUAUUCCGCCAGAAUCUCCGGUAUUUACUUCGUCUUCUUACUUGUGUCGGCAGUCGUGGCCAAAGGAGGAUUCAGACAAUUUCCCAUACUUCCUGGUUGGUUUCUACUGCCCAAUAUUGUAGCUCGCUAACUUUGGUGGGCUCAUGGACAACACAGGGGAGCAGCGUCCGUUCCCGCUCAAAAAUUUUAAAAUGUUGACUACACAGACAUAAGAGAACACAGUGAUAUUGUUAUAUUCCCAAAUGUUAUCAAUAACUAAUAGCUAUUGACUGAUAUUAAAAGUUUUUUUAAUAUACACCACAAAAAAAGAUGCUUCUUUAACGGAAUCCUGCCGACCCCACCUUUAAUACAAAAUUCUGCUUUUAAAACUGGACUUUCAAAACACACCUAUGUUUGUUGACACGGCAUGUUUGCACCCUUUACUGUAGUUUUGACUUAAACUGAGAAACACCAACAAUGACAUACCCGUAUUUCACAUCAUAAAACUCCACAUAACUACUUGAUUAAAAGUUUAACUGUUUACUUAAACAAAAAAAUAAACAGGUACAGAAAUGUUAAACAUUUGGUCCCACUCUCUAACUGCCGCUCGUAAAUUCAAAAACCCUUUAUUCUCUCAGAGCACCUUAAUGAGGGGGCGUGGCUACUGAGAGUGGCCAAUAACCAAUCGAAAUAUUCCACAUAACUAGUUGUUAAAAAGUUCAACUGUGUAUUUAAACAAAACAAAUCAAACAGGUACAGAAAAUGAUCAUGACUCUAUCAUGUCCUUGAAGUAAUAAUCAUCAUAUUCAUAACUUUACACUGCAGACGCAGUAGUUUUUCUGCCUUAGCAUCUCCUUCUGAAUGCAUUUCCCAGAAGAAAUGAUCAUAAAUGUUCUUCCUUGAGCUGUGUCCCCCUGCUGCAGUUGAUGGACUCACUCAGAGGUCUCCGUACAAACAAGCGGCUGCUGGAAGAGAGAGGGUGAGUUGUGUUUAGUCUCUUUGCUAAAGAAAUUAGGCAAAGUUAAAAAGAUGUUUGGUGGCUAGUGCUUUGACUGGGACCCUAUAUGUACUGUUGAUGAAGUUAGGUGCUGUUUUGAACAUUAUUUGUGGCUAUAGAGUGGCGUUUUGGUUAAGGUUUGUGUGUGGCUCCUCAGACCGCUGUGUAUUGCUAUCAUGCUGUCAUUACUAAAGUUGGUAUAACUACAGAAGCAAGCGGUUGGAAAUAUUCGUCUCUCGACGGGGUGUCUAACUCAGUGUUACAGUGUGUUUGACCCUAACGUAAUUUUACGCCGGAAUAUCCCUUUAAACUGAGAAACACCCACAAUGAAAAACCUGUAUUUCACAUCAUAAAACUCCACAUAACUACUUGAUAAAACAAACAGGUGCAGAAAUAUUAAACAAUUGGUCCUACUCUCUAACUGCUGCUCGUAAAUUCAAAAACCCUUUAUUCUCUCAGAGCACCAUAACGAGGGGGCGUGGCUUCUGAGAGUGACCAAGAACCAAUCCAAACAUAUUAAUAGCAAAUAACUCAUUUAGCUCAUUGAACUAGAGCUGUAUGAACUUAAACUCUAACUUUUAAAAUCAAUAAAUACUUAAAAUAUUUUCAAGAAUCCUUUUCAAUGAGUUCACAAUUUUCUGUUUGAACUGCAUCUCGGUUGUUGAACCAGCACAAACAGAUGUUUCAUGACACUAAAUGAAAAGAUGCCUCCAUAUUUGCAUGCAUCCAUCUAAACUCCUGAAUGUUUUAGUGUGCAUACAUAAACAUAUGCCGUUUCAUGCAAGUAUUAUCUAAAUCCUCCUCCUCUCUUCUCUACAGCAUAUGUGACUAUAACAGCUUAGGUAGUUAUGUCCCCAAGCUCCUAUCCAGUAGCCUCUAUCUCCCUGUUGCGUAUGACGUUGUGAGCGCUAGGCUAAUUGACAAUGCUGGCAGAAAGACGAUCCCAGCGGGGCCCCACAGGAGCUGUGGAUCCAAUAUUGUGCCUGACACUCACAGGUAAAGGUAACCUGGAAGCUGCUUAUUACCUGUGACACCUCACAAAUAUGGAGCAGUGGCUAAUAACCAAGCAAACCCUAAGGGAGCCUUUGAUGGAAGGAUUUGGCGGGAGGAAAGUGAGGUUUCAGCUAACAGGCUUUUAUUGAAAUUACUCAAAGGGAUUGCGCUUACGCUUAGGGAUACUGGGGUCGAGCUAGCCGUGAAACUCCAAAUCGACCUAUCUUUGGUCGUGCUAGUAUGGAGGAGGAGGCGUAUCGACACAAGUCAUCUGAAAUAUAAGAGCAUCGUCUAAGAUCUGUGAGAGUUUUCACAGUCAAAGUCAAAGCUUUUGUGUAAAACAACUUUUAGACCAACUUUAUAAAGGACUUAUUUAUACAGAUUUAUUCAGGAACUAAUUAGAAGGAUAUAGUAGCAGUGGAAGUAAUGCAGAUUUAUGAUUAUUCAAGCUACAGCUGAGGCGAGGUGUGAUGUUGUGAAACUUCUCAUGUUUUCACAGGAAAACGCUCCGGAAAAACCGCAAAGGUGUUCGCACCUGUAGAUUUGCUGAACAUCAGUGACAUAUUUAAGUGGUGAUCUGAAACAGAGAUACGAUAACCUCCCGCUGAUUUGGUGAGCACAAUUAUUGGCUGGAAGUCAUUACUGUACAGGAAUGUGACACUAAUGCACACAAUUGGAGUCUGGAUUUCCUCUCUGCUCUCAUUAUCGAAUACAAGAAUUGAGCUAUGUAGUACUAUAAACUGACAAAUAUGUAUUGACCCUGUUAUUAGACUUCUAGUAUCAGCUUCAUCAAUAAUAAUGUCAAGAGAAGAUCUGUAGAAAAGAGAAACUAGCCACUCUUGCUUUCUUUUUAUUCCCAAUACUACCCUAUGAGUGUUGUCGUUGAUGAUUCAGGCAGCUUCUCUGUGGUAAAAAGUCGACAUUCAGUCCUUUCUCUGUCUUUUGUUUUGCUGUCUUUGGCAUAGCACCCAAGAUAUCUCCACAAGGAGAUCUUAAUUGUUUCAAAGUGUAGUAAUUGUUCCCUUAAGGUGGCUUUGACUGCACAUAACCUCCAUUUUUUUUUUUUUUUGCAUGAAAACAUCACUGUAUGUAAUUGCUUAUAAGUAAAGAGUGCAUGCAAUGGUCAGGUUACACGGGUCUAUAGCUGCAGCUAACACCACAACACGAUUUCCACUACCUUUAUCUAUCAAUCAAUCAAUCAAUCAAUCAAUCAAUCAAUCAAUCAGUCUUUAUUUGUUUAGCACUUUUCAUACAAAAAAGAUGUGGCACAAAGUGCUUUACAUAGCAGAGGAAUAAAAGAAACAAAGAAAACCCUAAACUACUCCAACCCAACCCCUCAUUCCAACCCCGCAAUCUAAGCACAAUAGCACAAUAGAAACGUGUAUCAAAUGCAUGAACUUAAAAAAAUUCAUAUAAACAGGAAUGUGCACACUGAGGACACGCCAUUUUAAAAUUCAAGAUAAGGAAAUGCUUGAGGUUUAAAAUCUAAAAACAAAGUAACAUAAAAUAAAAUUUAAGAAAUAAUAAAUAAAAUGAAAUAAAAACAUCAGUAAAAGAUACUAAAAUAAGAGAACCAAAUUAGCUCAAUAGAAGAUGCUGUCAUUAAAACUAGAAGAGGUAAAUUCUAAAAUACUUAAAGUUAUUGAUAUAAAAUUUAGUUAAAAGCAAGACUAAAAAGGUAUGUUUUCAGUUUGCUUUUAAAAUCAUCAAGAAUAGGUGCAGUCUUUAGGUCUUCAGGUAAGCUGAUCCAUAAACGGGGGCCAUAGUAAUAAAAAGAUGCCUCACCGUAUGUCUUGGUUUUAAUUUUAAGUAUUGUUAACAGAGAACUGCCUGAAAACCUGAGGGCUCUACCUGGCUCGUACCUUUACAGUUUCUAUAUUUAACAGUGACUAGUAAGAGAAGCCAAAGUGCCCUGGGACAACUUUUGUAAUUGUACAAUAAUCUGUAUAAGUGGAUAAAACCCCUGUCAUGGACCAAAACAGGUGGUUAAAGUUCCAAAAAAGAGGGAUUUAUAGUCUAAAGAAAUUGCUUUUAAAACAAAAAUGACUGAAGAUAAAAUCAAAGUGGCACGGCCGUUAAAAGAGGUCAACAAAAUAUAACUAUAUAUAGUGGUUGAUCAGACCACAUUUAACAUAAAGGGAACCCUGAUCCCCCCCAUGAUGUAGGAGCUCUUGGUCUGGUCUGUGGGAGGGACUUCAGCAUAAAGCCAUGCUCUGCCCUCAGCUCCAUCUUUUGUUUCCCCAAGCAGGAAAUGCCACCCAGCAGCCAGGUAACUCAAAGAAAAGAGAAAUGAUAAAUACAAAGAGCAAAAUGGCAAAUAAUUUUGAUUAAAUGUGUUGCCAAAGUGCUUAUAAACCAAUUUUAAACAAGACAAACCGUGUGUUUAAGUUUAAGUGACUGCAACUCAGAGUAACUGACCAUGUGGUUAUGGUGGUUCAGGGGUUAAGGUAUGAAGAUGGUGAGCCCAGAACUAUCAUAACAUACAUCCUGGUACUUUAAUACAAUGAAAGCUUCAUUUACAGGUUAAUCCAUCUAAAUCUGACACUUAAGUUCAGGAGAAUUGCAUGUUUCUUACUCUGUGUUGCCAUUUUUCUUUUAUUAUUAAGAGAUUUGAUCCCCAUUAAGUGUUUUUAAUGCAAAGGUACAUGUAUAGGGUUUUAUUCAGUCUGCUAUUUUUUCCAGGGAAGCAGUCCGGGAAGCAAAGGACGGAUGGCAGACUUCAUUUUAUGUGAGUUGAAAAGAAGUGUCUCUGUCGGAGACCUUCAUGUGUUUGGAAAAGUUCAACACUCCCCAGAUGCUAAAAUGAUGUUCUGUUUAUUUGACUCUACAUACAAAUAUAAGCAAACGUGUUCUCUCAUGACAGAAAACAAGACAAGCUGCAGCUGCCCUGACAGUGAGACUCCAGAUUCCUCACCAUUCCCAUUGGGAGUGGUAUUUUCGGGUGAGUGAAAUUUAACAGUGAUAAAAUCGUCUUACCCGAGACUCGAGCGUACAGCACAAAGUACUUAAAGCUCACUCAUUAAACUGGUCUGUUAAAUAAAAAGGGUUAUGGCCCAGAACUCCCUGUUUUUUUCCUUCUCAGUUUGGUCCCCGGCUUAAAAAGUUUGGACUCCCCGUGGUAUACGGCCUGGUUGUGGGAAACUAAAACAUCUUAAGUUGGACACAGUUACAGAUGAAGAAAACUGUGCUGGAAACUCAUAAACUUUAAACUCCGGGCAGCUUUACAAGCCUUACAAAAACUUGCACUCUGUACAUUAGAGUCUAGUAACUCUUGACUUGCUCUCUGGUGGUUUAAUAACUAACGGUUCCCUCGCUUUACUCUUAUAGAUAGAAAAAAUUAGAUACACAGCCUUGUGAAGUGUCGAGUUAUGGGCAAACCUUCUCUCUGGAUCUGUAUUUCCUUUCUACAAUGCCCUUUUGUCUACUUUGUCUGUUUCUUUGUGUCAGUUUUUCACAGCCUCCCCCUCUUUCACACGUUCAUAAACACACUACCAGCACACACAGCACAGCACAACACUUGGCGUGGCCAAGAACCUGACAUGGGAAAAGUCACACUGCUGCUGCAAAGUUUUUAUUCCUAGGUGUUAAUUUCACGUGUUUCAAACUGUUGCCUCACCGAAAUAACUGAAAGAAGCAGCCUCUGAAAAUUUCACCGUUUUACAUCUGAAAUCAACACAUCUCAUGGAGAUGAAAGUUGCUCCUCUCCUUUUCUGGUUUCCUAUAUAUUCAACUAAAUAUGUUCACUUUGUUUACUUACUGAAUGGUCGCAGAUUAAAACAGUUUAAGCCAUGUGGUUAUACGGGUGCACCUUGACGAAUUGGACCUAAAGUUGAUUUUUGAGGAGGUGCAGUUUAAUCCAAAAAGUUUACUUAUACCCUUUCUCUUCCAGCAGCCGCAUUUUUGUAGCGAGACCUCAGGCCAGUCCAUUGCGGACUGCAGCGGGGUGACGCAGCUCAAGAAAGAACAUUUAUAAUCAUUUCUUUAUCAUUUCCUUGAAGUAAUAAACACCAUAUUGAUCAUUUCACACUGCAGAUGUGGUAGUUCUUCUGUCUUAGCAUCUCGGUCUGAUUGCAUUUCCAUGAAUAAAUGAUCAUAAAUGUUCUUUUUGAGGUGCGUCACCCCGCAGCAGUCGAUGGACUCGCCUGGAGGUCUCCGUACAAACGAGCGGUUGCUGGAAGAGAGUAGGUGGGUUGUGUUUAGCCUCUUUGCUUUAGAAAUUAGGCAAAGCUAAAAAGAUGUUUGGUGGCUAGUACUAUGGCUGGGACCCUAUAUGUACUGUUGAUGAAGUUAGGUGCUGUUCUGAGAAUUAUUUGUGGCUAUAGAGUGGCGUUUUGGUUGAGUGCGUGGCAGGUGUAUUGCUAUCUGUGGUCGUUACUAAAGUUGGUUUAACUAGAGAAGCAAGUGAUCGGCAACAUUCAUCUCUCGACAGGGCUUCUAACUCUGUGUUACAGUGUGUUUGACCCUAAAGUAAUUUUAUGCCAGAAUAUCCCUUUAAUCUUCUUAAACAGUCAGUUUUUUCCAGCAAUGACCUUCUGUGGCUUUCCCCUUCUUGUUGAGGGGGUUGACUGUCCUCAAGACAACUUUAAAGUCAGCAGUCUUCUCCAUAACUGUAGCUGGAUGUUCUGAACUAUACAGAGAUAAACAUGGUAUACUGUUCUAACUGUAAUUUACUUUAAAUCCAAAGUUAAUAUUCUACUUUUUUAAACAUUAAACAUUUCAAAUAUUUCUCGUGUGCAUGUAAGGCCUUCUUGACAAACAGAGCGAUGAUAUUGAACUUUUCGAUGGUAUUCUAAAUAACUGAGAUGCAUCUACUCUUGAGUUAAUGCCUGUGACCUCCAAAACAAAAAGCAGUCUUUCUGCUAACAAUUUCUGAGAGACUGAGAGACAAUGUGUGACUUUGGCACUCCUCUGAAUACUUCAAUUAAAUCUCUGUUUGUGAGUAAAAUGCCUCGUCACUUAGCAUGGCUGCUCUCAAUUAAUAAGUUCAUUCCUUUAUAAAACAAUAAAUUUCACACCUCAGAUUGGCCUUUUGACUUAUUGAGCAUGUGUUGAAUUUAGCAGUUAUUACUCUUCAUCUUCAAUUUUUAAAACUAAUUUUUCAAUUUACCAUCUGAAUAACUCUCUCUCUGUCUCUCUCUCUCCGGUGCCGCCUUCACCCACAGGCCUGGCUCAGAGCCUGAAUGCAAAGCUCAGGGUUUACCAGCCGAUCUAUGCUCCAGCUCUUGCCUUCAGUCAGGAGCUUCAGGUCGUGACCAAAAAGGAUAAAAUUGUAGAUACGAGGAGAUGAAAUUAGUUUUUACUGCAGCAACAGGCCGUGCAGCUCAGAUUCACUGAUACCCUAUCUAAGCCCCCACCCUAUUCGUGCAACAGUUGCUUCUUUAUGUUGAACAGAAUCUGCAGAGGUGGUGGGGGGGCAUCUGAUUAGGACAUCUCCCUGAGGCCUCUCUACACAGGUAUUCUGUGCACGUCUGACAGAGAAGAAGCCCAGAAGACUCAGAAGGGAUUAUAUAUUCCAACUGGUCUGAGAAUGCCUCAGGAUGCCCUAGAAGAAGCUUGGAGGGCAUGGCUGGGAAAAGGACUCGUGGGUGUCUCUUAUUAGUGAGCUGCCACUGGAGCCAUGACUGUGAUGAGGGGACUGAUGGAUGAGUGUUUAUGGGUUUACACUGUAACUCUGUUCCAUUAAAACAGAAUAAUAUAAAAAAUUCAUUUAGCAAAGCUCUGAAAAAGCCGGUUAUAUCCCAAAAUGUGACAGUUAUGACUGAAUAUUUUAAUAAUAGAUUUCCAUCUUGACACAGCUGCAUCACCUGGAUUGAGGGAGUUAAAAGCAGGUGCUUGUAACUUUUGAUUCAAUAAAUAACAAUCAAUAAAAUGCAAUUUUCAUCCAAAUCUUAGCCUUUUUUGUAUUGCUACAAAUGUUGUGGACUUAUCAAGGUAUUACGUAUGUCCUGAGAUUUUGGGAAUUUGCAAGAUUAAAGGGAUAUUCUGGAGUAAAAUUAAUUUAGGGUCGAACGCACCAUAACAUCGAGUAAGACACCCCCUCAAGAGAUGAAUGUUGCCAACCGCUUGCUUCUCUAGUUAUAUCAACUUUAGUAACGACCGCACAAUAGCAAUACACAGCGGUCUGAAGAGCCAUAAACAAACCUCAACCAAAAAGCCACUCUAUAGCCACAAAUAAUGCUCAGAACAGCACCUAACUUCAUCAACAGUACAUAUAGGGUCCCAGCCAUAGUACUAGCAACCAAACAUCUUUUUAACUUUGCCUGAUUUCUUAAGCAAAGAGACCAAACACAACUCACCCACUCUCUUCCAGCAGCUGCUUUUUUGUAGCAAGACCUCAGGCUAGUCCAUUACAGGCUGCUGCAGGGUGAUGCAGCUCAAGGAACAACAUUUAUGAUCAUUACUUCAUGGAAAUGCAAUCAGACCAACACGCUUAGGCAAAAGAGCUACCGUGUCUGCAGUGCAAAAUGAUUAAUAUGACGAUUAUUUUUAUAUUUACUUCAAGGAAAUGAUAAAGAAAUGAUCAUAAAUGUUCUUCCUUGGGCUGUGUCACCACGCAGCAGUCUGUAGAGGACUGGCCUGAGGUCUCGCUACAAACAAGUGGCUGCUGGAAGAGAGUAGGUGAGUUGUGUUUAGUCUCUUUACUAACGAAAUCAGGCAAAGCUAAAAAGAUGUUUGAUGGCUAGUACUAUGGCUGGGACCCUAUAUGUACUGUUAAUGAAGUUAGGUGCUGUCUGAGCAUUAUUUGUGGCUAUAGAGUGGUGUUUUGGAUGAGGUUUGUUUAUGGCUCCUCAGACCACUGUGUUUUGCUACCGUACGGUCGUUACUGAAGUUGGUUUAACUAGAGAAGUAAGCGGUCUGCAACAUUCAUCUCUCAAGGGGUGUCUAACGCUGUUGUGGUAUGUUUGACCCUAAAUUAAAUUUAUGCCAGAAUAUCCCUUCAAUCCAGGCACUGCAGAAACUGUGUCAAAAUGGAAAUCUAUUGUUAAAAUAUUCAGUGAUAAAUGUCAGAUUUCAGGGAUAUAAUCGGCUUUUUCAGAGCUAGGUUAAAUAAGUGUUUUAUAUUAUUCUGUUUUGAUGUAGCAGAGUUGCAGUCUAAAUCCACAAACAUUCAUCCAUUAGUCGCCCCAUCAUGGCCAUCAUGGGGGUCUAACUCGGUGUUAUGGUGUGUUUGACCCUAAAAUAAUUUUAAUAAUAAGGGAGUUAAAAACAGAUAAUAACUUUUGAUUCAAUAAAUAACAAUCAAAAAAUGCAAUUUUCAUUCAAGUCUUACCUUUUUUUUAUACUGCGACAAAUGUUGUGGACUUAUCAUGGUUUUAUUAUGUCCUGAGAUUUUGAUAUUAUUACAUGCCUAUGAGGCUUUGUAAGAUUAACUUGUAGCAUCAUCCUGCAAUACAAUCAAAUAAUCGUAGAGGAUGUUUAUUUAUCUAUUGUACAAAAUGUGUGAAUGAAUCAGGGCAUGCAUGAAAAAUUCCAUCAAAAUCUGCAGGGUAUAUUACAAAGCCUACAACAAAACAGCUCCUUCCCUUUGGGUAACACUUUACUCUCCAGCCUUUGUUGCAUAAUCCAAAUUAGGUAACGAGUGACAACUGAGUGAUUUUGCAACCGUCAUUUUCAAAUUAUAUAACUCCCUUUUUUAUCGUCUCCAUUAUUAUGCUGUUUUGUUUUUUUUUAAACCGAGUGUCACCAAAAACUCUAUUGGAAGCUCUCGGGUAAUUUUUUGAAAUAUCAUUUUUACAGGCAAACACACAAAUGGGACCAAAAAGCUAGCCGCUCGCCUGAGGUAAUUACAGAGUAUUUACUCCACUCUGAGCUAUAGCUGCACUUUGUUCUGAUAAUAAGAUGUGUUUGGCUGAACAUGUGGGAGAAAAAAAUAGCUGCAUUAAGAUAAAUUGAGCAAAUGCCUUUUGAAUAGGAAGCCUCAUCUAUGCAGUAAAAUGAUCUGUGACCUCACUUUAUUCUCGCAUUAUUCUUCAGAUAGAAUAAAAAAGCUGUCUCACCAAGUGAUGAGAUUUUAUCCUGAUGUGAGCAUUUGAAACACAUUUGCGGGAAACGGAUUCAAACUGUUGAAUAACCUAUGAUUUCAAGUCCCUAAGUCAUGACACUGGCCUAUUUUCGGUGGUAUUAUUAUUUUAGCUGUUGUUAGAAAGUCCACUAUGCCGUCUAUUUCUGAUUUCUUGCAAUGUUUCUCUGAGAUCUGUGGGAUGUUUCUGAAGCUGGAAAGGGAGAACAUUAUGUACCCUGAGCUAUAAAAAUUCCCCAAGCCUGUGUUUUUAAGGCAAUGUUCUGCACAAGUGCAUCUUUGUGCUAUCCAGGUUCUGUCAUAUCCUAUCAAAACCCGAGCACGGUGAUCUUCCCUUGUGAAUACAGAGGCAUGCAUUUCCUGACUUUUCAAGUUCCACCUGACUCCCUGCAUAUGACAUGGUCAACUUCACAGAGCACGCUGAGCGUUUAGAAAUGCAUGUAACGGCAGCAAAAAAAAACAGCCGAGACCGUUAAGGUUUUACCGCCUGUGUUUGUAUUUAAUCUACUCUUCAGCUGCGGUUCAAGGUGAUUUGCAGCUUUCUUCAUCUUUUCACCACCAGUAUUACUAAUGGCAUCAGUAGCGUAUCAAAUUGUUUACAAAGCAAUGAAUAAAGAUGGAAGUCAUUUAUAGGAAAUCUGAAACCAUUUUCUACAUGCUUUUUGUAACCUGUAGCUAUUGGGCAUUCGGUAUGGAUAUUUCAUGGGUACAGCUAUGGCUCAGCUGUCCACAAGAUUGGUUUUCCAACCCAUUCUCCUUCUGUCUAUCACUGGCCGACACUGGCCCAACCAUGAGCAUGGCGUGGUAUUUUCGAUAAAAGCGAGUUACAGGUGUAGCUGUUGUGCAUUUGCUUUGAACAGAGGAACAUGUUAUAGUCUCCAGAGGUGAAGGGAAAUCAUUUCGUGUCCAGCUCUGAGACUGUUUUCUGAAGUGGUUGUUGUCCAAAAAGUGGUUGAUGCAAAAAUGUAGUCUGGUCUUGCUCUUGAGGUUUGACCGUUGGGUGUGUUUUGGCUUUUUCAGUUCCCGCUUAUUUCCUCUAACCCUCUCUGUGUGCCUUAACAGACCUCCUCAUCACCCCUAGUUAGUGUAUUCUCCUGGUGUCCAGUCUUGGCCGGGACUUGAGCUGCUUAGUGAUGUUCCCCCAACGUAUUCAGCUAUUCAGCUUGAAUUUGGACUAAUUUCUAUGAUCUAAUCUGACUUUGGGUUCAGCCUAGUCUGCAUCUGGGUUCAUCUGUUUGCAUCCCUUCAACCCUCAUCUAGAUACAGCUACAUCUGCAAUUGGAUUCAGUCUGGUCUACAGCUGUCAAGUCUACUAUAGGGUUUAGGUUUGUCUGCAUUUGGGUUCAACCUGGUCUGCAACAGUCUAGCCUUUACGAGUAUCCAGCCUAGUCUGCAAUUUCAGUGUCAAGCUUCAUUAUGCCUGGUUUGCAUAUGUCUGUAAUGCAUUUAGGUUCAUCCUGGUCAGACUCAGUCUAACCUGCAUUUGGGUUUAGCCAGGUCUGUGCUUGGAUCAUAGACUGUAUAUAAAAUGGACAGAGUCUGCCUCCUUGCUGGGUGAAGCCACUCCUAGAACAGCACCCUCUGUUGAUGGGCUGCAGUAUAGGUCAUAAAUCCCGCCACCGCCAGCAAAGCUUAUGGAGCUGUUGUUAUGUGCACAAACUUUAGAAAUUUAUUACACAGAACAUACAUUUUUCUCUCUCCUGCUUGUGAUGUUGACAUGUAGUUACAGUAAGACUAGUUUGUGCUCAAGUCCUCUUUUUUUCUAUGAAGCUCUGUUUUUAAAAGUUAUUAGGGGGUUCAUGUUUUCUUUGAUUGACACCUGAUACAGCCUAUAGACGUUCAGGGAUUGUGUAGCUCACCCAGGGGAUACGCUGUUUGAGCCGAGUGUCAUCACAGUGACUCUCAGCGACUCUCUCGCCGAAUGCACACAACGCUACUGCGCAGUGCUGGUUUCAGGAAAUGAAGAAAAAUCCUGGAAAUACCGAGAGCUUUUUGGCUUCAAAUCCAUAUACAGGCGGAAGGCAGAACCAAGUUAUCCAUAGUAUAUACCGUCUAUGGUUUGGAUUCACCCCAGUCUGUAUCAGUCUAAGUUAUAUCAGGGCUCUGCCUGGUUUGAAUUUGGGUUCCUCUUGGUCUGUGACUGUCCUGUGUGCAUCAGAGUAAAAUUGGGUUCAUCCUGGUUUGCAUCAGUCUAGCAUGUAGAGGGAUUUAGUCUGCAUUUAGCUUCAAAAUUUUCUGUUUCAGUAAAGCUUUUUCAAGGGUCCAGCAUAGUCGCCAUUUUGAUUCAUCCUGGUCUGCAAUAGUCUAACCUGCAUUUGGGUUCAGUCUGGUUUGUAAUUGGGUUAAGCCUGAUUUGCAUUUGGGUUACUCUUGGUCUGUAACUGUCCUGAGUGCAUCUGGGUGAAUUAGGGUUCAUCUUUGUCUGCAUCAGUCAAGUCUGUUAAGGAACUUAGUCUGCAUCUAGCUUCAACCUUGUCUGUUUCAGUUAAGCCUUUUCAAAGGUCCAGCAUAGUUGUCAUUUUGAUUCAACCUGGUCUGCAAUAGGCUUAUUCUUAUUUGGGUUCAGUCUGGUUUGCAUGUGGGUUAAGCCUGCAGUAUUAAUUUGAAUUGUAUCAGGGCUAAGCCUGGAAUUGGGUUCAUCCUGAUCUAAAACAGUCCAUGAUGCAUCAGUGUUCAGUCUGGUCUAUAUUUGGGUUUGGCCUUGUCUGCACCAGUCUUACCUGCAUUUGGGUAUCUCCUGGUCUGUAUUAGGGUUCAGCCUUGUCUGUAUUUGUGGUCCACCUGGUCUGUAUGGUAUCAUCUUAGUUUGCAUUAGGGUUCAGCCUGGUCCAUAUCAGCCUGAUACAGAACCCAAGAUUAAUACUCAUUACAUGCUUGAUUGAAUAUUAAACAUUGUGCUGCCAUCUGUUGUGAAAAGUCAUCCAGGCCUCUACUUUUAAUCUGUCACUUCUGUAUUUAUGUCAGCAAAACAAAAACAACAACACUUAGAAACAGAAUGAAAAUGCAUGCAGUCAUUUCGGUUAUUACCUCUCUGCUUUGAGCUCUUUUAAUGAAUAUCAUUACCUGGCUUGCAUUUUGCUUUUGUGUAAAACUCAUUAUGACAGUACCUGAAGGUUGAUCAACUGGAAACUUUUGGUCUUGCAUAAAACAAAAUUCAGGGUUUUAUUUUAAUGGUAAUCAUCAGACACCCUUUAAUCUAUAUUUGAGCUGCCUUAUUAUUAAUAAAUGAAAGAAAGACUUAACAGCGAAGCGGCCUCUUUUACUGGUCAGUUUUCUUGUGCCCAGAGGCAUUUAUCGGCCUUCUGGUUUUAUUUCACAGUUGAACCAUUUGUCACCUGAGUCUAUGCCCCGAAAAUAGUGCUGCAGAAUUCCUUCGUCAGCAGAAUACAAACCACAAGCUGUUGACACUUUUAUUCCCUUUAUGCGGUAAAUGUACUUUUAACAGAUUAUAAGACGUCUUAAACUAAGGAAACUUUAACUCCCAGAUGGUUUAAAAUCCCUCUGUGUAUAAUACAUCCUACCUUCUACUAUUUUAUAGCAGAAAAGGGUUUUUCAGUCCGCCACAGCAUUUAGCAUCAGUGAAAUUAAGUCACACCGGCUCCAUUGAUGCUGUUGACCCCGCAGAGUAAAGAGGAAAUGUUAUAGUCACUGCUGCCUGUGUUGAGUUUAAAAUCACAAUAGUUUGCGCGGGAGCAGAAGAUACAAGAUGAAGUUACUGGCUGUCAAUAAGAUGAAGACAUUUUACUCUAAUUUUAAUCAGUUAGACUAAAAAUAUUGGUGAAGUUGUAUUUACCCAGAUGGCUUUACAGCGCCAUAAGAAAGACUUAACAUCUGCACAUAAGGGUUUGUGGUUGCAUCACAUUUGGCGUAUUUCAAAUCAUCUACAUCUUCCCGUGCACAACCCUGGCUGUGAUCAAGCGCUGUCAUCAUCAUCAUCAUCUCAAUUUUCCUUAUGUCGCUCAGGCGUGCAAAGUUGCUCAUGAGUAUCCGGAGCGGAGGGAUUUUCAAUCGUUUAGAUCAUCUAUUUGAUCUGAUGGAGGCAGAUAAAGCGAGCCGCGCUGGAAACUACUUCACCUCAGUGCCGCAGUUUUAUCAGGAGCAAGCUGUGAGCGAGGAGAGGCAAAAUAACUGCACACUAUGACGUGAGAUAACAUCUCCAUUUUCUGUUCUAGUGUUGGUUUUAUCAUUUCGGCGGUCAAAGGACUUGAUAGGUUGGAGGUAAAGGACUGAAUAAUGUUUAAUUUUUACCAGACAGCUGCAGUUUUGUUGGCUCAUGUCUCUUUGGUAAAAAUACCCAGUACAGCCCUGAAAAAUAUCUGUCAAGUCAAUGCUUUUUAAAAGUAUAAUAUGUAGAAUUUAGCUGCAUUUUUCCAAAGAAACGGGAUUUAUUAGCAGGAACCAAAUGUGUUUUGUUAAUUACUAUCAGAGAAUCAAUAAAUCAGAGUUUUCAACCAUAAAUCGAAGUCAUGAAGGAGUACAGAUGACGAAUUUGUGCCAAUAACUCAUUAUUUAUUCAUUUUCUCUGACACUAUUCAUCGUCCUUUAACUAACCAAAUUACCAAGAGUUGGCUGCUGAUGAGCAGCAUAGUGUUGUUUUAAGGAGGGGUGAAACAUGUCUCAACUAGUGCGGUACUGAGGUACUAAAACAAUACAGACAAUUUAACCACUCAUUUUGGCACAUGCAGUUAACUGCUCAGAGUGAACCAAAUCUCUUAAUUUUACAUGACUUUAUUUGACUUUACUGUGACUUUAAAUCUUUGUAACAAUAUGCUGUAAAUCUCGUCACAUUACAACUUCAUAUAUUUAUGGCUUUAUUCUUUUAAAAUAGCCUUACUAAAAAUUUAUCGUCCUCAGAAAAUGACAUCAGAAAUCAUCAUUUUUCUUACGCAUGUAUUUUGUCACAAAUGUCAGCACACGUUUCUAAAACAGUGACAAACUUACUUAUCAAUAUCUCAAAACAAAGCUAUAAACUGUGGACAUUUAGAUAAUAGAACAAAAAACAUCACCUUAAUCACUUUUGGUCCUCAAUGGUCACCGUUGCCUCAGUAACAGGAGCGUUUCAUUCAAGACUCUUGACCCUGAUGUUUCCUUUUAUUCUACGCACUGCACCUUUUAAAGGGUAUUUUCACUGAUCAUAGCUAUGAAACUUUAAAUGGUGCAAGUGUUACAACUUUUUAGUGAGCAUUCAUAUAUUAGUCAUGAGAAACAUUAUUCCUCAUAUUUGAGCUCAUAAAUUAAUGAUUUCAUUAAAAAUGCACAUAUGCUCUUUUAAUUAUCAUUACAGGUUUUCAAAUAACUUCUGCCAGUGACACCAGCAGCUAAUACAUUAAGAACUGCCAUAUACUGUAUGUAAAUGAUGGUUUUAAUCUAUGGAAGUCCUGUGGACAUCUCCAUUAGGCAUCCUUUUAGGAGUAAAAGUUUCUUUUCCUCUGGUGAAAGUUAAUUAAAAGGAAGAAAUGAUGCCUGGCUAUUACUAGAAAUGCUUUUUCUAGUCUAAGCAGAAAGAGUGUGUUGUCUGGGUUUGACUGACAGCAGCUUCUGGGCAGCAGACAGGGCGCUGAAGUUGCAGCAAAAAGACAAUUGCAAAAUCCCGCACCUCAGCUCACCGUCGUGUCAUGAGCGCAUAGCUCAGAUAAAAAAAGAUCAUACCAGAGCCCAGAAAAUCAAAAACUGACAUUCAUUUUCAUGCUGUUCAAUGAGCUGUAGCUAAGCAGCUAAUUAGCUAACCCUGACAGGGAAUGUUAACAUGGUACUUUUCUCUGGUGAGUCUUUGUUGGUGGCUUGUUCAGUGAGCUAAGGUGCAGCAUUAGAUGAGUAUUCAUGCUCUUGAGUCAGAUAAGGCCCAAGGCAGGAAAUUUGGCAGUAAUACAAGCAUAACAAUGCUGCAAGUUUUAACAGUUAUAUGUUCUCAAAUAGAGGCCAGAUCAAAUGAGACCAUCGGCAACAAAUCAGAUAAUUUUGCUGUCGUAACUUUUAGAAAGCAGUGCUUUCACAGGGGGCACCAAUAUCACUAAAACGAAAAGUUCCUCCCAGAAGCUUUAAAUACUCAGUCACAGACAACAUAAAGGUCUCUAUUCUCGUGUCCGCCGGUGAGGCAGUGGAGGGGGGUGGACCCCGCGCAGUGGUAUAUUUGUCUGGCGGAGCCCGGCGUAUAGCCAGUUUGGCAUUUUUGUGGCCUGAGGCGCACCAAGAUCCGCCAAGUUGGGCGUGGCGACAGAGGGAGGUGUCGACAGAAUCAGCUGCCGCAGUGACAUUUUCGUGCUCGCCAGUGGCGUAUAAAGUGCGCUGAAAGCUCGCCGAUUCAAACCUGGUCAGCUUUUAGUGCAAGCGGAGCGCAGCUGGUCUAGUGGUAUUUUGGUAGACCAGCGGCGUAUCGGCAUACGUCACCGAUGCCUCACAGGCAGGUUUCCACAGUGUCAGGCACAUUUCAGUGCAAUAAAUAAUCAUCAACAACUAAUAAUCUGAGUCAGCACAUACAUUUAGAUCUAUAUCGAUAUAUUCUGAUCUAUAUCUGAUCUGAUGAGCGCGUUUGGCACGCGUUUGGACACACAACCUGACCAAAUCAACACAGCUGAAACCGCAUUAAAUUAAAUUAAAUAUCUAGUAAAUAAACACACAUGAUGAAGUUAACAAGAUAUGUAAUUCGUCUCCCUCCUUUUCCAUCUUCCUCUUAUUUCUUGCGCAGCUCGACCUGGACACGUCUCCGUGUCCUCUCCCCGUCCUGCUGCUGCAGCUGAACAGAUGAUUUGUUUCAGUGCUCAGAUGCGUUAUCUACUUUAAGCCGACAUACGGAUAUUAUAAUAUUCAGUUUUGUGAGCCAAAUUUAUUUUAUAUGCCAACAUCUAUGAAAGAAAGAGCCAGGCCACGGAGCGCGAUGCGUCAUUUACGCACAGAUGGUUCCAAUUUUAAUGCCAUUUUUGGAGUUUAUGUUGUGAUCUCAACCCACCUUUGUCACGUGAGGUUUGAAUAUGUGCAACUUUAUGUGAGUGUCUUUAUUUGUGGAAAAGGGUGUUUGUCUUACCAGUGGGUCCAACAUUACACACACCAAAUCCAUCUGUGUUUAUAUGAGACGGUGUAAAGGACGCCCUCUGCAGCGCUUACAGCGACACUUGUUGAGGAGCUGCCUUCUGUCGCCAUCGUGUGGCAUUGCUGUCUUCAGCCAAAGUUGACAAAAACAGGAAGUUCCUCACUGGAGCUUUUAAUUCAGACAGAAACAUCAAGUAUUCCUGCUAAAGUCACGCUCAUUUUGUCUUUAGUGUAUUGUGAAUUUUCACUAAAUUAGGGCUGAAACGAUUACUCGAGUAACUCGAGUAACUCGAUUAAUAAAAUUCCUCGAGGCAAAUUAUAUGCCUCGAGGAAUCGUUUAAAUCCGGAACCAUGUGCAGCGCACGGUGUUUGACACGGACGGUUAUUUCUGUUGCGCAGCAGCGUGCUCUUUCCGCUCCUUCCGCUGCCGCGUGUUUCAUAGACACACAUCAUAGACAUAAUAAAAGGGUAGACCCCGCUGGGGGUGCUGCGCAGCGAGAAAUGCGGCCGCCAUCUUGGUCAGGUCAAGUUUCCCAUACGCUCCGGUCAAUCAUAUUCAUUCAUUCAGCGAUGCCGGAGCACUGUGCGGCGUAUUCCUGUGCCAACAGGCGGACAGCAGAGAACAGGGCUCAAGAAAUAACUUUUCACAGUUAUGAUUAAACCUUUUUCCAACAUUACACUUGACAAUAGAGUCAUUUGUAGGCCAAAGAGGAAGACUAUCGGUCAACUCCAAAAAGGAAACAGCAUUUGCGAACAGCUAGCUUAUUCACAAUAAUAGCAACUUUGGUCGAUUAUCAACAGAUUUGCAUUAGAUUGAAAAACUUUUGUUUGAGAGAGGUUCUAAGAAACGUUAAGAAAUAAAAUAGAAAGAAAAAGGAAGAAAGUGAGCUUUUUUUUAUUAUCUGUUUUAUUAAAGAUUUCUUUGUGGUGAUCUCCUGUUUCAUUUUGAAGAUUUCCUAAGGACAAAAACUUGAGGAAGAAGUGGGAGAUUGCUGUUAGAGGGAGAAAUUCGCAGCAAGUGAUUCCUCUGUGCUGUGUAGCCAACAAGCAAAUUGAUAUGUAGCUUAGAUGCUGUCCUGUCAUGCUGUUCUUGUGUUUAAAUCUUUUUGAUAUGUAGGCUAUAUAUUUGUGUGUAUUUUCCAGUUAUUAAAAUAGUGCUUCUAUAUGACAUUAUUUGUGUGUGUCUACAAAUGGAUAAAUAAAAUUAAACUAUAUAAAAAAUUAUAAUCAAAUCAAUAUAUACUGAAUUGGCCUAUUAAUACCGCCAGUUAUUAAUAAUAAUUGAGACAUAGCAGGAACCUAGCUCUAAACCUAAAUAUAUCCUUGAUUAAUUGUUAUACUAUAAUACAGCCACUGCUGCCAUGUUCUAAAAUAUCAUUUUAUUCAUUCUGAGUAUUUGAAAACGCCAAAAAAAAAUAUGGCCUCUAUCAUGCCUCUUUGAAUGGCGUUUGCAGAGAAGAAAAUUACGUAGUAUUGAGCGAACUAUGAUUCAUUAAUGCGCUCAGACUUCAUUCCGCCGGUUAAACAGCGGUGCAGAGUGAGGCGGGUGACCGGACCAAGAUGGCGGCCGCAUUUCUCGACAGCGCCCAUUCGUGGUAGCGGCCGAUGCGGGGUCUAUCUUUUAUUAUGUCUAUGGCGCGUUUGGUUCAAUCAUGGAGGGAAACGAGGACAGACAGAGAGAGGAAGAAAGAGAUGACACGCAGAGGAAACGGCAGAAAGUGUCUAAAGUGUGGGACCAUUACACACUGAAAAGGAAAGAAAACGCCGUGCAGUGCGUUCACUGUAAGGCAAAGUUGGCGUUUUACAACAGCACGUCGUCAAUGCUGCAGCACCUUAAAAGAAAACACCCGGUCCAUGCAUUAAGUCCGCUCUGAGGCAAACGUGAUUCAAUGCAAAGUAUUACAGUGAGAGCAAAACAUUUCUUAUCCGAUUACUCGAUUAAUCGACAGAUUAAUCGAUAGAGUACUCGAUUACUAAAAUAAUCGAUAGCUGCAGCCCUACACUAAAUUAUUGUGCAUUAGGUUUGAUGUCAAUCUGUAUUUUGAAAAGGCUGAUAAGAAUCUGUUGGCAUGGAAACGCCACCAACCAUAGAAUCAGAGAGACCAACUUAUUUACAGCUUUAAGUCAGGUCUCUGCUCACCCUGCCAGGACUAAUUUGCAUAACCACCUGCUCACCAUAUAUUAACCCUUACACAGGGCUUACAAGGAGGUAAAGUUUUCCUGUUUGUUUUCAGAUUCAGAACUCAAUAAUCACAGAGACCAGACAUAAAAUUCAAUCAUAUUUUGAUCGGGCCGGGGGAAACAGGGACACUGAUGAUACAUUUUAAAGGUUGUGCUGGAUUCAAAAGCAGAGCAUAUUAUUUCCGUGUAUUCUUGGUGGUAUGUUAGUACCCUGUGGGUAUUCCUGAACACAUUUAAACCUUUUCAUCAAAUCAAAAGCUCUACUUGAAAAGAAAUUUGGACGGGAACCCAGACUACAAAGAUGCGGCUCUGGAUGUUCUUUCCAGCUUUAUGUAUUCAUAUCACCAAACAGAAGAAACGCAAUAGAGUGAGAAAUCCCUGAAUGUUCAAAUAUAUUAUUGCUCUUACUGAUGAUGCGCUGUCAUUUUAUUGCACUUCCUUACAUCAUAACUACCGUAGGACUGAUGGGACUUGACUGGUGUCACAGAGAUUAGAAAGCUCUCUGUGCUGCGCAAAGAUUAAGGCCAGAAGACUUUAAAUGUGGCACAGAGAAUUGAGUUACAUAAUUUAGUCUUUUCCCAUUAAAAUAAGAAUCUCUAGUCAUUAAGGCGGCCAUUCUUUAGGAGACGCCAUCCAUGAAUUCGCACUUUAGUGACAUCGCCAUUUGUCCAUUAAUGAGGGAAAGCUUGUUACUGAUUCCUGAGCUGAUAAUAACAGUGCUUCAACUGCAGUCUCAUCUUGUUGUUUUCUUUUUCCUCUCUCAUCGACCUAGAAAUGACUGCAGUUUCUGGCAAAUACCUCUUUUCUUUUCCCCAAUUUUGAGAGAGAGCACUUAUCCGUAUUUAAUUUGCUGGAGGAAAACUUCUCUUGCUCUUCUUUGUCCCCUUAGUUUCCUUGCAUACCCUUGCACGCAGAGUUCAGUCAGCCCUUUUCCUGCCUGCGCUGCUGAUUGACUCCUUUUUCUCUGCAAAGAAAAUGAAAAUGACAGUACAGUGAUGUUUUUUUUUUAUUAUUUACACCAAUUCUCGCCUUCUUUUUAGUCCAUUCAGGUACAUAUUCAGCACUUCAAGUGGAACAAACACAAUGUGGAUGAUUCCUCUUUUGAGACAGGCACACAGCAGCAAAUCUGACAAGUCCUAUUGGUCGCAGUAAUGUGUCUGAGGCCGCUGCAAAUCUCCAUUCAUGGAUCAGCUCACGUAUAGAAAAAAACACAAGCGAGGCUCAGUAUAUGAAUUUGCACGAGGAAGAUUAAAGACUCCGGCACAUGCUGGGGCCAUGUCACCCACACGUAUGAUGGAUGAGUCAUAUGGCCUGUGUUCAUAAAUUCCUCAUUUGUUUCCAGGCUUUGACAAUCACCUACAGAGCUUUGACUCCAUCUGUGGCACGCCGUUGAAUGUCAGGAGUUCAUCCGUAUCAUUUCCUCUGCAUCGUAUUUGCUGAAUGACGGCAACUGUGGUGUUGAAGGUUAUCUGCAUAAAAGCCAGAGAAUAUGAACAGUGUUGCAUCCUAUUGUGCACAUGUGGAGGGAUGCUUCCUUGUAGUAGCUUGAGACUGAAUCUUCACAUCUAGGCUACAUUUGUCAUUUUUAUCUACCCCACAAAUCAAAGCAUGGGUGUCGGCUACGGAUGUUAGUCUUGCAUUUUUUUUUUUCUGGUAGUCUUAUAAGUAUGUGCAUGCAGAUAAAGAGCAUUUCAUCAAGCCUUCAAGCUUUGGCAGAACACCUGAUUCAGAUGAUAUCAAUCUGUUUAAUGGCCCAUUAUUAGUUGAUAUUAAUCACUAGUAUUAGGACACUCCAGACUAAGCCAUCUGCAUCUGCUAAUAAACAGGGAAUGCAUAAUAAUCAUUGAUUGUCACAUGUCUGCUGCAGUGUCUCAGAGACAGCUUGAUUUAAUGUAGUUUGGUAACCUUUAAGAUAGGACCAAUCUUGGAGCAUAUCAGCCAUCAUCUAGUGGUGAGACAUGCAUCAGUUAUGAAGAGAUGAGAUGAAAUAAGAGGGGGUUGGGAUGGGAUUAGAUGAGAUGAUAUAAGAGGGGGUUUGGAUGAGGUGAGAUGAGAGGAGGUUGGGAUAAGAUGGGAUGAAAUGAGAUGAGAGGGGGUUGGAAUACGAUGGGAUGAGAUGAGAGGGGGUUGGGAUGAGAAGAGAUGAGAAGAGAUGAGAUGAGAUGGGAUGGGAUGAGAGAGGGUUGGGAUGAGAUGAGAUGGGAUGAGAGGGGGUUGGGAUGAGAUUAGAUAAAAUGAAAUAGAAUAGGAUAGCCAGGACUUCAUUUAACAGAGUUGAAUGCGCAACUUGAGUUUGAUUGUCUUAAAGAUAUCCCUAUAAUGAUAUUAUCUUGAUAUUCAUUUUAAAAAAACGUGAAAAUAAAACAAAACCAGUCAAACUGAGUAAAGGUGGGACAACCUUAAACUUUAUGACUUUGCCAAAACAAAAAUCAGCAUUCUUGUGACUAAACUUCUUUGGAAAGGACAUUGUUUUAUAAAAUAUUAUUAUGCUUUUAUUUUGAUAUUUUUCUGCCUUGCAGUUCAGGUGCUUUAUUUCCCACAUGGUUCAACCAUGCUUUUAUUGUGAAAUACCCUUUCUAUGGUAGAGUGUAUGUCAAAUAAUUGGAUGAAAACAACUAAAAUAACAGUUGGGAGGUGCAAAUUUUCAAUUGAUUUGUAAUCCCAAAAAGUAUAAGCUUUCAGAAGGUACAUCAUUUACAGCAUAAUGACUGCAUGGCUAAACAAUAAUAGAGAUAUCAUAGUUACAUGAUAUACAAAGGGCUAAUUUAUGCUCUCCCUUGGCCCUCAUACUUCCAUGCAUUAGUAUAUCCACUACAGGGCGCCGCACAGACUAAAGCAGAGUGCAAUGUGGAUUUAAAGACUCUGACCCCAAAAGACACGUGGAAGAAGGAAAAGUUUGCAACCAUUUUGUGCAACAGACAUGGCAGCCAUGGAUAUUUUUUUUUUUUUUAGAUUUUAGACCAAAAAUAAUUAACCAUAAGAAAAUAGUCACAUGAUCAAAAAUUUUGACCCCAAUAUCGAUCAAAAUUAUUGUGAGUAUCGGUUUAGCCAUACUUGUGCAGCUCUCCAAGAAAUACGGCCAUCCUGAUGAUGAUGAUGAUAAUAACAGAUACAAUAACAGAGUUAGUACUUCAUACUUUGUUAUGAAUGGCAGCUGAUAACAGAAAACCUCCCUCCUCCUUUUGACUUAUAUUGAUCUGAACUGCAUUUACUCCUUUCUAAAAAGCACUCGGAUGUGGUCUGUGUCAGUUACAGAUUACGACACCCCUUCCUCAUCAUAACCAUAACCUUCAUCUACUACAUGACUGGAGUAAACCAGGGUGAACUGAGCGUCUUUGGCAACACAGCCCUCAUCAUUUAUUAACAAAACGAGUACUGAUGCAGCCGCUCAUGCAGCUCCUUAUUAAGACAGCCCCUCCUGCUCUCUCAGGACCCCUGCCUGUUGAAAUGGAAUAUACCCAGAUGUAUUAGGGGAGUUAAUAUUUUCAUUAUUGACAUGCUCGCUGUUAACGUUGUUUGAAUUGAAUUAACCCGGGGUGGGUUGUAAAGAGGUGAGCCAGCUGAUAUUAAAGCCUUGGCCUUUAGAUCGACAUAACUGGGAGGUUUUCCAGGAGAUUGGAGUAAUGUUCGUAUCCUCCCCAUAUACUGGAGAGUGACCUGAGGCGGGAGAGUUUGGCUGAGGCAAUAAGGCAGAAAAUCUAAUAUGGUGGCACAGGCUGUCCCACUGGGCUGAGCUCUGUCAAACAGUGAAGGUAGGCAUCUUUCUCUGUGUGCAUCUCCUCCACCCCUCCACCCAGUUUAACUCCCUUUCUCUUUCUCCUCCUCCUAAUGUAUGCUUGUACACUCAAGCACUUUCCCAUAAAGUGAUAAGCCUUGAGUCCUGUCUAACUACGACCUUAACCUCAUUGCAGAGUUUAUUGGGCAGCUUUUGCCAGAGAGGUAACCUCAUUUUGCUUGCAGGAAUACAGAGUCAGCUAUUUGUUUGGCUGCUUGCACACUUCCAACUCCCAUAUACCCCUCUGUCUUCUCCCACUGUCCACCCUCCCUCCUCCCUCUCUGUCCCCCAGUUUGGUUUCUCGAUAUAUCAACCCAGCCCUGACAAUACACACACACUCAUCCCCAGAUGGUUUAGUGGCCUGCUGUGCACCGUUGGAUAUGGUUCAAUACCUCUAGGCGAAGAAUAACAUUGUCAACUUUCUGCUGAAUCGCAGACGUAAAGCCCAAACACAGCACAGGCGUCGCCAUUUACAGUGUGGAGUUGUCUGAACUCCAAAGCAGGUAAAGGCCGACUGCAGCCAGAGCAUAAGAAAUGGCCGUGAGUGGGCACAAAGGAGAGGAGAAAGAAACUUUUCAUUUAUUAUGCUACUGCGAAAGCACUAACAAAAUCAUGUAACCUUGUCUCAUAACUCUUUUGUGCACUUGUCUCUCAUAAGUUGUGUUAUUGGAUGUCAAAUAUCUCUUUAUUUUCACCUUUCCUGCUGAGUGUCUGAGUGCAAGGACAGGUCUCACAACAGCAUGUGCAGCCAUGAACAGACUUUCCUGCAGACAGAGAGAGAAUUACGGGCUUAUUUCCAUAACUUCCCCACAUCACUCCCACUCCCUGCACUAACUCGCCGUCAUCAUGCACAGCUGACUGCACAGUGGACUGCCAGGUCCUCCAGGGACACGAGCCCACCACCUCAGCUGGCCCACUUUGGCACUUGGGUGUCCUGUACAAUUCCUGCACAAUAACAAACACAAAACACAUUUAUUAUGGAUGUGCUAAGAGUGGUCUACUGCCAGUGACACCAAAUUUCUUUUAGUGAGUUCUUCCGGCAGCAUCUGUCCAUCUGUUUCUGGUUUGUCUGCACAUUGUUGUUCUUGGCAACGAUGGUUAUGAAGGGCUUAAGACAAGAGCGUUAGUGUUGGGACAUGUUGACUGGAUAUUGAGGGACAGGAAGCACCUGAAUCUAACUUUGUGAUGGAGUUCAAAAACAGCUCGGCUCUCAGUGAAUAAGGCGAGUACAGCCCGGCAGGUCUUUGGCGGGAUAUAAGGGGCUGUCAUCUUGAACUGAAAUGGUUCUGGGUUCAAAUCCUGUUCACUUUCCUCAAGAUAGAGUCUGAAGUUUGCUUUUGAGCAACCAAAAUGAAGUGUUGUGAUGAAAUGACAAAUAGAUGCGUGCAGGACAGACUGGCCUGUGGUGUUACAGAUUGGGCUGUUGGGUCUAGGUUCAAAUCCCAUCAGCGACCUGUGUGAUGCAGGAAUGAAAUGCUGUCUUGACAAUGCAGCCGAAUACAACAUUUAAAAAAAAAAAAACUCAGUCACCCCUGUGGUCUAAAGGUAAGAGCUAAUGCCACUGAUUGAAAUGGUGCUGGGUUCAAGUCCCUUCAGAAACCUCCUAUUUUUAAAAGUGUAAUGAAAUGAUUUUCUCAAACUGCGCUCUAGACUACUUUUUCAAGCAACCAUCAUGAAAUGGUGAAAUUAAUAAAAAUGGCCUGUGGUGGAAGGUGUAGGAUUGAGGACUGUGGUUAAGGUUACUGCCUCAUGGUCCAAGAGUUCUGGAUUCAAAUACAGACUUGGGUGUGUCUGUUUCAAGCUGGGACAAAAGCUUUGGAAUAAACAAGAGAGUAGAGGGACUUUGAGAAAGGAAAACCUUUCAUGCAGCACAGUGUUGUAGUGGCUAAACUUUCUGCCUUACUGUCAAAGUGUUUUAGGUCCAUAACCCAGUUUGGUUUAGUGGAUUACUAGUUGGGUAAAAGCUUUUGUUGUCCCAGGAUUAAUAGGAAAGUAAUAGGGCACUGAUAGCAAGAAAACUGAUAUCUCAGUGGUGUAGUAAGAGUUAAUGCCACUGAUUGAAAUGGUGCUGGGUUCAAGUCCCUUCAGAAACCUCCUUUAUGUGAAAGGGUAAUGAAAUGAUUCGUUCACACUGAUGCCUUCUUCAUGCAACCAUUAUGAAACAGUGAAAGGAAGAACAAAAAAAAAGCCUGAGGUAGAGGGUUUAGGAUUAAGGGUUGGAGUUAAGGUUGCUGCCUCAUGGUCCAAGAGUUCUGGGUUCAAAUACAGACUUGGGUGUGUCUGUUUCAAGCUAGGACAAAAGCUUUAAAAUAAACAGGAAAGUCGAGGGACUUUGAGAGAAGAUAACCUUUCAUGCAGCACAGUGUUGUAGUGGCUAAACUUGCUGCCUUACUGUCAGAGUUUUAGGUUCAAAUCCCAGUUUGGCUCGGUGUAUCUGGAGUUGGGAAAACGGUUUUGUAAUAAACAGGGAAGUAAUGGGACCUUGAAAACAAGUUUACUGACAGUCAUCUCAGUGGUGUAGUGGCUAACCUUGCUGCCUUACAGUCAAAGUGUUUCAGGUUCAAAUCCCAGUUUGGCUUUGCGUAUUUGGAGUUGGAAAAAAGCUUUUGUAGUCCCAGGAUUAACAAGGAAAGUAAUGGGACCUUGAAAGCAAGAAAACUGAUAUCUCAGUGGUGUAGUGGUCAAGUUUUCUGCCUCAAAGUUUGGAAGUUUAGAGUUUAAACCAGGCUCAGGCUCCUCUGGUCUUGAGUCUGAGUGGCAGGAAACCUUGAAAAAGUGAAAUCUUCGAGGCAGCAGAGUGGUACAGUUGGAGGAGUUUGAGGCUAGAAAAGUGACUGCUCUGAUUACAUUGAAGGGUUAAGGCUACCACAUUUCAGUGAAGUGUUACUGGGUUCAAAUCCCAAUAGAGAACAUAACCCAUGAAGCAGUUAUGAAAUGCUUCCUCACCAUUAUGAAGUGUUGUGAAGAAAUGUCUUAAGAAAGCUGAGCAUGACCAGGCAGGCCUGCGGUGUAACGGUUACAGCUGCCACCUUUGCUUGUAAUGAAUCUGGGUUAGAAUCCAGUGCAGAGAAAUUGCAAGGUUGAGGCAAGGAAAUUGCAAGGGUGAAGGCAGGGACUGAAAAAAAGGGCUGAGGCAAGAAAUGGAUGGAUAAGGAGGGAGGGAAAGUGAAGGGAAAUGAGAGGAAGGUCAAGAGAGGAUAAAAUGGAAAAGAUAGAAAGAACAUUCAAUACAAAGGCCUGAGAGAGAGGUCGGAGAGGAAUCCACAUUACGCAGCGGAGCUAUAAUGUGUGUAUCAUCCUUAAUAACAGCUCCUCACUGCGUUUCCUUUCAAGAUGUUUCUGUGGGUUUUGACACAUAAUACACUACCAUAUUUCAGUGUGCUGUUGAAGUUUUUUUUUUUUUUUUCAGGUAUUUCUUUGAGCCUUUUGUCUAUCGGUCUGGAAGGAAAAAUUUCAUCAAGUUUCAAUUCAUCUUCUAAAAGUUGUUUCUUUGUCUCUGGCCUUAACUACUUUGAGAGGAAUGGAUGCUUCAUUUGAUCAAACCAUCACUCCUCGAGUUGAUGUUGUUUUGUAUGCUGCGCUCAUCAGCUUCAAAAGUUUCGUUAGGUGAUUACGAAAGAGAAACAACAACUUUUACUGCACUAAGUUUCUGAUUAUAUUAUCAUCUGGAUUUUCGGCAGUGCGGGACAGGGCAUGGAGGGGACUUUAUAAAGUACCUAUUGAGGCGCACAAUGGCCUCAUCCGUCUUCUUUGCUUUCCUUUCAGCUCUGAUUAAAUGAGUGUGAUGGAUCUUGCCAUCAUUAGGGAGACUGAGGGCUGGCGGAUUGGAGCCAUCACAAAUCAGCUUUAUGUGGGAAGAGCAUGGAGUGGCAGUGACAGCUUUACAGCUCCUGUGAUAUUAAUGGAGUGGACCGUUUUACAUUGCAUGGCCCUGCAGCUCUUUUUUCACAUCAGAUGUAUAGCAACCAUAGGUUAUUAUAGAUCUCCAGGGUACAGGUUACAGUAAGAGAAUUUCCACUGGUGCUCUGUAGUCAGCACAUUAGCGGAUGUCCACAUGGGUGCAGGGGUUUUAUUUAGUAUUCUUAUCCAGAAAUCUUGAUGUUAAUGCUGACCCAGAGCCUCGAGACAUGAAUUAUAUCUAAUAGCAGAAUUCCUAACAAAUCUGAACCUAUAUCUCUUUGAAAAAGAAAUGUCUGUGUAUCUUAAACUCAAUUUUCUUGCUACUUAAGAAGUGUGCUGAUGCAAUUUGAGUUAACAUGGGGCUCCAGAAGGUUCAGAAAUUGUAAGGUACUGAUAAAAGUGACCAAAAAUAGAGCAAUGCCUCCUCGAAUCACUUGGAAAAUGUCCAGGGGUCAGAUGUAGGGGACAAGAGUCUUUCUCACAGCCAGAGAAUCAUCCCUCUCUAGGGUCCUGGUUUGGCUCAUUGCCCCAGAUCAGGUGCCCCAUAUACGACUACAGUCCUAGCUGCACUGCUCUUAUAUUUUUCUAAUAAUUAUAUCCUCAUUAAUUUUUAGUAAAUAAUUAGUUUGUGCUACUAUUAUCUUAUUCUAAAAUAUAAUUUUUCAUUUUUAUCAGGCCUGGCCUUCCUGCAAAUUUAAUAAGAGAAGAAAAAAUAAUUCAUGAUAAGACAAAAAACUGCAGAGACUUUAUCAGCCAAGAAAAAGUUAAGAGGAACUUCUUAAAAAACGAAUAAAUUAAUAAGUAAAUAAAAUUGACUUCAAAUGCAAACUUAAUCAGGUAAUAUUAGCUUACAUAAUCCUGCAGUAACUAUGCAGAGAGAGCCCCUAGAGGAAGGCAAGGCAACUAUUUGACUGAUUGUUAAAGUGCUCCAAGUAACUAUCGAACAGGAUUAUGCAUUAAAUGUCCAUCCUUGGUUGUGGGAUCAAUUUGAAACUCUCAAAUUAUUUGGAGCAUGGACCCUUUUUCUUUUUACUCACUUUAUUUCUGCUGUCUCGUCUAAUAAAGGAAAAAAAAUCUUUUAAAAAGUUGCAAGCUCCAAAGAGUAAGUCUAUGUCACCUGAUGUAUUAUUGAGAGGCUUUGAUUUCACUAUAUUUUUACAAUACCAUUUUUUACCAUUUCUUCAUGGAAAUAUAAUCAGACCGAGACACUAAGGCAGAAGAACUACCGCGCCUGCAGAGCAAAAUGCUGCGUCACCCCGCAGCAGUCCAUAGUGGACUGGUCCGUCUCUUUGCUUAAGAAAUUAGGCAAAGUUAAAAAGAUGUUUGGCGGGUAGUGCUGUGGCUGGGACCCUAUAUGUACUGUUGAUGAAGUUAGGUGCUGUCCUGAUCAUUAUUUGUGGCUAUAGAGUGGUGUUUUGGUUGAGGUUUGUUUAUGGCUCCUCAGACCGCUGUCUUUUGCUAUCGUACGGUUGUCACUAAAGUUGGUAUGACUAGAGAAGCAAGCGGUCAGCAACAUUCAUCUCUCGACCAGGUGUCUAACUCGGUGUUCCAGCAUGUUUGACCCUAAAUUAAUUUUCACCAGAAUAUACCUUUUAACCUAAAGCCCGCAGGAUCUGUGUAAAGCGUGUUACAUCGGUACGUAUGUCAUCCGGUAAGUUUCAAAAUAAGACACCCGACUGUUUAUCAGUUCAUGAAGAUGAGAAAUACUUCCUGGUUAUGGAUUUAUCAGUAACAGAACACUCCGGUAGUCAAUCCCUGAUCCAUGUGGACCCCAACAACUUUUAGAUGCUAACUCUGUCUGAUGCUUGCUCUGUUCUGUACCCUGGGUGUGUACUCUGCUGCUCUGGCUGCCUCGGUGAAGGUGUGGUCUCCCUGCCAUAUAAUCCUUCAACAGAUAGAAAGGCAGGAAACUCCAAACCACCAAAUACAACUUAUUAAAUCCAAAGGUAACGGGGUCUGAACUUGUGUGCAUCAAUUAUCAGUGGUAUGAACACAUCUGCAUCCUCUUGACAUGCAAAAGUAAUCAUGAAGAAAUGAAGUUGGGGGUGUAUUUGUUUAUUCUUGCACGAAGCCCAGUGAAUGAAAUGUUACGCAUGUGAACUCACAAUUAACCCACAGCAAAUAAGUGUUUAUUUAUAACCCUAAUUAACACACUUAAGCUUGAAAAACUGAACCAGCAGGAAGAGACGUCACAAGGUAUCGUUGUCAUUAGCAACAGGACCGGCGGUAGCAGGGAAGGUAUGACAGAUUCAACACACCUGGAGUGGAGGUCACCUUUCCCGGGGAGAAUGGCAUUACAGCUGCAGUAAAUUCAGGCAGAUUGUUCUCAAGUGAGCGAGCCCGGGGGGAAAGCAAUAUUAGAGCAGCUGAAAAACAAAAACAAAAGUAAGCCAAUAGGAGACACAGUGGGGUGUCAGGCUUUUGCUUUCAGAAAUGAGUUAUUUCCAAACCACGGGCGGCCACUGAAUACAGAACAGAAGACACACAGAGCCCCAUGACUGCAGUACGCAGCUUCCAACAAUGUGAAGUGUUGCUCGAGUCUGUAUUCAUUUCUGUGUGUGUGCGUCUGUGUGUAUUUCUUUGAUAUGUGUAUAAUGAAACAAUGUCUCUGUGUGAAACCUCUCUGGCAGAAUUUUCCUAGUGUGAAAAUCCAUCCACCCAACAUGCGCUAACAUUUUACUCAUUAAAGUCUUGAAGGGUUUGCAGCAGAAACAACAAGCGGCCUUGCUGAAUGUGUUAUGUAUGAAGACGGCAGCGCUUGUGUUGCUUUUUGUGUCUGUGUGCAUGUUUGUUUGUUUCUUUAUUUUUACAUGUUUGGCUUUGCUGUUCGUUAUAUUUCAUCCCUUUGUGUGGUUUGACAUCCACAUUGCACACAGUCGGCCGAGGGACGACAGUAAUCUGCACAUUGUCACCAGUGAGUCAUACAUUUUAGUGCAGCCAUUCAUAUGCAUUCAGUGGUUUGUCACCAUUCAGGUGGUAAUUAAAGGGAAAAUUCAUGAAAAGCAUAGUAACAUCCCAGAGUGCAUUAUUAUGGGCCUAACAAAGGGAAAGGAAUCUGGGAACCAUUUAUGCAUACAUGGAGAACUGAAUACACCACUGUUUCCUGCUCAAAGAUGACACCUCAAGUAUAUUUGUGGCUGUUAGUGUCUAAUACAGAUCUGUGAUGAAUGAUUUAUAUAAUCUCUCAUCACUUUCUACCCCUGCUGCACCUAAUGCAUGUUGUGCAGGGUAGAUAAGAUUGCUUUUCGCUCUCGUCUGUGUAAGACUAAAGCAGAGAAAGACCUAACUGUCUCCACACACCAAGUGCGAGUAAAAUCAACUGCGCAACUGAAUUACAUGUUAAGUCGAUGCAAAGACGCGAUUAGACGCUUGUACCACUCCGGUGGCGCGAACAAGGCGAAUUCGGCGGGAGCUGAAAAUGUCUUAACUUGAGCUGAUAUUAGCGUUGCAAUAACUAAUCAAUACUAAGGUUGCCAGGUGAGGUAUUAAAACAGACGGUUGUUCACUGGUAUCUAAAAUGGAGGACAAACGGGCCAUGUCGGUGUAAGGGUGCCCCGAAUUAUAUGAUACCUUUUUUCAAUUACCGGAAUAAAAAGGAGCUAACCUGGAAGCAAAGGAGUGAGGAGGUCGGAUUACCUUGUAAAUUGUGAAAAACCUUUGUCUAUCACUUGACCCCACCAGUUGAAUUGGCAGGGAUUACUGUUGAAAUUACCGUUGACGCGCGAAUGAAGCGAGUAGAUACUACUCAUUCAUGCGUCUAGAUUCGUGUGAAAUAAGCGAGUAGAUGUUUUUACUCGCACAUGGUUUGAGCGCCCCAUAAGACUGAAUUACAUACAAAGUCAUGAGGACCAUCAAAACAUCCUAAAUUUAAUGGCUAAUUUCAAACACUAGCUAAACUAGAUAGUCAAUUGGUCUAGUGCAGGGGUCGGCAACCCGCGGCUCUGGAGCCGCAUGCGGCUCUUUCUUCCCUAAGCUGCGGCUCCCAAUGGAUUUGGAAAAUAAAUAAUAAAUACUUAAUUGCAUUUUAUUUUAUUAUUAUUAUUAUUUUUUUGUGAUUCUAAAUUCAAAGAUUAUAAUGCUCUUGUAACAUUAAAUAAACUAUUAAGGCUGCAACAACGAAUCGAUUAAGUAGAUUCGUCGUGACGAAAAAAUCCGUUGCCAACAAAUUCUGUAAUCGAUUCGUCGGGUCUUUAUAUAUGUCCAUGGACACCGGCGUGUAAACAUCAGCAGGACGCACAGAAAAGAAACAGCCGUGGCCGAGGCAGCGGCUGAGAAAAACAUGGACACAACCCAACCCAAAUCCCGACCUAAAACAUUGUGGGAAAAUUUCACCAAGACUGAAAAGGAAGGCGUUCAGUGCAACAUUUUCAAAGACCGUUUUGCAUGGCUCGGGAGUACAUCGAUGAUGCGUGAGCACAGGGCUCUCAAGUCUCACGCAUUCAGGGUAUGACACACGCAUUCCCACUCGUUCACACGCUCACACACCACACACUGUAUUUCUCACGCAUUUAAAUGAACACGGUGAUGUCCACCAAGUUGCACUUCUUCAACUAUGGAACUGGGGGAAAUCAACUGAGUUCCUCUGAGAGUUCAGAAGCUGCGUGCCACGCACAAGCCAAUCAAAUAAAGUAUAUCUACUGAACAGCCAAUCAAAAAGCAGCAUUGCUGUAUCAGGGUAGAUUUUGAUAUCUUGCGGUUUGACUACAGAAGAAGACAGACACUCGCCGAAAUAGUUCAUUUAUUUCAUAAAUGCAACUCGCUACAGUUUUUUAUAUACUUUGUAUAAAGGUAAAAAAAAGAUAUGUGCAAUGUUAUCUUCAUUUUAGAUGUCAAAGAGGUUUUGUGUUUUCUUUUCUGUGGGAAACUGGUCCAAGUGGCUCUUUGAGUGUUUAAGGUUGCCGACCCCUGGUCUAGUGUAACAUCUUAUACAGUCGUUCUGAUAUUUUCCAGGAGUUUUCUAACACUAUCAGACACUAACAGGUCACUUCUAGGCCAGUUAAAAAAAAAGUGAGCUAAAGGUCACAGCUUUUCUUCCUUCGGGCAUUAGAUCAGGCUCACACCUGUUUUGAAUGUGCCAAACUGGCCUCGCCCUCCAAGAGGACUGAGGUAAUACGUACACACUUGAUGCAACAGUGCAAUUGCCUUCCUGUAGAGACUAAGAUGUGUGACCUCCAGGCAUACAGUAUGGUUCAGGUGUAAGAAAAUGUGUGCAUAUUUAAGUUCCAGUUUCUAACUGUAGUUUCCUGUUAAAGAGGCUGAGCUGACCAGCUUAAAAACACUGAGAUAUCCCUUUAAAAGUCAAACUGCACAAGAGGUAGAAGGGUCCAUCAUAUUUGAACAAAAUAGCAGUUAAACUUGAAUUAUUGGUAUAUACACUCACCGGCCACUUUAUUAGGUACACCAUGCUAGUAACGGGUUGGACCCCCUUUUGCCUUCAGAACUGCCUCAAUUCUUCGUGGCAUAGAUUCAACAAGGUGCUGGAAGCAUUCCUCAGAGAGCUUGGUCCAUAUUGACAUGACGGCAUCACACAGUUGCCGCAGAUUUGUCGGCUGCACAUCCAUGAUGCAAAUCUCCCGUUCCACCACAUCCCAAAGAUGCUCUAUUGGAUUGAGAUCUGGUGACUGUGGAGGCCAUUUGAGUACAGUGAACUCAUUGUCAUGUUCAAGAAACCAGUCUGAGAUGAUUCCAGCUUUAUGACAUGGCGCAUUAUCCUGCUGAAAGUAGCCAUCAGAAGUUGGAUACAUUGUGGUCAUAAAGGGAUGGACAUGGUCAGCAACAAUACUCAGGUAGGCUGUGGCGUUGCAACGAUGCUCAAUUGGUACCAAGGGGCCCAAAGAGUGCCAAGAAAAUAUUCCCCACACCAUGACACCACCACCACCAGCCUGAACCGUUGAUACAAGGCAGGAUGGAUCCAUGCUUUCAUGUUGUUGACGCCAAAUUCUGACCCUACCAUCCGAAUGUCGCAGCAGAAAUCGAGACUCAUCAGACCAGGCAACGUUUUUCCAAUCUUCUAUUGUCCAAUUUCGAUGAGCUUGUGCAAAUUGUAGCCUCAGUUUCCUGUUCUUAGCUGAAAGGAGUGGCACCCGGCGUGGUCUUCUGCUGCUGUAGCCCAUCUGCCUCAAAGUUCGACGUACUGUGUGUUCAGAGAUGCUCUUCUGCCUACCUUGGUUGUAACGGGUGGUUAUUUGAGUCACUGUUGCCUUUUUAUCAGCUCGAACCGGUCUGGCCAUUCUCCUCUGACCUCUGGCAUCAACAAGGCAUUUCCGCCCACAGAACUGCCGCUCACUGAAUAUUUUUUCUUUUUCGGACCAUUCUCUGUAAACCCUAGAGAUGGUUGUGUGUGAAAAUCCCAGUAGAUCAGCAGUUUCUGAAAUACUCAGACCAGCCCUUCUGGCACCAACAACCAUGCCACGUUCAAAGUCACUCAAAUCACCUUUCUUCCCCAUACUGAUGCUCGGUUUGAACUGCAGGAGAUUGUCUUGACCAUGUCUACAUGCCUAAAUGCACUAAGUUGCCGCCAUGUGAUUGGCUGAUUAGAAAUUAAGUGUUAACGAGCAGUUGGACAGGUGUACCUAAUAAAGUGGCCAGUGAGUGUAAGUGGACCUGUUAAUACAAAGAGCUUCACUGUUAUCAUAAUGGAGUUAUUACCAUUAAAUGCAGCUUUCAGGUUGCCAUCAAAUGGUGCAUUUUAAGUAUAAAGCCAUUGACACACAACAAUUCAGCUUGAAUUUCACUUACUAUCCCCGGCACUGAUACUGAGAUUCAAAAAGUAAUAGUAGAUGCCUUUUGCAUUUAAAGUCAAUAUUGUCAAUAUUGUCCGUGUUGCAGGUGAGGAUCAGAAUCUAAAAAAAAAAAAUACGUUCCUCAAAGUCCAACAAUGGCUAUUUUCAGGCUUCAUGCGUUGGGAUACGAGUACUUUCACACCACACUACAAAUGGCGUGUGAGUGCUGUAUUGAGAUAGAUUUGAAACAAUCCCAACCUGUCAUUUAAGACGUAUGACUCAAAGUAAACUGUUUUUCUCUUCAAACCAACCAAUUUAGGCUGAAUGCACGGUUGUUAAGCACUGACAGUAGGCACCACAACACAACAGGUCACCCGGGACAGGUUUUGGCACAUCCUUAGUUCCACCUACUAAACAGAAGGUGAGAGACAGCACAGCCAGCACAUGCAGAUCCUGAAGCAUUAGCUCUCCAUGCCUCUUGCACAAUAAAUCUCUCACGCCCACUGGUCCCCUCUGAGUUCUGAACAUAAACUUGGAGACCUGAGCAUAUCACCAGACAGUGAGGAAUACAUUUCCAUUGCUCAACCAUCCUUCUCUGCAAAGGGAAAGGUGGGAGUAUGCUACGCCAACGGAGGGAGGUCUAGUCAAUGCUGCACAUAUGUCCCCCUCACGUUCCAAUGAUAUAGCCUGUUGAUUUCGAUAGGAACGGCCCUUGCCUGCCAAAUGUCAGCUUGAUUUGCUCAUUGCAAAAACAGCAGGAAAGUCUAUGUUUAGACCAUGUGUUUACUCACUGUUGCCAUCUCAUCAAAUGUUGAGAAAACCAUUGAAGAGGGUAUUUAUUUAAACAUCCUCAGACCAGUAUCAUCACUGAUGUCAACAUUUUACCACUUAUUUCAAUUCCAAGAGUGCAAUUUAUCAACGCAAACCUCCAGUAAAGGCAGCUUUCUUCACAGGAAAAGACACAGUUGCUACUUACACGGCCAAUUUUCAGCUUUUCUCAUGUAGAUGAGGUUCGUGCUGGCAUGUUUGACUUCUCUCCCAGCACUGAGCACUUUAAAAAGCAGAAAACGCUUGCAGGUCACCGUAUGAGUCAUGUCGAUGCAUGGAUUGGUGUUAAAUCCAACAGUAGGUAUGAUCAGGGAGUUUCCAAAUUCACAGAUGUGUGCGUAACUUCAUCAGCAGUUUUAAAUCUGCCUGCCGUCAUCAGACCAGUUGACCUUGGUAAACAGGUCUGUAACCAUCCAAUUCCUUUAAUUUUUCCCCAAGGGGUGUUAGCAUCAUUAGUGCUAGUAAUCACACCAAUCAGAUUGAUGCAAAAUAUAACGAAGCACAUAGCAACAAAAAUGUAAAUAAACAGCAGCAUGCCAAGAAAUCAUCCCGUUUGUUUAAAGCAGCCGCCAUAGUCGGUCCAAUGGAGCCUCCUGUGUCAUGGGCUGCCAUCUUGGUCAUUUACGCAUACGAUUAAGCAUUGUCAUCUUAUGUUAAGGUCUGUGUUUGUAUUUGGGUCAGGAUAUCUGUCACCAAGGGGAUAACAUAUAAAAGGAUAGUUUCAAUCCAGCUGCCAGUAAAAAUGAAUAUGAGCAGGUAGACGGGUGUUGUAACAUGUGAGAUUAGCAACAUGAUCUAAUAGAUGAUAAUAGAUAGACUGUUUAGUCUUUACAUGGAGAGCACUAUCAUGAUGUUUUUCCCUCUUCCUCCCUCCCUGUUCUCCUUUUUGUCAUCUAAGAAAACAUGGCGACCCAACAGUUCUCCUGUUCCUGUACCCCCUAUAUGUGCCUGUCAACUUUAUGUUUCUUGGACGGGAUGAACUGUAAAUGGGAAUUUCCCCUUGUAGGACAAAUAACAGGGUAUUUUAUGAAGUUUAAAGACCAAGACAAAAUACUCAUGUUACAGCUCUCUGCCCAAAUAAAAAAAUCAGGGAAUUGGAAAGAGCAGGAAAGCAUUAUGCUAUGGUUUUUGUGAGUCUAAGACAUGCUACCUUUGCACCUGGACCAACACACCCACAGGUGCUGAUGCAGGCCCAAAACACUUUGUACCAGGUGUUUAUGAUAUGGUAGAGAAUAACUGUUUGUGUCUAAUAGAGAAAGAAAAGGCAUUUGACAAAGUGUUGGUAUUUACCGUUCAGCUGAGGAUGCUUAAAAGCACAGUAUUUAUGAUGGUAAAUAGGUCUGCUGGGACCUUUUCAAGGGUGGAGGGGCAGUUCUUGGUGGAGCUGCCCCCAUAUGGCCUCGCUGUCAUUACAGCACAUCCCACCACAUGAGAUUACUGGAAGUGAUCCCACCACUGCUGGCAUCACGCCAUUGCCAGACGGCUGCUGGUGUUGUUGAUGAGUGAAGCGAAACACUGCCAGUGUAGGUCAACCUUGCUGAUCAAGCAAGGGCAGGAAGAGCAAAAGAUUAUCCUGAUUUGCUCGGCGUGCAGAUGGGAAGUUAUCAGCUUACAGAUAUGUGAGUAAGAUUGAGUGAGCCUUUGGAGCCUCUGUGCACAUUCGCCGCUUUGCAGUGCUCUUGGCUGGGUUCAGAAUGGGAGCGAGGAAUUCCCAACAUCCUUCACUCCACUUGCACAGAAGAUCCAGAGAUGUUCAAGUGCCAGAGACGAUUUGAGAGGGCUCCAGGGUAGUCUCCAACAUGCUAAACGCUCCAAGAAAACCUCAGCAGCUUCCCUCAGCUGCUGAUUUUAACAUGAUUCAGGGGUGUUUUACUCUUAGUUCCUCCUGAGUAUCUGGGCUACUCACACUGCCCUUUGUAUUUUUUUGCACAGAGACGCAGAUUUACAGAAAAACUGCUUCAGUUAACAAAAAAAAAAAGCUCCUCUGACUUGACUGUCAACUCCGAUAUAACCCUUCUUGGAAGCCAUUUCAGCUUUGAUGCUUUCUUUGGCAUUUUCUUUGUUCACACCCAAUGCAAACUCAAUAAAAGAGUUUCUCUUGCAAACUUGCAGAGCCACUUGAGUAUAGGACAGCCUUUGGUAUUUCUGCAGCAGCAGAUUUCUACUGAACUAAGAUGGAGCCUGUCACCACUAAGGGUAUUAGCUGAAUGUGAUUUGGUAUUUUCUGCUUUAUGGGGGCCCCCCUGCAAUGUUAUCUGGCAGUGGAACAGAGGACUCGGGGCUGUCAUUUUGCAUGGCAUCAGCAGAGACAGUGUGCAGAUAGUGUCAGUGCUGUGAGAUCACAGGUAGAAAGGGGUCUUUUCCUCUGGGAUGGGGCGAUGGUAAUAAGACAGCAUCAGAGAGGCAGGAAAAUACAGGCCGACAUCCAGGGCUUAUCUGCACUGUCACCACAUUCCCAUGUAGAGCAUAUGGCAUGAAAGAAAGGGGGUAAUACUGUAAAAGACAUGUCAAAGAAGUCAUAGAGCCGCUGUCAUGUAUAGAUUAUAUCCCCAUUCACCCUAUUUAUAGACGCUGGUUACACUCUUUUCACAAUGUGCUCUGAUUUCUCAAACUCUGCUGCUACAUGUGAUCCUGCAUAAUGUGCUUACCUCAGUUAGCGUUAAUUGCUUGAGAAUUACAUUAUAAAACAGACAAGGGAAGAAAACUCUAAUGGAAAGAUAGCAAAUGCAGUGGAGCAGAAAACACUCAAGAUUAGAUGAUGAGUUUAAGGGAAAAAAUGAUCAAACUUCAGAAGUUUCUCAGAAAAGUAAGGCCUCGUUCUUGGGAAUGUUUGAAGUAGGGCUGGGCGAUAUGGCCUCAAAUCAAUAUCACGAUAUAUUGAGCAGUUCACCUUGAUGACGAUAAAUGGAUGGUAACUACUCCACAAGCUGCUCACCCCCUCCCACAUUAACUCCCACAUCCUCCUACAUCCCACAUCGUCGACUUUAGUUGCUACAACUUUUGAACCGUCCUCCAUCUCCUCACCAGUCGGACUGGAGGCGGUGGAGUCAUGUUUUAGGCCUACCUACACACAUCCAAAACCAACCUUUAUUUAUUUUUUUGACAUCGAAUAUACUGAUAUAAAAUGAUGUUGGUUAUUAUCCAAAAUUUCGGCAUCGGUAAAUUUUCGGGUUAUCGCCCAGCCCUAGUUUGUGGCAUGCUUCACUCUGAAGAAAUGUCUCCACUCAUUUAGUCAUUCAAUUUAGGCGUCACAAGUUAUAAGUUAGUAACCUCCAUCUGUUUUUGAAAAUGAGUAAUCCACAGCUUUAUAUUUUCCUUGUUUUAUCCGCUCAGGUAUCUCUACAUUCUGCUUUGUUGCUCCUAACAGAUUGGACCUUGUUUGUUUGUCUGCAGAAAUGUCAGACAGAAAACCGCCAAAUGUCAAAGCCAGACCUCCAGCAAGCAAUCUAUCUUUCCCUCUGGCUGUCUGUCUGCCCGCCUGCCUGUCUCUCUCUCUCGCUCUCACGCACACAUAAACUCCCACAAGUUUUUCAUAUUUACACCUAAGUCAUCCCCAGACAGCUCUCCUGAGAAAAGCAAACGUGUUUCUUAAUCCACCUGCAGAGAAGAAAUCAAUAGUGUUUUGCUCACCCACGCCAAGAAAAAUAUGUGAACACGGUCUCAUCUGUCCAGCUUACACGACUAAAUUGUUCCAUGGUAUUAAUCCAAAUAUCAGGCCUGAUGGCAGACAGGAGCCGAGAGGUUGGUGGAACAAGUUUGAAGCUCAAAAAGUUUUGUUUUGUUUAUGGCAUUCACUCAAGAGUUCUCUGGCUCGUUUCAAUUUAUUUGAAAUUCGUUUUUUUAAGAGUGGCACUGCACCAAUUUUGCAGAAGAUGCUCAGUUGACCAGCUAUGGAGUGCUACUUUGCCAGUAAAAAAGUUAUAUAACAGCAUUUGUGGCUGUAGGGGAGCAUUGUCACAGUGGAGAAAACAGCCUUGAUGAUGUCAGAGUGAUGUCAUCAGGAUUAUUUCAGUUUGGUCGGUGAGAAAAAAACGCACAAAAAACACCUGUGGUGCAAACUGGGAGUGUGGAGGAAGAAGGUUAUAUCAAAAUGUGUCACUGUGCUGCAUGAUAGGACAUGUAGGAUGGAGGAUAUUACACGCUUGUGCUGUUUGAACAGCUACACAGAUUUUUUUGGCUUCUUAUCAGCAGUGAGAUACAUUAAACAAAACUGAUAUGAUAUAAACGCAGCCAAGGCCAAACUCUGCCGAAUGGAUAAUUUAGCUAAUCACCAAGGAGAUGUCCUUGUUUGGGUAUGUGAGGCAAGAAUUACUGACUUACAAAACCUUCAACAAAUAUGUGCCUCACAUCAGUGCUGCUCUGUGCAUCUGUGCAUCUCAGUCCAAUUCAGAGCGAUGCCUCUGCUAUCCAAACUUGUGACCCUAAAAUCUUUGAAACAAGAGCAUAAUAAAUAAAAAAUCACUCUCGAUAAAACCUGUGCCAAAACAGAUUUGAGCUAUUCACACCAAUACAGUUUUUGUUCGUUUGUUUUUAACUUGGCUGUAAAUAUGUUUAUUUUUGCACUAAAGAUGGGUAUUUUUGAAUGCGUGUGUAUGUGGUUUCUGGUGCUUCUGCAGCCAGCCUCAAGUGGUCACUUGAGGAACUGCAGUUUUUUCACAUUGUAUCAUUUGGAAAAUAAAGUUUACCAAAGUGCUGCAUGGUGAAAUAAAUCUGUUCAAGCAUGAACAACAUAUUAAAUUACACAGUGUAAUAAUAAAUUAUUCAAAUGAUCAAAUAAAUAAUAAAAUAAGGAUUAAGGUUUUAAAAAAGGACAAAGUAGUGUAGUUGGUAGUCUCUGAAUUAAAAAGGUCAACCCCAGGUCCCAGGGCAAGACACUCCACCACACUCAUGCCCACUGGUGAGUGGUUGGGAUUGGUUGAAAAAUAAUGGGCUCCAUACAUAGCACUAUGAAUGAGUGAAUUCCAAUUCCAAGUCUCUUUUCAACUGAGCCAUUGCCUAGCAUACAUCAAGGUGUGUGUAAAAAAUUGACCAGGAAGGGGCGUCAAACACAGGAAAGGCAUGUACUAGAAAGCUCAGUUGAAAAGAGACUUGCAGUUGGAAUUCACCCAUUCAUAGUGCUACGUAUGUACAAAAAAAGCUAAAAGGAAACACCAUAUAGUCUCCUGAGCAUAGAUCAGAUCCUAUUAAUUAAAAUACUCAACGAUGAUUGAUAAACCCAUGAUCUGCAGAAACCACAACAGCACUUGAAGCUGUAUACUUUGUACAGUCUGCAACAGCACAACAAAGUACAAUAUAAUCACACACUUUUAACACAUUAAAGCUCGGAUGGCAUGCUUCUUCUGGGUUUUAAAAGGUUUUUUUGCAUUUUUGGGCAUUUGUUGCCUUUAUUAGAUUGAAGACAUGCAGCAAAGAGCUAUGGCCAAGAAUCCAACCAGUGACCACUAUGAAGACUGUAAAACCUCUGUAGAUGGGGCACUUAGACCACAAGGCCUUCAGCCCUUGACAACAGGAGUUUUUACAUUAGGGUUCAGCCACUGUGUCCACAUUACUCCUGUGAACAAUCGCAUUCAUUAGACACUGAAGGUGAGACAUUUCAGGGGUCUUCAAGUCCUGUUUUGGACUGGCAGUGUUUUGGGGGGUUACUGGUGGGACUAUGUAGACUAAAUAAUGAAUCUGUGUCACCAUUUUCAAGCUGUGAAAUACAGGUUUUAAUUAUUCUGAUACAAAUGUGAAACCAGAUUUCAUGUCCUAUCACCAUCCUCCGGUUUACAGCUCAAACAAGAUGUGCUGCUCCGCUUUAGAUAAGAAGCAAUGUAAGCAUUUACUGUGUUGUGUUCCUGACCUGGUUUUUGCUCUUUGAAACACCUCCUGGGGUAAAUGUCUGUGAAAUUGUACACUAUGACAGGAGAAGCAGAUUUUAGUGGGAUGUUUUUGAAAUUUAGAUAAAGGCAAAGAGAACUUAAGAGGCAGGAAUGAGUCUCUGAAGGGUUUAUUACUUUAUAAACAAUUUUUCAUCUUUAAAUUUGCCUCAAGUUGACAUUAGACAAAAAUAAAUCAAUAACAGACACUUUCACAAAGUACCCCAGUCUCUUUUGUACUUUUUUUUCUUCUAUUCAGGCUCAAUUUUGUAUCAAUGGAGUGGCCUUGAAAUCUGAAUAAUAUAAUAUUUGAAUAAUAUAAUACAGUCAAUAAUGUUUUUGAAGUUUGGAGUAAAUUUACAAAGAAAGCUCCAUCAUCAACUUUAUUUUGUUCUUUAAUAAAAAACUUUGGUAAAGUUUUUGUUUAAAUCCCAGCUCUCUUUCACUUCUUAGACCCAGCAAACCAACUACGAGUCGGUCAGUCACCGUACCCUAUUUUAUGUAGACUGGAGUGUCCACAAACACUACGUCUUUUCCAGUACAUCUCAAACUCUCCCAAACUGUCAAGAAAUCUGUUUUGUGAAAUGAGUAAAGUACUUAGCAUUUAUUUUUUGUCUCUUCUCACAUGAUUUGCACUGCAGUCGUACCCACGCACCACUAGCUAGCUAGCAAAUAAGUCUCCUUUUGCCGUUUUUGCCUCUUCUUUGUCAUACUACCUAAAUGGCAAAUAGGAAACAGUGUGAAGAACCACUAUUGCCUCUACUCUGAGUAAGGUAACCAUACGUUCUCUUUUAACCGCACAUGUCCUCUUUUUGGGGGGCUGUCUGGCUUUGUCCGGGAAGUUUUAUAAAAUCCGUCAAAUGUCUGCAGUUUUGUAUGGAAGUUUUGAGUUUGUGUCACAUGGAUUUACUGAGUUAGACGCGCAUAAAAGACACCCGACCCACCCUGAAAAACUCUCAGAAUUAACUUCCUGUGACUCUGUGACUCCACCCCGCGUAUUCGUGUCCUCUUUUUAGGAAGUCGGAAUACGGUCACCCUAACUUUUGAGCUAAUCAGUGACACAGUUUAACCCCAUGCUAAUGUUUGUUACAAAUGUAUCUUGACUGUCCUUAUUGAGAGGGAAAUUAUCAACACAUUAGGGAGAUUUUGCUUUACCAAAAAAAAAAAAAAAACACGACCCCGUACGCGUUUUGUCCCACUGUCCAGUUAGUGUUUAGAGUAUUGACCCGACAGUUGAUCCAUAAUUAGAUAGGGAAACGACCCAUAAUCUUUGCAGCUCUCUAUGAUCUGAUAAACUGACAGUGACCUGGGCAGAACAGCAUCUCAUGUCAUGAUCCAACAUGCAACUAGAGAACUCCUUUCCUGGAUCAGCUCUUAAAAGUCCAAAAUUUGACGAGUUGUUUUUUAGCCGGAUAAAGCUGGGGUCGUCUUCCUGUGCUCAAAUUAAUGGGUAUAUUUCCAAGAAGCAAACUGUCUGCUCUGCUUCCCCACUCAAGAAAUUGCCAGAUUAGCUGUUGCACAUGCAUGUCCAAGUGUGUGUGUGUGCGUUUGUAUAUGGAUCUUCUGCUGUGCGUUGACAAGCCAUGCCUCUAGCAUUCCCUUCAGCUCUUCAAGGGACGUGUAAUCACACACUGGGACUGACAAACUACUUGAAAUGCAGAAAGUUACAUCACUCGUUACAGCUCAAAGGUUAUCGCACUACUCCAAGAUGUUGCAUUGUGACGGUGAACUCCCAACACUGAUGGGAGAAUGAUGCAUGGGCACAUAAUGUUCAGCAAUUUCUUUACAAGUGUGUCUGUGUAUACGGUUGGAUGCCUGUGCAGAAAAUUGUUGCCUUUCCCCACACAGCAAUUGUGCCAUGUCGUCUAAGAGCACUUUACCCAGCAUGCUUUAGUUUACUGAUGUUCGAAACAUAUUCCAAAGAAAGUCUGCACUGCCAGCUUUAUUUCCUUGAGGAUAUUUGAAAUGUGAGCGUGAAAAAAAGUCUUCAAAUGUGUGAGAUUAUACUGUGAGAGUAUGUUCUUGAUGCUGUGACUCCUGUCACACUCUCUCACUUUUUCCAGCGCUCAUUUUCAUCUCUAACUGCAGUAUGAUUUCCAUCUUUUCUCACAGUAUUACAUGUGCGCUCUCAGAGAUGCAAAUAUUCUCUGCAACGAUUUAUUGGCUCUCUCUUUCCUUCUUCCAGUGUCCCCCCACUACACACCCACCUCUGCUCUUCAUCUGUGCAUCUGUGUGCCAUGCUCCUGGAAGACAGCCAUGUAAAUGAAGAGGCAUGAGCCUGGGAUGAUGCUUUGAUGCUGGUGAUUCAUUCUCAUGAAGAGGUGUCAUCCAAUCCAAGUCACUGGCUGAAGGAACCUGUCACAUGUGUUUUCCACAUACAUGGUAGGAUGGGUAAGCCUGAGGCGCCAGAUUUAUAUCAAUAUACUCUAGUGACGAGACAAUAUGCUUGGUCAAAUAUGUACUGUAUGUGAGGAGCUGAUGUUUAAAGGGAGAGUUUAAAGGUUGUUUGGAUGAUGAAAGCUUUGCUGUGUGUCGCUGAACACUGCAGCUUUAUUGCUCUGGGAAAAAAAUGCCUCUGACGCAAUUUAUAACUUUGAGCGUACGUGAUAUUUUGAAAUAUUCAUACAGUUCUCGAUGCUUUUUCUUCUUCUGGAUUGACUUUAAAAGUUAUCCGUAUUGGUAUUGGAUUAUCUGUUCGGACACCCACAGUAGAGACAAAAAGACACCUUAAAAACAAGCGUGAAAAGAGAAGCAGGUAAGUUAUCCUAUGUUUUAAAUUUUCAGCCUUUUUUAUAGUGAGGAUUAUCCUACAUGUAUGAUGUUCGCUAAGUACAUUUUUAAAACAUCCCCUCGCACCCUGACGAGAAGUCCUCCAUUUUGAUUUGAGAUUUCAAUCAGCUGAUUCACACAGUCCAUAUGACGCUCAGUCGCUGGUGGCUGUCACAGAGUCGCUAGACGACGCCGUCGCCUGAUUUGCAUAAUUUUUCAGUGAAACCACCCUACCCCACCCCCAGCCUACAUAGGAGGAGUCUUCCUCAGGGUGUCUAUAUGCAUGAGUGUGUGUGUGUUUUCCAUGCACACCUGCUAUCUGUUGAGAAGAGUAACCCCAAAUUUCCACCACAUCCGGAAUGGCUCCAAUCCAGGAUGGCGUCCACCAAUUACUACCAGAUCCAUUUGUGGACAUUACGGACAACAGGAAUCGCAAGAACCCGCGGAUUCACAUGCAAUCGCGCGAUAAUGCGACAACUCUAUAAAGACAGCCACAAAGGCUAACUAUAAAAGCAGUAAAAUGUGUCCUUCCAGAGGAGGAAAUCCACCUCUAGACUUCUAAAAUCAGUAUCUCCUCAUCCAUGGUGCCAUUGGGGUGAAAAGCGGUCUAGAAACCUUUCACGUGUUCAUCCCUGCCCGUUUGCAUGGUGUGAAAUCCGAUCCACCUGAAACAUGGAGUGUUUUAUUUUGAAAGGCAGCCAGAUGUUUUAUUUCAUGUCUGUGACCGAUUUAUUUUCCAGCAUGGGUUAAUCUGUGCUGAAUUUAUCUGGCAUGCCCCACCAUACGGAAAAAAUAGAAUUCUUGCUAUCAGCUGUGGAGUCUGGGGAUCCACAGCGAGACGGAAAGAAGCCGGUGGAAAUUGACACAUUGGGCUCUAUUUUGGUGCCUCGCCGGAGACGUGCCGCAAGCGCAGAUUCAAUCAGAUCCGCCGCGCUGACAAGGCGUUCCCAAGCACAUUUUGGUAUUUUGGUGAGCCGCGCAGCCCGGUGUGAGUAUCCCCCCUCCCUAACUCAGCUCCUCCCGGCAGCAUAAAUCAUAGACGGGGAGGAGAGAGGGCGUAUAGCGUUUAACACAGCCGAGACCUGUUUUCACCAAUCACAUUAGCUCCUCUCCUCGCCUUUAAAUCCGCCACAGGCGAGGCGUAUUACUAUUUUCAUGAAGUAGUCAAAGAGAUCAAGAGAUGUCUGAAGACAGUUAUGCCACACGAUGGCGACAGAGGGCAGCUGCUCAACAAGUGUCCUCCACACUCUCUCAUCUGAGCACAGAUGGAUUUGGUGUGCGUAAUGUUGGACCCACUGGUAAGACAAACACCCUUUUCCACAAAUAAAGACACUCACAUAAAGUUGCAUAUAUUCAAACCUCACGUGACAAAGGUGGGUUGAGCGCACAGAUCACAACAUAAACUCCAAAAAGGCAUUAAAAUCGGAACCAUCUGUGCGUAAAUGACGCAUCGCGCUCCGUGGCCUGGCUCUUUCUUUCAUAGAUGUUGGCAUAUAAAAUAAAUUUGGCUCACAAAACUGAAUAUUAUAAUAUCCGUAUGUCGGCUUAAAGUAGAUAACGCAUCUGAGCACUGAAACAAAUCAUCUGUUCAGCCGCAGCAGCAGCAGCAGGAAGACGGACAGAGGACACGGAGACGUGUCCAGGUCGAGCUGUGCGAGAAAUAAGAGGAAGAAAGAAAAGGAGGGAGACACAUUACAUAUCUUGUUAACUUCAUCAUGUGUGUUUAUUUACUAGAUAUUUAAUUUAAUUUGAUGCAGUUUCAGCUGUAUUGAUUCGGUCAGGUUGUGUGUCCAAACGCGUGCCAAACGCGCUCAUCAGAUCAGAUAUAGAUCAGAAUAUAUCGAUAUAGAUCUAAAUGUAUGUGCUGACUCUGAUUAAUAGUUGUUGAUUAUUUAUUGCACUGAAAUCUGCCUGACACUGUGGAAACCUGCCGGUGAGGCAUCAGUGACGUAUGUCGAUACGCCGCCGGUCUACCAAAAUACUACUGGACCAGCUGCGUUCCGCCUUGCGCUGAAAGCUGACCAGGUUUGAAUCGGCGAGCUUUCAGCGCACGUUACACGCCAGUGGCGAGCACAAAAAUGUCACUGCGCCAGCUGAUUCUGUCAACACCUCCCCCUGCCACGCCACCACGCCCAGCUUGGCGGAUCUCGGCUCGCCUCCGUGCGACUCAGUCCACGAAAAUACCAAACUCGCCUUACGCCGGGCUCCGCCAGACAAAAAUACAACUGCGCGGGGCUCGCCGCCCUCCGCCGCCUCACCGGCGCGAACGAAAAUAGAGCCCAUUAACUUGAAUGGUUCCGUUCAGCUAUGAUCAGCGGAUACAGCUUUUUUGUAGCUGUUCCAGAUGCAGUGGAAAUUGGGGGUUACAACGAUACCUGCUUUCAUGUGAGUCUCCAAACUCCAGAAAAAGUCGCCAGAUUUGUCACUAGGAGCUUUUUUGGAAAUAAGUCGCAAGGGGAGUCUAAAAAGUCGUUCAACUGUACAGUUCAUCCAUCCAUCCAUUUUCUACUGCUUAUUCCCUUUCCCGGGGUCGCAGGGGGGCUGGAGCCUAUUCCAGCAUCUUCAGGCGAAGGCAGGGGACACCCUGGACAAGUUGCCAAUUCAUCGCAGGGCUGACAUAUAUAGAUGAACAACCAUUCACGCUCACAUUAACACCUAUGGGCUAUUUGGAAGUGGCCAAUUAACCUAACCCCACUGAGGCAUGUUUUUGGGAUGUGGGAGGAAACCGGAGUACCCGAAGUAGACCCACACAGACACAGGGAGAACAUGCAAACUCCACACAGAAAUGCCCUGACCCGGAAUCGAAACCCAGGGUCUUCUUGCUGUGAGGCAACAAUGUUAACCACUACACCACUGUGCCGCCCUUGUACAGUUCAUAAAAUUUAAUUUUAAGAGAUCUUGUCCAAUAACAUAAUUUAUUAUUUUUUUGUUUCACAUUAAUAAGAAGCAUAUUUUUGACUCAGUUUUAUUCAUAAAAUUAAUACAGCAGAGCGAGAUGAAACUCAGCUUCACAAUAUAUGAAAAGUACAAAUCAGGGCUUGUCUGUACAUGUUCCUACCUCACUUUGGAUUGUAGAGGGGACUACUUGCAAAUUUUCUAAGUAACACUUUUUAGUGUUUGAAAUUGCUGCCCUGGGCCCCAAUGAGAGAAGAGGGCCUUUGAUAGACCCUAAAUCAAAAUUUAGCUUUUGUUUCAGUUAUUUUCUCUGAGUAAUGACUUUUAUAGGUACAGGAUGGCCUAAAAUAGAGAGCACAUCAAGACAGUAGUGUAGUGGUUAGAGGUGGUUUGAAUCCCACAAGAACAUGCAUUACAAAUUGAGCGCUCCCCUAACUUUGCAGUAUAAACCUUGGUUUUCAAAAAUGCACAGUAAAAUGGGGCAUUGAAGAAACCUAUAAAGACAACCACAGGCCUUUGACUCAAAUGGUAGUGGGUUCAAAUCAAGUGCAUGGAAAACAAAAGGAGGAAGUAGGAGGACAGUAUAGAAAGGGUAGCUCAUCUACAUACAAAUUUUCUUUCAUUAUAAUUGCCCCACUUACUGCAGCACAGACAGAUCCUGCAGCACAUCCUAUGGCUGCAAUUGGCCCGAUAUGCACAAAAGUGCAUUACAGCUCCCCCCGGGUUAAGGUAUGCUGUUCUAUACCACCUUCUCAUGGUUAAGGGCUCAGUUUCUAUCUGAUUAAGGGAGGCUUUUUUUUCCUGGCUACUGCAGGAAAUACUCACUCAUGGUGGUUCAAGCUUGUUUGUCUUACAGGGCGUAGCAAAAUCUGAGAAAGGGGUGUCAACAUUUGCCGCUAAUUUGGCAGGAAGGAACUAUCAGCGACAAUAGAGGGACAUGUUAACAGUGAUUCUUUUGUGUUUGUUUUUGCUCUAAGUUAUCAACUUACAACAGUGGAUAUUUGCUGCGUUCACAAGUGCUAUAAUAGGAGAGCAUGUCGAGGGAACGUUUUGGAUAAAGUAUGUUUUUUUCUGCUUUCCAACAUGGAAGAGAAAACACAGAGCACAAAUGGAAGAGUUAACGAAGAGAGCGAGAAAGGCAGACGUGUUUGUGUGUGAUCACCUACCAUUGUGCAAAUGAGGGUUUUGUUGUUGACACUGUGCAUCUGCAGUUUGUGUACCCACCCAGGUGUGAAAAAAAACGUGGGCCAAGAGGGACUUUUCAUUAUGGGAGGAAUUAAAUGUAUAAUAGCUUGUUCCUUCGAUGAGGUACUGCAUCAAAUACACUCGGUUAAGUGGUGGUAGCAUCUCAAAAUCAUCUUCUGACCAUACAGUGCGUUCAUAUGGGUCGAGUCCAGCAAUGUCCGCAAUUUUGCUGUAGUAACGCUCUCUUUCUUAAUUAUUCAGCUUGUCCGUGUACGGUAUGUUGAGUCCAAGUUUUGCUCUCUUCAUUCUGUUCUCCGUUUACUGUGUAGUCAGCUUAUAAAAUGUUGGUUUUUAAAACCGAACAUCAUCCUAAUUCCAUUCAUUCCAGUGCACGUACGUGAUGUGCUGCACUGGCACGUCAUGCACCACGCCCCCUGUGCUGACUUCGGUGCUGCUACACCUUAUAACAACACAGAGUCCUUUCUUGUAAAUGUGAGGUAAUUUGAAUGAAUGAAGUGAUAGCAGCAGGACAUAGCAUGCAUUUACAUUUCCUUUAGAAACUUACUUUUCUUUCUUUUCAUCCAACUGAACAGCAUAAACAUUAAAGUGUUUUUAUUUAUUUAUUUAUUUUUUAACUUUAGCCGGUUUGUACAAGACUGAACUGACUCAGCGGGUAACUAAGAGAGCUGUGUACACAGCUAUUGAUUUGUUGUGUUGCUAGCUGAGUCACAAUGUGUAUGGUCAAACGGAUCAUGAAAGUCCCCUAUGGUUAUAAUUUUUCACUUUUUCCUUUCUUCACUCUUCCUCCCCUCAUGCCCUCAUCUACCUCUCUGCUUCCCUUCCAGAUAAUCCUCCACAAAAAAAAAAAACAGCACUUUUGCAUUUCUUUUAUGAUGCUUCCCCGUUAGAGGGGAGGCUGUUAAUUUCUAGAGGUGCUCAUUCUGGCACAACUCGAUUCCCCACGGAGUCACGAAAGAGUUUGAACUUGUGCCAGUUGGUGUUUUUCUCCCUUCCUCAUAGAAGUAGGCACACAAAGUCGCUGCUGGAUCUGAGGGAGUCAACAGCUACAGAGGGACCACCAGAGCCCCCAGAGGAAUAAUUCCUGUAAUUAUGUAGUCCAACAAAAAGAACGAGUGCCAACAGAGGAAGUAGUGUGGUGUUCUCAGCUGAACAAUAACUACUUUCUAUUUAGCUCUGAAAUGAAAUUGGAUUUUCAUUCAAGCCACUUUUUGUUGAAUUUGAAGAUUUCUGACUUUGUCCUCCAUCAUUAGCAAUAAAAGAGGAUGCUUGAGCAAACUAUUCACAAAUAGCUUAGUAAUAGAGGCAAAUUCCUUCAGUAAAAGAAAAUUCUGCUUCAAGGUAAGCUCGACCUGCUUUUUCUUUUUGAUAUACAGCAUAAUACAGAGGUAUUCUGUACUGAAUGUUUAUAUUGAAUUCACAACUGAGAGAAAUGCAAAGCCAUGGUCUCUUUCUCAAAGGUACAUCAUUUGUAACCUUGGCAAGGCUGGUCUCAAUGCUAUGGCGACCUCUGAAUUCAGAAGCUUUUAACAAGUAAACCGAGAUACACUAUUUUAUGUCUGUAUGUCUGAGUCGUAAGUUAUUAAAGGAGGGUAAACAGGGAUUUUUGAAGUAACAAGACAAAGGCUAUGCAGUAUUUUAACCACUACAUUGUAUUUUGUUAAACCUGCACUCAUUUAUUUGAUUAAUACUUAAGUAUCUGUUGUGAAACCAUAUAAGGUCUUUGUUUCCUGUGUCUUUUUCUUGUACCAUUCUUCAUAUUUUGGAUCACUACAUCAAGGCAGUCAUAGGUUUGUCUCUAACUUGUGUAUCUGCAUAUAUUUCAGGAUGUUGUGCAUCCCUGCAAAUCAACAGAAUGAGUGUAAUAUAUAAUAUAGUGUGUCAAAAAAAGUGGUCUCCUACGCUCAACUUACCCUGUGUAUGGGGUAACCUUCACAGACUCCAUGAAAUGAUGCCCACCCCCUAAAUAUUUGGUCACAUGAUCCAUUUUUUUUUACCUUUUCCUCGCAACAGGGGUUGGCUCAACUUACCCUUUGGCUUAGCUUACCCCAGUCUACCCUCCUCUGAAAUAGAUUUUUGUGCAGUGACUGAAUAAAGAAACAAACAACAAACUAAUUGUGCUGGAGACAGUCAGCGCCUCAUUAUCUACAGCCAGAGACCAGUUCUAAUGUAAUCUGGUUCAUAUAUGAUGUCUAAGCACCUUGUAACCCAUUACAAGAGGUGCUCAAAUUAAGAUAUGAGAGAAGGACUUCAUUCACUGUUGUCUCCCGGCAUCUGCAGUGCUUGUUCGAUACUCUUUGUAAUAAAAUUUUACUUUACAAGCAAGCCAGUAUCAUGAAAUCUCCCUCUGCAUUUACGCAUCACAGAGAGGCGAGAUACAACAAUAGAAACCCCAAUUACAACUUACUGCAUGGUUUAGGACCUAUUACUGUGAAUUUAUAGUCUUCAAUGCAGGGGGUCUGUGUGAACGUAUAAUGCACAACAAUUAAGGGAAAGGCCUACUAUUAUCAUAGUCUAUAAAGUAAUGUUGACAUUUUUAAGUGUAUUAUACCAACGCUUUCUGUGCAGCUCCUUUCUUUGUUGCUCAUCUUUAUCAGGUGGAGUAUGACAUUUAGCUGCAGUUUGAACACCUCAAAUCAAGCAAGUAAAUUGUGGUGUUUUGUAACCAAUUAGUUUUCCUGGAGUGUGCAGUGUCAAUAUGACUAGUUUGCUGCUCCUGACUGAAUUGUUGCACAGUUAAAGUGUCACUAAGACAACCUCGGCACAGAUUAUAAACACAACUCCCUGCGUUUUGAGGCAUUUUUCUCAAAUUGAGGAGAUAGACAAAUUGUUGUUUGUCUAGUUCACUUAAGUCUAUUGUUAGCAUGUUAUUGUCUGUAAACCAGCUGUAGACACAUUGUAAUGCCAAGUAGUGACCGUCCCAGCAUUGAAGCUUCAGUGAGGACCAUUUAGUCUGGAUUGAUUUUGGCGCCCUCUGUGGACGAAGUGGUUCACCGUCUGUCUUUGCCGAUCUUGUUCAUACUUGCUGUUUUCGGACCACUAACUUUGCAAAAUGUUAGCUUGUAAGCUUGUUUUUGCAGUUUGCUGUGUAUCGACCAUAGACUGCAUAUAGAAUGAAUGCUGUCUGCCUCCUCGCUGGGUGAAGCCACUCUGAGAACAGCACCCUCUGGUGACGGGCUGUAGUAUAGGUCUUGAAUCCCGCUUCCGCUUGCCAUCCUUAUGGGGCUGUGGACAAACUUUAGAAAUUUAUUACACAGAAUAUGAUAUGAAAUUUUUCUCCCCCUGCUUGCGAUGUUGACAUGUAGUUACAGUAAGACUGGUUUGUCCUUUUUUUUUCCUGUACAGCUCCAUUCUUAAAAGUUAUUAGGGGGUUCAUGUUUGCUAUGAUUGACACUUGAUACAGCCUAUGGGCGUAAGAAGACAGCGUAACUCACCAAGGGGAUCCACUUUUUGAGCCGAGCGUCAUCACAGCGACUCUCCCGCCUAAUGCGUACAAUGCUACUGAGCAAGUGGUGGAGUGCGUACAACGCUACUGUGCAAUGUUGGUCUCAGGAAGUGGAGAAAAAAAAACGCCGAACUACUGAGAGCUUUUUGGCUUCAAACCCUUAUACUGGCGGAAGGCGGAACCAAGUUGUCCAUAGUAUAUACAGUCUAUGGUAUCGACCUAUUUUAGAUUGAUCUUUCUGGCACAUGUAGGCAUUUCAAAUGAUUAUUUGGAAAUAAUCAAUCUUUGUCCUGAUGGUUUUAUUUAGUUUUUAAGUCACAGAGAGGCUGUAAAAUACAUUUCUGUCAGUUUCAUAACCUGUAAAAAGUUGUUUUAGGCACUUUAACCUUUCCUAUUUAGCUUCAUAUUUGGUCUCCACCACCCUCUUUAACAUCCAACUCUGCUUUCCAGUCGUUCUAAUACAGUUAACAGCUAUGGUUACCAACUAUUUGUCCUCGUUUAAUGUUGGGACAGUAGCAUACAGUUAUCAGAGAGCAUUCUCAGAGCUCUUUCAAAAAGCAUUACAAGAAAAAAAGAAGAAAAAACACCUUCUUGCUGCAGCUUGAAGGGACGUGAUAAAAAGCAAAAACAUCCAUAAAUAAAGUAGUUGCUCUUCCAGGAGUGCAAGCCACAUCAUCCUCAGAUUUCUGCAACAGCUAAAGAAAAAUUGCUCUGAGCAUCUUAAAAAAGAAAAAGAAAAGCUACCAGCAAAAGAACUGGAUCUCAGACAGAAACUGAACUGAAUAGGAGGUGCAGUAGGAGGAAGAGGGGGGAAGAUGGGGCCUUCAAAUGCAAUGAAAGCUAUGGAUUUAUUAACAGAAGGGAUCAAAUGUGUACUUUUGCUCAGAGUUAUGGGGUUCCCAAAGGAGACCGAAGACUUCAACAGUGUCUACCUUUUUUUAGAGGGUACAAAGACUAAAUAAAUUAGAAAAAUCAGUCAAGAGCAAAAUGGAGAGGUAGAAAAAAACUUUCAUUUGGGAGCUGAAAAGAAACGUUUUCCAAAAAUGAUAGGGAAACAUCUUUGUAUGGCAGUUGUAGAAGUGGAAAUGCAGGGAAAUAACAGGCUCCUGCAAAUUGAAAAACAAUAGCCAAUCAUGAGUAAGAGGGCCUGACUUGAAGCUGUCAUACUUGAAAACAAACACAUCUGUCAAAUUCGAUUUACAGGUAACAACUCUUGAUGUUAAUUGCAGAAAAUUCAGUGUUUGAGAUACGUUUUGAGCCGUAACACACUGUGUAGGUUCUUGUGCAUGGUGACGGUGACAUACUUCCAACAUAUGUUCAUGUGACUUCCUGUGCCUCACCAUGUUGUUGAACAAUUCCCAUUGGGGAAUCUAGUAUAAAACCUCAUUCCUCAUUUAUUUUCUGCUUUGUCCUUGUCUCUCUUGAUCCAUGUACAUCACACCUCAGAAAUUUGCACACUCUCUCUCCGGGAAUAAUGAUUCUCCACGGACUGUUGCUUGCAUUUCAUGGGAAUAUACAGCAAUUACUUUGAAAUUAAUUUUCAUCUCUUCAGUUAACAAGACUGCUGGUUUCACUUGACAAGGUAGAAGUGGGAAUAGGAAAUAAAACAGUGGUAUAGCCUACUUUGUUUAACACCUUAUUCUCAUAACUUUAAUUGCAAAGGAUGACGCCUUUAAUUGGAAUGAGAAUUUCAUGCACAGGAAACCGCACUGCAAUUGAAACUUGUCUGUAAUGUGCGGCACAUCUGUGUGGAAAAUGCUGUAUAUAUACAGUACAGGCCAAAAGUUUGGACACACCUUCUCAUUCAAUGCAUUUUCUUUGUUUUCAUUACUAUUUAAAUUGUAGAUUCUCAAAACUAUGAAUGAACACAUGUGGAAUCAUGUGCUUAAGAAAAAAAGUGUGAAAUAACUGAAAACAUGUUUUAUAUUUUAGAUGUCUCAAAGUAGCCACCCUUUGCUUUUUUGAUAGCGCUGCAAACUUUAGCUGUUCUCUCAAUGAGCUUCAUGAGGUAGUCACCUGAAAUGGUUUUUACUUCACAGGAGUGCCUGAAGUAACCCUGACAAGGUACUUCUGUCAUCAAGAGCAAAGGGUGGCUAUUUUAAAGAAACUAGAAUAUAAAACAUGUUUUUGGUUAUUUCACACUUUUUUUAUAAGUACAAAAUUCUACAUGUGUUCAUUCAUAGUUUUAAUGCCUUCAGUAAUAAUCUACAAUGUAAAUAGUCAUAUAAAAAAAUAAAGAAAAGACAUUGAAUGAGAAGGUGUGUCCAAACUUUUGGCCUGUACUGUAUAUAUAUCCAGGAGGAAGCUAUUAUACUUGUUAUACAUGUAUUAGUUUCUCUGAUGUAGGAUUUGUGCAUCAACACCUCUUCAAUUUCUAUGCAUGAGUAGAUUUUAGCUGUAAGAGAUCACACUCUCAAGAACCAGAUUUUUUUUUUCCCUCAUUCAGUUCCAAUUCCAAAGAGGAUUGGCAUAGUGUAAAAUGUUGAUUAAAAACAGAGAAUAAAAUUUAAAGGAUUAGAAAAAAAGGCACAAGAUUUCAGUUGUAUUACUAUUCAUUUGUUGGCGAAUUGUUUGAUAAGUUGGUUUAUUGAUCGAUUGGUUGGUUGGUUGAUAAGUUGGUUGGUUGGUUGGUUGGUUGGUUGGUUAAUAAGUUGGUUCAUUAGUUGUUUGGUUGGUUGGAUGGUUGGUUGGUUGGUCAUUCAUUGUUGGUUGGUUGAUUGGUUGUUAGUCAGUCAGUUCGUUCAUGAGUUGGUUGUUUAGUUGGUUAGUUGUUGGUUGGUUGAUUGGUUAGUCGGAAAGUUUGUUGGUGUUAGUUCAUUUGUUGGUUGGUUUACUUGGUCCGUUGGUUGGUUGGUUGUUUGGUUGGUUGUUAGUUUAUUUGUUGGUUGGUUGGUUGUUCGUUUAUUUGUUGGUUGGUUAGUUGGUUGGUUGGUUGUUUGGAUAGUUGGUUGGUUGGUUCAUUUGUUGGUUUGUCGGUCUGUUGGUUGGUUGGUUCAUUGGUUGGUUGGUUGGUUCAUUUGUUGGUUUGUCGGUCCGUUGGUUGUUGGUUGAUUGGUCAGUUGGUUGGUUGGUUGAUUUGUUGGUUGGUUGGUUGGUUCAUUUGUUGGUUUGUCGGUCCGUUGGUUGUUGGUUGAUUGGUCAGUUGGUUGGUUGGUUGAUUUGUUGGUUGGUUGGUUCAUUUGUUGGUUUGUCGGUCCGUUGGUUGUUGGUUGAUUGGUCAGUUGGUUGGUUGGUUGUUUCUUAGCUCAUUUGUUGGUUGGCUGGUCCAUUGGUCAGUUGGUUGGUUCAUUGGCUCAUUGGUUGAUUGGUUAAUGCCAGGGUGCAUUGAGUGUUUUAAGUAGAAGACCAGUGAGAACUAAAGGCAGACCAGUUUAGCAACCAGACCCUUUAACUACCAUGACUGCCAUGAUGUUGUAAUGCAUGCAAAAUGUUGUUUGGUAUUGUUACACUGCGUUAUGCACAAAGUCAAUGUCUAGAUGGAUGCAUAUUUUGCUCCUAAACCUUUAUGUAUUGUCUAGCAUUAAUGGAGAGUUUUUAAGUUACUCAUGCCAUGGUAACUUUGCAUUCUUACACCAUUUGGGAUGUUGGCCUUUUAAUUAUGCUAAUAAAAAAGCUGGGUGGACCAUCCCUUCUUUAGAAUGAAGAAUGCAGCGUCCAUGAUUUUUAAAAUGAAUGUCAUGUUCUUGUUCAUCAUAACCUUGGUAAGUUUCCCACUUUGCCUUAAUCCAUGGUUUGGGCCAAUUAUGCAGUGCUACCUUGGAUCCAUAGAUCAUAGCCUUUCAGUAUUGUCUCUCUUACUGUACAGAGAUUUUUCAGAAUUCUCAGCAUCUUUACAGAUAUUAUGUACAAUCGAUGAUAAAAUACCCAAGUUCUGUCUAAAUUUCUGGCACCCUUGAUACCUGUUUUACAUACUGGCUUUAUUUUGGAGUAAUAUUAAAGCCUGAAUUCAGCUUUUGAAAUUAAUUUAAAUGAGCUGUAUCUUCGGCAUUUUUUAUUCUCGUCUCUGCUCUUAGUUUUAUUUAGUACUUGAUGACAUUUAAUUGUUUUUAGUGGCUGAGUUUUGCACAGCUGUCCCCUCAUUAUCAUUUUUUGCUCUUAUUAUCUGUUUGUUUUGUUCUUACGUAAAGCCCUUGGACUGCAUUCUGGUGCCCUACAAAUAUAGAGCUUAGUUGUGAUAUGAGCUGUACUUUUUUAACCUCCUUUUCCCUAUGAUUUAAUUUGUCCAAUUUUAAAAAAGUGUUUGCAUAAUUUUGCAUAUUCACCCUCAACAUUGCAUCCUCUAAUUUGUUCCUCUUCCGUUCCGCAUUUAACAUCAACAGUUGUGGGGAGGUAGGUGUUAGGAUGCAAGUGUAUCAUCAACAUUAAAUAUAUUCACACUUUUUUCCUCUCCACAGAGGGUGGAAUACAUGUACGGUGCUUUCCUAAAUAAAAGUCAACUUGUUCUCCCGCGGUUAAGAUGACUAAUAGUCGACACUUAGCACCACCCACCCUGUUUAGCUUUAACACAUCAUGACAUGAUUGACGUGAGUACAUGAGCAGGAGGAUUGCUGAGUACCAUGCUGUCAGUCUUGCCAGAUGUAAAGUAAAGUAGAAAUGAGUCGGCAUGUCCUCACCUUUCAUGUUUGUCUGAUAUGUGAAGGAACAAUAAGCGAUUAGCAAACAUCCGACCACUUAGCAUGCAGGCUGAUCUGUCAGUCCUGCUGCACAUAGCUCAGCAUAACAACCUAUCUGGGAUCUGAGCUGCGGCGGCUGUCGACUAUGUGCCAUUUUACAGAAUACACUGUGGACAUUUGUUAGAUAAUCAUUUACAUAAAUUCAGUGCGUUUGUGAAUACUAAUGAUUGUGUCAUGCCGGUUUGCUUUAGGAAACCGCAGCUCAAAAACUGCCACAUCGAACAAAUCAAGACAAACUUUGAUAAAUAAAUUGAGCACUUUUUCAUCUAUUCAGCUACAAAUCGAAGUUAUUACUGACUGGAAUGUAAGAAUUUUCUCUGCUUUGAAAUUUCCAAGGUUUGUUUGUAAAACUCCAGCGAUUGACUACUCUGCCUCACAAUAUUUUUCCACCUCCUCUCCUUUUUACCCCCCUGGCUGUUCUUGCUCACCUGUAACUCCUGUCUUCUGUGUUCCAGGUAGAGCUGAGACUGAUGCAACUGCUUUCUCCGCAGAGUUUGGUAAAGUAUGUCUCCAGGCAAGAAUUCAGGAGCCUCCAUCAUCUCUUUAUGCCAUGCAGUUUUUCUGGGGUGCAGUCUUUUUAACCAUAAACUUUUGAAUUCUUUCACUAAGCUCUGGCAAAUUAUACUGCAUUUUUGAAGGAGUGUUUCAAUAUGUUAUUCAUCAAAAAUGUCAGUCCAGUCACUGGUCUAUGCAUCUUUAUUUGACACGUAUAAGUACCCUCCUAGUGUCAGCUUUGAGCUAGUCUCACUGAACAGAUUGAGCAUAGGAACACUGGAGGAAAAAAAGUGUUUGAUAUUUGAAUAAUUCUUGAUUCUGUUUGUGCCUUAAGUCAACAGGCCAGAUUUGGCUGUAUGCAGAUGAUGCAUUUGUCUCUUAGGCUACGUUCACACUGCAGGUUAUGAUGCACAAUUCGAAUUUUUUGUUAAAUUCAAUCUUUUGUGCGGUCGUUCACAUUACAACAACGAAUGCAGCAUCUAAUGUGAACGGAAUGCAUCCAUGAAGUGACCCAUAUGUGCACAAAGCAGGACGUGAUGCAGUGUGUUACGGUAUGAGCCCUCUAUUUUGGUCUCCCCAUAUAUUUGUCAACUCUAAUGUUUCUUCUUUGCGCCACAGGCUGUUCUCCGUUCCCUCGUCCACCAUUGCUUUUGUUUGUGUUGUCAAACAAUGGUGACGUUUGUCGCAUAUUGAUGACGUAUAGAUUGGAUGAACGCGACCUGAGUGUCCACACUGCAGUCAUGUUGGUUACAUAUCGGAUUUAUGUCCACAUACAAAAGAGACCUGGGUCGGAUUCGAAAAAAUCCGAAUUGCACUGUUCACACUUACAUGAAAAAAUCAGAUAUGUGUCACAUAUGGGUAAAAAAUCGGAAUUGACCUGCAGUGUGAACAUAGCCUUAGUCUAUUACAAAGAUAUCUGCAUUCAUCUGUUCAUAUAUACUUGGUCUUUUUUUACACUUAGACUUAAACUUAGCUUCUGAAUUCACAAGACAUAAUGUCGGUAUUGUGAAAAGGAAAAAAAGGACACUCUGGCUUAGGGGUUCCACUUUUUCUUUUUCCCUCUGAUCAGUUGCCUUCUCUUUGAUUGGUGGCUCGACAACAGCCUAGUGAUUGGCUGAAAAAAGGAGCCGUAAGAUAAGAGGCCUCUGACUGGCCUGUUGAAAGGAGCCCUGUGAUUGGUCGAAUGGUGCCCUUUCUACUCUCUCAGGAUUUGAUGUCCCUCUUUUUCUUUUCUUGUUCUCAACUGUCUUUUCUUCCCCCUCCUCUCUCUUCUACCACCUUGCUCCACCUCAACUUUUCAUUGUCUCUGCCUCAAAUUUUCACUUGCUUUAAGCUGGAUUCAAACCCUCAACUAUUUAAUGCCUGGCAGUACUCACUUUUCUAAGUCUUUUCAUUUCAAUACUGAGGAGUUUACCUGGUACCUCUCAUAAAUAACUUGUAAUCUGACAAAUUAGCGGGACUUUUGGUUACCUGCAGAGACCAAAGUCUGGCUCCUCCAUAAAAAAUCUGUUAGUUUGACCCAUAAACUGUCCAUGACUGCCACAAUUUUAGGACUUUUACACUUCUAUACAUCAUCUUACUUUAUCUGCGCAUCAACAGGAUCAGCUUUAGGAGCACUUCAGGUCUCCAGAGGGCUACCUUAAGUGUCACUCUGUCUGAGCUGCUGUUAUUUACCCUUUUAGUGAAAUGGCGAUGGUGUGGAUGAAGAAUCUGUCUGAACAGUCAUGUGUUUAUAUGUGCGUAUUUGUUAUACUAUCUCUCACCUAUAAAAGUAAAAACCCCCUCAAGAGUGACUUUCCAUGACCCAGUAAACACCGAGGCCUGGGAAAUGUUAGCACUGACUCCAGGAAACGUUCUUCUCACUGGGUCAUCAUCUUGCGUGACUCUCGGAUGCUAGAAGAAAAUGUUGCCCCAACCUUUGAUUCGCCAACUUCUUCUACUCAACGAGGUAGUUUACUAGUUUCUCUACUUUCCGGCUCUCAAUACGCCACCCCUUCAAAAUGUCAGAGAAUGCCUGCCUGCUGUACGGCGCUGCCUCUUGGGUAGCGUUUGUGUUUUUCAUCUAAAACUAAUAAUAACGAGACAGGCCCUCGGAGGCGCUUUGUAAUUUUUCUUCCCUUUUUCCCUUUUUCACAGAUCACUACGUUUCUUUUUAUACCGCCGCACAUAAAAACCCUAUUAUGGGCCAGUCAGGGAGUACUGCCAUCUCUAAUUUUCACUUGGAUAGUGAUUUUAUUCCAGUUUUAUGUCAUGAUAUUUGCUACAAAGAUGUUUCUGUUCAAGAGCCUGUGAAACCUGCUGCUUUACGUGACAGGGAAGUUGAAAACUCUUCCUAAAAAAUAAUGCUUCUUGUUUUUUUUCUCACCUUCCACCUCAGUCAAACUUUCAAACAAGCUUUUUCUUUCUGUCUCUCCAGUGAAAGAAGAAAUAAACCUUUUAUUUUUCACUCGGGUAAACAGUAUUGAGUGGUCAAAUCUGCUCAGGUGUCAUAAAGAAUCCCUGAUAUGUUUGACACCGGGUCAGUUGAUUUGCUCCACUCUCCGCAGAAGGAGUCGCAGUAGACUUUCAUUAUUAUAGACAUUGAUUUUCAAUAGGUGUGGUGCCAAUAAGGAGGGGGUGGCUGGGAAUUCUCACUCUUGAUAUUAUUAACUGUUUCCCUUGACAAUGGCUAUUACCUGGAUCACUGCAGUCAGCAAACUGUUAUGACAACUGAUGAGAGUGAGUGGGUGGAAUGAGCCACUGAUGGACGGACGGGGAAGAGCUGCAAGGGGAAAAAAACAACACACUCUCGAUACCUUCUGUUUGCCGUACAAGCGAGGCUCUCUGGAUUAUUUUAAGGUUAGAGUGGAAAUCAAUGGGCUCAUUGUGUAUCAAAAGUCCAUAUAUCUAAAAGAAGGCAAAAUUGGAAAAGCAAUAUUCUCUCCAUGUAGCAAAGUCUCCAGUGUGAUGCAGUUAGCAAUGACAACAAAACUAAUGGUCCUCUGAAGUCAGCCCCAAUGGGUUUGGAGUAGGCCAAACACAUGAAUCAAAUUGCUAUACUUGGUGCCCAGCUAUUUCCUUGGAGUGUGAAGUACAUCCUCACUUCAUUACUCAAUGCCCAUGACUUAUAUUCAUUCAUAAUGUAACCUACAUACAUUACAGGUUGAUUAUCUGAAGCAUUAAUAACGCAUGGAGCCUGAUCUGAGUUAAAUAUGAUUGAUCAAGCAAGUGCAGUCGUUUUUCCACAUAAUUUCCUCUUCAUAGGCGUCUUUUAAAAGUGGCACACUUCAUGAUUUGACUUUAUACAAGCAGAUGCAGACUAUGAAUAGAUGCAAGUGGCUGAAGAUGGAAUUAAAUCAUGCGUUUAUCUAUGGGCCACAUCAAUCGUGGUACAUGCUCUUUUCUUUACGCUUUCAUAUGAGCUUUCAUGUGCCAGCGUUUGACCACAUAAAGAAAGCUGUUUGCAUGUCAAAUGCUGUAAUCAGCCAAAAACAAGAUUGACCAUAUAUUGAAAUAAAUUAAGUGUUCUUUGAAAUUGUCAGUGUGGCUUGGAUCAAAAUAAUCUCUGAUCGCCGGGACUUAGUUUGAUCACCGGAAAACAGCCUAAACUCAAAAAGAUAUUCAUCUAAUCAGGGAUCUGCAGGAAAUUAACCAUCAGAUAUUGUGAUUUAACUUUGUGUUCUGUAUUUUUGUAAUUGUGUUUGGCAAAUUGUCAUGUUUUGUGAUUUUCUUUGUCAUAUCAGUGAUUGGUUGUUGUAUCAUUCAGUUUUAUCCUUGUGUUAGGUGAUUUGUUAUUGAUUUUUGAUGAUCAUUUUUGUGAUUUGUGAUUUGUGCUGUGUGGUUGUGUUUGCUGGUUUAUUGUGUUUUGUGAAAGCUGCCGUUUUUUGUAAAUAGUACUUUUUUGGUGCUUUCGUCCAGAGACUUGUUAUCUUUGUGUUGGUGAUUUGCUGCCAGUUUGCUGUCAGUUUGUUGUGACGUUUAGCAAAUUGUUGCAUGGUUGGCGAUUGAUCUUUGUGUUGCUGUGUUUGGCAAAAGUUGUGUUUGGUAAAUUGUAGAUGUGUUUUGUGAUUUGUUGUCAAGUUUGGUCAUUUAUUAUUUAGUUUGGUUUUGUUGAUGUGUUUUGUGGUAAUUGUGUAUGGGAACACGUCUGUGUUUGGUGGUUUGUGUUUUUUGUGACUUUGCAGUUGUAGUUAUUUCUUGCUUGGUUCGGUAUUUCAUUGUCAUGUUUUUGUUUUUUAUUGUGGUGGGUGUUGUUAAUUGUUGUGAAUUGAAGUGUCGGAGUUGUGUUUAUGGUAAUAGUUGUGUUUGGUUAUUUGUUGUUUGGCCAAGCGACUUGUUGUGAUUUGUUGUUGUGUUUAGUAAUAAAAGUUGUGUUUGGGGAAUAACACUUAUGUUGUGCUUUUCUGCUUGUAUUUGCAGGUUUUGUUUUGUUUUGGUUUUGUUGGUUUGUAUUUGUUGGUGUGAUGUUUUUGUGUCUUUUUUAACAUGAUUGGUGAUUUGUUGUGUUUUUUCUCAGGCGAUUUGUUGUUGUUUUUUUGCUUAGGCGAUUUGUUGUGGGUUUUUUUCGAAGGCAAUUUGUUGUGUUUUUACCUUCGGCGAUUUGUUGUGUUUUUCUCAGGUGAUUUGUUGUGUUUUUUUUCUUAGGCAAUUUGUUGUGUUUUUUUUUUUAAGGCAAUAUGUUUUUGUGUUUUUUUUCUUAGGCGAUUCAUUGUGUUUUUCCCUGAGGCGAUUUGUUGUGUUUUUUUCUCAGGCAAUUUGUUGUUGUGUUUUUUUUCCCUAGGCAAUUUGUUGUGUUUUUCCCAUGGCAAUUUCUUGUGUUUUUACUCAGGCAAUUUUUUGUAGUGAUUUUUUUCCGAGGCAAUUUGUUGUGUUUUCCCCUGAGGUGAUGCCUUGUGUUUUUACUCAGGCAAUUUGUUGUUGUGUUUUUUUUCUUAGGGGGUUUGUUGUGUUUUUUGUAGGCGAUUUGUUGUUUUUUACUCAGGGGAUUUGUUGUUGUGUUUUUUCUUAGGCGAUUUGUUUUUUUUACUCAGGUGAUUUGUUGUGUUUUUUCUCAGGCGAUUUGUUGUGUUUUUUUUCCUCAGGUGGUUUGUUGUGGUUUUUUUUCCUAGGCGAUUUGUUGUGUUUUUAUUCUAGGCAAAUUGUUGUGUUUUUGUUAGGCGAUUUGUUUUGUUUUUUCCUAGGCCAUUUGUUGUCGUGUUUUUCCCUUGGGUGAUUUGUUGUUGAGUUUGUGAUUUGUUGUCUUCUUUGGUGAUUUGUUGUCAUGUAAGCUGCUUUGUCAUUGUGUUUUGUACUAAUAGUUGUGUAUGGAGAUUUGCUCUGUAGCUUGGUUGUGUCUGCUGGUUUGAUGUUGCUUUGUAUUUUCUUUUAUUACGAUGGGUGAUUUGUACUUGUGUUUGAUUUAUUGCUGUAAUUUGUUGGACCUUAAACUAAAGAUAUUUCUAUGCUUACUUGUUCAGCACCGUGGUGCAGACUGGGGGAGGCGCUCCUCCUCACAGAACACAUUUCAUGUGGACAGCAGUUAAAAACCUUGAGUUCAGGCCUGGAUGUUACCUCCAGCUCCCUGCUGUGUUGUUUCCUCCUGCUGUUGUUGUGACUCCCUCUCAUGCCAGGCUGCUCUCACAAAUAUAAGCUAACUGAUGCAAUAGGAAAACCUUUUAAAGGUUUUUUCCCCCUUUCUGCCUCCUGUGCAGUUACACGCUAAUGGAUCUAUUUUCCAGCUAAGAGCAUAUCUUACCUAAUGUCCUAUACUGGAUUAAUAAACAAUUUAUGACUUUCAGUCCUCAGAAUGACUGAUAGGCAGGUUUCCGCAUAGGAUGCGAGAGUUGAAAUCACAUCCCAUUUGAACUGCGAUCAUAAAGUCCCAUCGAGUCAUAUUUGGAGCUCAAUAAUACACUUAAUACAGUACACAAUACAUUUGCAGUUCUCCGUUAUUACAUGAGCAGGGAAUCAUUUGUAUACGUUUAUAUACAGUUGACUCACCAGGGAGUGUCACAUUUAGAAAUAUGCCAGUAAUCAGCUGAGUAAAUACUUUUAUUAGACGAUAAACGCCCUGAAAUUGGCAGCAGAGAUAAAAGAGCUGCAUUUGGACAGAGUUUAUGAAACGCACUGUGGUGUGAAAGCCAGCAGGGCAAACACCUGUACAAUUCAUAGUGUCUGAGGAUUCAUAUCUGAGAAAAUCAUAUUAUAGAUUCUCUUUAAUACCUCUCAGACAUGGAAGAGAACAGAGAUCCUGCAGGAAACUGCGAGAGAGGGAGCAGAGAUUAAAUCUCCUCUGGCAACUUUUACACACAAUCGGCUGACUGGCUCGUUGCCAAGACAUCACAGAGAAUUGGACAGAAUUGGAGAGCGUUGAAAUAUUUGGUGGCAGAGAGAGUUUUGUGUGUGUGUGUGUGUGUGUGUGUGUGUGUGUGUAUGUGUGUGUGUGUGUGUGUGUGUGUGUGUGUGUGUGUGUGUGUGUGUGUGUGUGUGUGUGUGUGCGUGUGUGUGUGUGUGUGUGUCUUUAGGUUUGUGCACAGGCGAUGAGCGUGAGCUUCACACUCCUGGAGGAUGAUUUUGUGUUUGUGACUCCCUAUUUCCCUGGCCAUCUGUUGGACUAUUCCCUCCCUCAUCUAUAUGGAUAACAAGACAUGCAUUAGAAUAACUAAUACAACAGGCCUCAUAUGGUCCCUGUGCACUAACAAGGUGCUACAGAUUGCAGUGAGAUUCUGCAGGGUUGUGCUCUGCUGUGCUUUAAGUUCAUGCUGUGGAGCUGCAGAAGCUUCCAUGAAGUAACAAUUUAUAAUAAGUCCUGUGAGACGUCACACAUGUUUUCAGUCCCAGCUCGCCAUAUAUGCAGAAAAAUACCAUAUAAACACUAACCUGCAUUAGGGAGAUCUGGACUAGCUAAUGUGAGUCAGUGCAACAGCUCAGAGUGUUUCUAUUUUUGCUACCCACAUGUUUGUUCAUAAAGUGGAUAUAGUAAAGGUGCAUCUCAAUAAAUAAGAAUAUAACAAUUAGAUUCAAAAAGAUAAACUCAUAUACUUUUAUUUGUGGUAUGAAAGGGCAGUUUUUCAGGCCUCUGUGGUUCAUUUUGAAAAAAGAAAUCGAAAAUGCAGCAUCUUAAAUUAUCAGUUUAUUUCCUAAGAAAGGAUUUGAGACAGAAAUGUUCAACCUUUUAAUAAAGUGUUCAUUUGUACGUUGCUGAAGCUCUUUUCCAAUGUCAUUGAGGCAAAUGGCCUGAAACUCUUUCGAGGUCUAGUUUGGUUUAAUAGUAAGCUUCCGCUCAUCUGUCUUUUGGGGUUUGAAUGUAUCUUACUCUUGAUAGAUACCCCUCAGAUUCUCUAUGAGGUUCAGGUUCAGGAUUAGUUGGCCGGCCAAUCAUGCACAGCGAUACGAUUAGCAAACCAUUUGGUAGGAGUUCUGGUGCUGUAAGGAGGCAAAAAGGAAAUGAGCACUCCCAUAAAUCCUGUCCUAAUGGCUGCAAUGCAGAUGCCAUCGCACCCCAAACCACAGCUCCUUGAAACUCUUCACAGGACUUCACGCACCUUGGAUUCUGUGUGUCUACUAUUUUCCUCCAGACUCUAGGAACUUGUUUUCCAAGUUAGAUGCAAAUUUGGAUCUUCAUCGACCAAAAGGACUUUGGACCACUGAGCAACAGUUCAGGUAAGACUGUGUCUCUGGUUCAGAAGUAUCUUGAUAUCAGAAAUACAACAGUUGUAGCCCCUUUCAUAAAGACACCAGAGUGUAGUAGCUGUAGAUGCUCUGACUCCAGUCUUGUGAGGCUCCUCAAAGUUCUCGAACUUGACUUGAGGUCAUCCCCUGUGGUUUGGUUACCAUGUCCUCCAACUGUUUUCCCUUCCAGUCAACUUGCCAUAUGCUUCACGACAGACCUCUAUGAAGAGCCAGCCUUUUCAAUAAUGCCUCUUGUCCUUUAUUGUCUUUAGGUUGAGAAGUUCUGGCUGCUGCCGUGGGACUGUCAUCAUCACUUGAAGCAGCUUUGGCAACCACAUCCGGACUUUCUAACAUGUCAUGUCCCGUAAGUUGAAAAAAGUAACCCACCGAAUAAAUCUGUGCAAUGUGAUUACAAACUCUAGUGAGCUAACUCAACAAGGCAACAGAGAUUACUCUAUGAUGUGUUCAAGGUUAGGUCAGUGCAAUGGCUGUUGGGCGAAGUAUCAUUGUGAUAUGUUUAAAUGUGACAUAAAUAUAGAGGAAAUUUCAGUUCUGGUAAAAACUCAGUGAAUCCUGCUAUUGUGAUACAAUUAAAGACAUCAAAAACGUACUCAGCUCAGCUCAACUGAAUCUAUGAAACAAACAUUCAGCCCAAAGUGUUUCACAAAAAUAAAUCACUAAAAAAUAAUUAGUAGUGUUAAAACCAGGCUGAAAAAUUUGACAUUUCCAAAUGAAAAGACAGCUUAAAAAAAAGGUAGAUGUUUUAAAAAAACACAAACAGCUUGCUGUUUUAAUAUCAAGAGAGUUUUUCCAGUUCUGGUGCAUAAAAACAGAGAGCUUUCUGGCAGGUAUUUGUGUGGGACAUAUGAGGAACACUAAAAAAAGGAAGCAUUUGCACAAGUUUCUCUCAUCUUCCCACCAAAAAAAGAGAAACAUAUCUAUCAGGUAAGAAUUCAAAUUUAUGAUUAUUUGGAUUGAUACUGUGAUCCCAGAUUAUUAAAAAUGAUUACUUGUAAUCAACAUCUGAAUCACACACAUUAACAUAACUUUAAACAUCUGUUUUUUUGGGGGGGAAAAAUUCUAAAUAGAUUACAUGCCAAAUUUAACUUUUUUUUUACACAGUGUAAUCAAAAGGGAUCAAGUUCAGCUCCUUUUUUUAACAAGCUGCAAUUUUAACUAAUUAUCCAGCCUUCCUAUAACCUCCUUUAAAAUUAAAGACUUGUGUUUGUGUUUUAUCAUCAUUCUGGCAGGUUUUAGCAAUUGUUGUCUCUCUCUUUUCAAACUUAUUCCAUCCUUUGGCUUUUCAGGCACACACAAAUCCUCACACCUGCAUUCUUCUGCUCCUCUCCCUGCUUCCCUCUCUCCCCUGGUGGCUACCUGAUGGUACUGCAGCACAACAGACUGAAGAUACAGCAGUCUAUGAUUGAAUUAACCCAGAUCCACAACUUUUAUGUGUGAUUUUAUAUUUUUAUGAUUGUGAAAGGCCAUGAUGGAAACUGAAAUAGCCAGGCCUACUAAGAUGGUAUCAAAAAAUGAGUUUAAUCAUCAGGAAGUCCUGAUAAUGGUUUCAAUAUGGAUGUAAAUACAGAUCCCUAUCCUAAGGUGACCAGAUUUCUGUAAUGUAAUCCAAGGCCAUCCCUAACCCCCGUAAUAACCCCCCAUAAAAACUGUUGUUCAGGACUGCACGCAACAUGCUUACUCCCGCUUCCUACCUACUUGGCUACCGUCAUAACCAUUGUUCUAGUCUACACGCAACAUUUUUUUCUCAUUCAUGAAAUUCUUAAAUUGAGGGCAUUUCUGGGGAUAGCUUGAGCCAGGGACAGGUCAUCCAAAACGGGGACUGUCCCCCGAAAUCAGCGACACCUUACCCUAUCCCUAAUUUGGGUUUAGUGAUGUUGUGGACUGCUACUCAAGCUGUGCAACAAAGAAAAUACAGCAAGCUUGCAGAUGUAACUAAUGAUGUUUCCCAGUAAAUUCCAACAGUUUAACUUUCAUAUGGUGUCCCACGUUUGUUGACCUAUUUAUCACCCUUGACAACCACACAAAGUGGACUUGAGAGCUAUACAUAUCAUGAAAAUAAAAAGAAAAGACUAGGACAGUUUGCAUAAGGGACCCUAAAAAGAAUCCAAAUGCCUCGUAUCCUGAUGCUUUUGGCGACUUUCCAAUCUGCUGAGUAAGCAGAGUUGGGAAUACAAACAAGCUGCCACGACACGGGCUAGACUCAAAGACGCGUCCCCUUGGCCUGUGAAUAUAUAUCAUGUUUGACAUGUUUCUUCAAGCAGUAAAUUUAUCAACCGUUUAAACAGGUACACGAUAAGGUUGCUGACUCUCCUCUGCUCAAUGUCUGCAGGUGAAAGUACAGAUAAGAACAAAGUAUUUGAAAGGCAGACAAAGUCCAACCCACGGGAGGAGGUUAUGGUACCACUGGUCCUACAAAGGGAGAGAUAGAUGGAGACAUAAAGAGAUGGAGCGUGGUAGUUGCUGAAGGAGAUUCCUCAGAGGAGCCUCCAGUGGUAAAAUGAAGUGCAGGGCCGGGGCCGGGGCUGGGGGAGGCAAUCCCUCAGGAUGAGCUAUAUGCUAAAAUUGAGAGAUCUGAAGUGUUUUCGUCCUGAGGGAAGGACUGUCCACAUCCAGAUGUUGAGAGCAAAGCUGAUGAUUGAUGCCUGGAGGGAGCGCAGUGAUCGUAAAUCUGCACACACACACUCAUGGACUUACCAAAUGUGUGUGUGUACGGGUAAGUCAGGGAUUCACGCUAAAUAUUUCAAAGGCCAGGAGACAAAAACAAAGAGAAAAUGGAUAUCAGAAUCUGGAGCAGCAGUCCCAGAAGAGACACCCAAGAAGCCCCCUUCCCUCGGUUACAACAGAAAUAAAAUCGUUUGAUCUCCGCCGCUCCUGAUUCUAUUGUUAUCUGCUGUAAACCUCCACCCUCCCUACACCCACACCGUACUGCUGUGAAACUGCAAAGGCCAACAAAUACGCGCAGAUAAAUAUGUUUACUCAUGCAACCUGCAAAAUACUUGAUACCACCGGGGACGCACAGCUAAUUUGUAGCAUUUUUAUUCACCUUCCCACUUUAAUGAGCACGGUUAGAGAACAGCCUCCCCCUCCCUCCAACACUUAGUCACACACCUGACUUCAUCUAACUUCAGAAACAGUAGACACUUUGUUCUGCCAAACUAGAGCCCUGCUUAGCCAAGCAAGAUCUUCAAUUAGUUAAAUCAGUGAUCUGUGAUUUGAUUGCCGUCCAGUUACAGAACCUCUGAAGUCCCCAAAGAGGAAUAUUCUUCAUUUGUGCUGACAAGAUAUUAACUUGAUCUGAAAGAAAUAAACAAAAAUUAUCUUGAUAAAUGAGAUUUUUAAUAUUAGGGUACGCUGAAAAAAACGCCUCAGUUAUCUUCUUACAUCAGAUAAUUAUGGUGACUAAUUAAAUUAAUUAACUUUUACAGGGAUAAUACAACAACUGUUUAAAUGUUUGUAUGUGUAAGACUUAUUCUUCUGCUCGCAAGAUAACAAAAUAAACUAGAAGGACAAGUAAAGGACCGAGAAAUUAUCAUAUUUGUACAAAAAUAUAAAAGUAUCUGUAAACAAGAUUGCUCCCUCAAGACAUUAUACUGUGUACAUGACUUCAUAUCUUGCUGAAACUAGAUUAUACACUCGUGCUCACAAGAUAGUAACAAAAUGAUCUUGCAGGAACAAGUUAUUAUCAUGUUUGCACAAGAUUUCAACAUCUGUGCACAAGAUAAAAAACUUGUUCCCAAUCUUUUUUUUUUUUUCAUGUAGUGUGCACAGUUACUAUUAUUUUGUUGUAGGGCUGCACGAUUUGGGCCAAAAUGAAAUCCCAAUUUUUUUUCCUCUGAAUGCUCAAUUUUGAUUUUUUAUUCAGUGACAACUGAACCAAACUUCACUUGAAUAAUAUAUAUAUAUUUUUUAAUCAUUUUUUUAUCAUCUCUCAAAACAAACCACUGUAAAUGAUGUAGUGGAUAUGCCAAGCCAGUAAGUGGCACUGUAAUGCUGCCGAGGAAAUGCACAAAAGACAGAAGAAGUGUACAGAGCAUGUGUAAAAAGGUUGUUUUGGCCGGACACGCACAGGCGCCAUAAAGGUUACGCUGUGUGUCACAUAAUAAUUUGGAGUGAUGCAGAUAGGCAUCCACAUGGAGAUGAAAUGGUAGUCGUUUAAGGAUUUAUGCACUCUCUAACAUGUUUUCAAAAAGUACUGUUUACAGUCACCCGAAACACCAUUUCUGUGUGGAUGAAACACCAAUAUGUCUAAAACGUUUGUGUUUACUUCUGAAUUCGUUUUCAUGUAGAUGGGUUGAUACAGCCUUCGGACCGACCAUGCAGCUGAGAGUGGUUUGCUCUUCAUCCGAAACUGUGAAGCUGUACCGAUUCCACACAACUGACUUACUCUUGCCCUAUUUAGCCACGAAAUGAUCGCCCUCUUUUACAAACGCGAUGUUUGUUUACACUGGUGUGUGUGGGAACUGGGGAGUCUACGGUGGCCUGGAGGCACAAACAUGAUAGAGAGGAAAAUCAAUUUGACAAUAAAUUUUUUUUUUUAGCAUUGUCAUAAUCAGAUAACCUGAUUACGAUUUAAAAUUGAUAAAUCAUGCAGCCCUAUCUCGUUGAAACAAUAUAUUGCUCCCGCAAGAUAAUCACAUUGUGAGCAGAACUUUGUACUAUCUUGUUGGAACUAAUGUAUUAUCCAUUGUGCGUGAGUUAAGAACUUUUUCUCACAAGAUAAUUUGAUGAAAACUUGUUCAAAAUGAAAGAAAACAAACUUAGUCGUUGGAGAUCUUAACCUUUCUGUGAAAGAAAGUAAAUUAUUGGCACAAACUCUUAUACUUUGCCGAGUUUGAGAGAGAAACUUCCUGUCAUGCCUCUUUUUUUUAGAGUGUCCAAUGACAGCAAGAAAGUUGUGUUUUGUUUAGGUGCUCCAUCUGGAGGGAUAUUCACAUUUUGGGUUGACAUGAGAAGAAAUGAUCAAGAGCUCUUUCGGGAAUAGAAAUGUCCUUUUCACUUUUUUUUCCUAACCAGAAAAUCAAUCCAUGGUGGCUGUGCUUUGCUCACACUCGCUCAGAUGUGAGAAUCAUGUUGUGAAACAAAAAAACACUUCCAACUUGCUCCAAUUUUGGCUGCUACAGCUGCUUAUUUUUGCACCAUCAGUUGCGCCACACUUUCUCUCCUCGAGGCGUUUUAUCACCAAAAGGAGACGUUUUCACAAUGCCAGUUUUGAUUAGGGGCUGUCCGGGUAUUCAUCUCUAUCGGCUGGUUUUUCUGAACCACUGCAAACCAGAAGUGAAAUCAAUACGACACCCCAAGAUAUUGACCUGAUCUUUAGUUCAGACCACUUCCUAAUGGCUCGGGACACCUGUGCCUGCUGUACCUUGCAGAUUGGGUUGUUCCUUCUCGGUAGCAAACAUCCUUAUCAGUUUCUGCUAAGACACACACACACAUACAGCCUUGCAGCAUCCUUUUAAGCUGGUCAUUUCCUUAUCGCUGCCUUGCAUGGACCAACCCAUUCAUUAGCAUUGAUUUCCCUUUGAAUGACCAUAAAAAAGGUCCUCUCUCUCUCAAUCUAUCUCCCAUACUCUUUGUCGUCUUUUCCGUCCUGACCUUCCCCACUUUCUCUCACCCUCUCUCUCUACAGUAGCUGAACUCUUGUUAAUUGCUCACAGCAGUUGGAGGUUAUCAGCUGGCCGGCAAGUGAAGGUCUGAAUAAUAAGACGAGCUGAGAGGGGGCUCAGGUGGAAAACAAUUAACACGGGGAAGAAGCUGCUGUUCUUGUACACCAGAGGGGGUGAGGUGCAAAAGGCUCAGUGUGAACAGUAUGGCACACAAGGGCACAACAACCAGGCCAAUAAGAUAAAAAAGUUUACCUGAGGUGGGAAACGGACAAAAAGUUGAAAUAAGAAGAGCAGAGGAGAAGAGAAAAAGUUAUCUGAAGGGGAUCAGGAAGGAGAGCCGGAGCACAAAAGGCAGGCAGGAGGUCAUCGCAGGCAAAACUCGGGCAGGCAGAGAAAAUGGCUGCACCGCCGAGGCUGCAGCACAAUAGACAAUCUAGCUAGGAAUGAAUGGAAAGAGCCAAGUGUAUGCUACAUUCAGGCGUCCAGAUGGAGGAAGAAAGAUUGUGGGGAAUCCAGGGAGCUGGGCCGUGAACACGGAGCAGGUGAGAAGGAAUUUGAACAGCAGGAGAGCUCAUACACAACAAAGAGGGUGGAAAUAGGCAGAAAAACCAAGAUAGGGAACUGGAUGGAUUCGUUUUUAUUUUUUGUACCUAAAGGCUCUAGGAACUUCCUGAAAGAAACCGACAACCAGGAGGAAUGAUAUUCCUUCAAGCACUUUUCUUUUUCAAGGGUUGCAUUUGAACCAACUAUAGACACACCAAUGUACUCAAAACAAAACAGAAGCAGUCGCAAAAAAUUUAAUAAUUCACGGUUCCUCUCCUCUCUGAUUCGGCUCGGUAAAAAGGAGCACCAACUUCUCAUGAUGUUUUCAAAGCCUCUUCAUCCUGAGUAUUGACUUUAGGUCCCAUGUGAUUAAAAAACACAGUUUUUCCCUGCCUAUCUAAACUUCAGAAGCAGAGGUAAGCCGUGGCUCCUUUUAAGAUUAAUGGUGGAUGCUUGCAACAGUGGUAGAAACUAUCAGGCAGCCACAGGUGGAGAGAGGAGAGCAGGGAGGGGAGCAGAAGUCUGAAACGCCAAAGGACAGAAUGAGCACAAUCAACAAGCUAACAACUGGCAAGCUAAAAAACGAAAGACAUCGUUCCAAACUAUAAUAAAAUACAAGCACAAGCCCUGGUGUUAUGAGUUUCUACAAAAUAAAUGAAAAGACUGAAUGAAAGAGCUCAACAGUAACGUGGCAGCUCAGCUCGCAGCCUCUCAGGUACUGAUUUCAAACUAAGUAGGGAUGUACCUCACAAUAUCACACUCUUGAUGAAGAAAGGUCAAACCCAAUCAGUGUUGAACCCUAAAAUAAAAGACUGUCAUCUAACACGUUAUUUUUUCUUUUUACAGCCUUAUGCCUGUUACUUAGUUAACUGUUCUGAAAGAGAAACUGUUUCAUUUUGAAAGGACACAAAAUAAACUAUAAAUAUAUGAUGAAGGAAAAGUAGUUGGCCAAUUUACCUUAGUGGGCUGCACACCUAUCAUGAACUGGCACCAUUUAUCUCACUAAAGAUGUCCAAAAAAUUACUGUGCUUUAAUGAUUAUGAUUAUAAACGGCUAUCCUAUUCUGACAAAAUAGAUCGAUGAAAAAUUGUCCCUCUCCGGUCGAUUUGUUUACUACUACAAGAGUUCUCAGUGGUCUUUAAGUCUUGAUUAAGAAGGGUUUUUUUAGCCGUAAUCACUUUACCUGUGUCAUUUUUAAGAGCUUUUCUCCUGCAGAGCUCCAGUAGCUCAUUAGCAAUUCGCCUCUGAGUCGUUUGCAGAGACAGCACUGCUCUGCACACUCCUCUUCAUGCUAGCUUGCAGCCUAACAUUGUCGGUGUAGUAGAAGUGGCAGGUACAUGGAAACUAUGGAGCUCUCAGACACUAAUGUCUUUUGGGGUCACGAUGAAAGUUAAUAUCAUAAUUAGCUUUUUUUAUGAGCAUUGCAAUCCGCUAACGCAUACGCUUGUACCACGACCAUGUUUUCUACUUUUCAGAUUUAGUCCUGCAUAGCGGGGCUCGGGGGGUGGGGCUUGGAUUUGUGACAAAGGAAAUCUCACUGUAUCUGAACCUGCCAUUUGGCUCUGCCAGAGAUUCACAGCAAUUUGAACGCAGAAAUACUCAGAAAUGCAAAGUUGCACUUGUUUUUUUUCUUCACGUUAUAUCCUGAAGCAUCAGAAAAAUGCCAUAUGAACAUGUAGACAACAAGAAAAAAAUGAUUUUUAUCUGAGUGGGUCUUUAAUAAAUUUAUUUUGGCAGGCCACCAUCAACUCCAAAUCAUAACCACCAUGGGAGUCAGAGCUUUCAGUCGCUCUGCCCCCCGACUCUGGAACUCUUUACCAUCACACAUCCACAACAUAGACUCACCCUCUUCAAGUCCAAACUCAAGACACACCUGUUUAAACUGGCCUAUCCAUCCCACCACCCCUGACUCACUUUUUUAAUUUAAUUUUAAUCGGUAUUAUUUAUUUCUUUAUUUAUUCCUUUGCUGUUGAAUGUUUUAAUGUUGCUUUGUUGAUUUUAACUGUUUUGAUGAUUGAUGACUUUAAUUGUUAAUAGUGUUUUAUUAUUGUUUUUUAUGUUCUGUAAAGUGUCCUUGAGUGACAUGAAAGGCACUUCAAAUAAAAUGUAUUAUUAUUAUUAUUUAUUAUUAAAACCCACUUCCAUCAUGUAUCCAGCUGAAGAUGAACAAAAAAUGUCCAUUCUUUGUUUUUUCUGGUUAUCUAUUGACAAAAAUGUUUAUACAUGGAGAAGUAGUUGACCUAUAAACAUGCCAUACAUAAGGGAAAUUUUACAUUCAAGACUGAGUUUGUAAUGCUGGUGAAUACUCGAAGGACAAAGCUAAGUAUGUCAGUGUGUUGUCCUAUGAUCAUUUCCUGGUGUUUGGCUCCUCCAUCUGUCCUUGAACUAUUGAAAAGUUCCCCUUUGUGACUUUUAGAGGGAGGAGAGGUGAUUAAAUGAAGAGGUUGCAGGUUUUAGGGGUGACUCAGGGAAGGUAAACAGCAGCGAGCUGGCUGGCUGGUUUGCCGAUUAGGUGCUGUACAUACUAUUUUGCCCUGAGCAUGCCUCUGGCUGGCCUUUUCAUGGUGAUUCUGCAUUUCCAUAAUGCCACUGUCUGAUGGUUGAGUGUCUGAGGGUGACACACACACACACAUAGUGAGGAACACACCCUAACUUAACGCACAGCCCGAAGUUUGAUCCGCAUGGACAGCAUGUUAAUGAAAAUAUUUAUAUUUUCCACCGCCAUCUUUUACGAAAUGACCUUGCCUCUGCAGACAGACCCUUUAGAGGUUUGUUUUUCUCCCAUCUAUUUAUAUGCAUUAUUUGAAUCCUCUUUGUAAAUGCAUUUUUAUGCAUUAGGCGUGAGCCGCAUCCUUGCAUGCAUACUGUAUGAGUGUAAUAUCAACCCAACCAUGAACCCAGAUGUAUGGAUCGGCUUUCAUCCUUUUAAGACUUGCAGGCAGGUACACUCUGAAUGAUUAUCUGAAAUGUAAAACUUUCAAUCAUGACAUACCUGUGGAGAAUAAAUACAUUUGAGAGGAUUUGUUGAGUCUAAGUGAAGAAAUCGUGCAGGUAAAAGCUGUGUUUCUGUCAUUUUAAAAAAAAAUCUAAGCCUCUUUCAAAAACAUGCACGCACUCUUCUUCCGUCAAGUCUUCACUGUUCAUCCACCUCUUUAUUGCCUGCAGGCACUCUAACUCAGAGUCUGAACUUAUUAUGCGUCUCCCCUCUCUGAAUUUUGGAGCACUCAUCUCGUGAAUGGGAGGGGAGAAUGAGCUCAUUCUACCUGCGUCAGCACCAGGAAUGGUUCAGCUGCCGACGGUUUUUCGGUGGGGAAGGUGUAAUGAGGACACACAAGGGUUUUUCUCUGAGUCGGAGGUGGUAGCAGCCCCCCCACCGCCACUUUCGUUUUCAGGGAUCGGCUUCCUCCCUCUCAGCCACUCAAGCUUGACGUGAUUUAAGCCUCCUGCCGCUGCAGGUGAACUCCAUGAGAACAGAUUUAUGAAAAUGUUUAACUUUUUUUCCCUGUAAGACCGCUCCAGGCUCUCUGUCGUCUCUCAAACCCAAUCAGCCAAAGCGCUCCAUUUUCCCUCUUUGUCUUUCCUCUUCUCUGUCCUAGCUGUGUCUCUCCGCUUCGCACGCUAUCACACCUUUGUCCUCGUCUCCUAGAACUGCAGAAAUAGGGAUGACAAAUCUUUCCUCUCAGCGGGGAUAGCUGGGGGGAUUUUUUCAUUGAUGAUGGCUGAUUCUUUCAUGCUGUGUUCCAGAAAGGUAAUGCCCCCAUACUCUGCUUUUUCCUCGCGGCGAGCAUUGAGCUUAAAUGCUUCCCCGUGGUUCUGGAUAUGAAAUGUGAGCUUAUGUGGCUAAACAAACAUAAAUACUCUGGUUUUUUUUCUCAAUCUUUCUUUCCCUGAGAGAAGAGGGGAAGUAAACAACAAGACAGACAGCUCGGUAUUCUGAUAAAUGGCCUUGUGAGCUCCGGCGGUUGUGACAUAGAGGGCAUAAAAAGAGGAAGAUCGAGGAAGAGAAUGGAGGGAAGAUGACAAGAUAUGGUGUUUGUCUGAUCCUAGAGAACGGGGAGGUUUCAUUACCUGAGGGACGUCUCGGUGGUGGUGUAUUUUUUUUUCUCCCUGCUUGUCAGAGUUGGGGCUCUGCAACAUACACUUCGGUGUUUUCAGUCACUCAGGGAUUUCAGCGGCUCCUGCAAAAAGCCAGAAAGCCCAGGAAUCAUCCAUGAUGGAUGGCGAUGUCCAUCCUAGAGGAUGAAGGGGUCACCGAGGUUCACAGCUGUGAUGGAGAUACUUCCCUGCUCGGCCCCUGUGACUUUUUUAAUUAACCUCUUUGGGAGGGCCCGGCUCUUCCUUCAGAGGUAAUCACAGGCUGUAGAGUUCCUUCAUUAGGACUUAUCUGACCUCUGCGGAUCUAGUGGUGUGCACGGCGUCUGUCCUUACACCCUCUACCUCAUAUUCAGAGCAGUGACGCCACACAGGGAGCAACAUGUUCUCUCACUCCUACUUCUUUAAAUACGCUUGCUCAGUCCGUGACCCCAUGCUUUAAAAUAGGACCACCUAAGUACUUGUGUAGGCUCAGGACUCACUCGGGACAAAUUUGAAGUACCAUUUGAAAUUUGCAGUCUAGUUAGCUAUUUUAAAUCAAGGAGAUGAAGCUUUACUUUGUGAGGGGGUCCUUUUACACACUUAUUGAAAUGGUGGGGGACUGUCAAGAGUAGGAAACUUAAGGUAGGGGACCAUAGUUUAGAUUUGAACCUCCAUGGGAGACACAAUGAUUUAACAUGUGCUUGAUAUUUCUGCGAAUUUUUGGUUUGUAUCACCUUUGGCGCCCCCUGUAGACAAAGCAAUCUUUGCUCUUUUAUCCUCUUAAUGCUUCAGUGAUGUCUUUUUACUUGAAAUAGUGAAAAGGGGCUGUUUCUUCAGAUGUUCACCUUACACCUAACCUCUUGCACCAGUUUCAGGCAUUAAAAAGACAAUGAACAAACAGUCAGUCUAGUCGCUGAUGGUCUUCUUUGCCUUUAAAUACAAUAUGAAUUUCGGUGUAUUUUAUAAUGUCAAAAAAUGAGUUUUAAAAAAGUUUACAUUAAUGUGUGUUCAACAUCUGUUAGCAUUAGAAAUUAGUUCCAGUUGGUUUGAUUUUUGGUCAUAUAAAUAUACAUGUAUAUAUCACAUUACUGAUGUAGGUUGCCUUCCUUUAAAAGAUAACUUAUAUAUUGAAACUCCAAGCCCAGUGUUCAAAAGUAAUGAUCAGAUUAAAGCUAUCAGUUGGAUCAGUUCUUGAAAACAUUAAGAUUUGAUAAGAUCGAGAAAUCAAAUAUUUGUUUUCAUCAGGAUCAAACCUCUGGUCUGUGUCGCUUAAAUCAUUUCAGUAUUAUUGGGAUAAGACCAGUCAGGACCAUUCUGCUGGAGCUUAAUAUAAAAUAAACAAAGCAAAACCUUCACAUUGAAGUAUCUGCUAUAAAGGUUAAUAUUUUGCUCUUGAAAUUCUGGAAAGCUACAGUGCAUUGGUAACUUUUUUUCUCAGAAGUUUUAAAAGGUGACCUUGGAUAUACAUCUCCUUUCUGAGUUCUCAAUGGAUAAUUUAAUUAGAUUUAACUUUUGCUUCUCCAUUGAGUCCCCUUUUAAAAUCCAAAAUUAAAUUGAAUAUCAAAUUAUUUUGGAUUCUGUUGUAUCAAAAAGGCGGGACUGGUGGGGUUAGCCCUUCCAGGUUUGGGGAAAGCUCCUAAUAUUUACCAUGCCUGGCCACCUCUACAAAAGACUGUGGGGUUUGGCCACCCCAGUCAAAAAAGCCUGGCUCUGUCACUGGCUGAAGAUGCAGGUUUACCACAUUUACCCACAUGAGAGACAGGGUUUGUUUUGUCCAUGUGCAACUUGGGAAAAGGUGGGAUUGUCUCGCUGUGUAUUAUUAUUAGUAUGCACUCUGAGAUUAUUAAAGUUUGGACCAGUUUUCAAACAGAUUACACAGUUAAAUCUUAUAGUUGAAGUCCAGAGACAGUUAUAAAGUUUGAUGGCCACUGGCAAGAAUAACUUCCUGUGGUGCUCUGUGGCACAUUUAGGGGAAUGAGUCUAGUACUGAAUGUGGUCCUCUGUCUAACCAGCACAUUGUGCAGUAGGUGGUGGAUGCUGUCCAAGAUUACUUUGUAGCUUUGACAGCAUCCUCCUCUCUGUCACCACUGUCAGAGAGUCCGGCUCUACCCCCACAGUGUCACCACUCUGGAGGAUAAGUUUGUUGAGUCUGUUGGCAUCUGCCACCCUCAGUCUGCUGCCACAGUACACCUCAACUUUUUGUGGAGGUAGAGAUGGCGAAAGUCCUUCUUGAAAACAUCUUCAGUGUUCUUGGGUGGGUCCAGUUUGUUAUCCAGGUGUUUUGGUGUACUUUGGUCUUCAACACGUUGAGCUGGAGAUGGUUCUGCUCACACCAUUUGACUUUAACCACCAUAGUCCUGUAUUCAGCCCCAUCACCCUUCCUGAUGCAUCCAACUACUGCAGAGUCAUCAGAGAACCUCUGAAGGUGGCAGAACUCUGCUCUACUCCCUCAGUAGAGCCACAAUCACUGGAGAAGUCAAAAAGUGUGACCCUCAUAGUUCUCCCUGGCUUCUCCAGGUGAGUGUAGACACUCGGAAGGUGAUGGCAUCAUGGCUGAGGCCUGCUGUCACUCACUACUACAGUGCUCAUAAAAUAUCACUCCCCUCUACACUCUCUGGGAAGCCAACUAGUCGCAGAUUCUGCCUUCUGGCUCUGUUUUACAGGUCAUCAAGUUUAUCUUUGAGGUCACUAAUUUCUCCUUUUUAUAAUCUCUGAGGGCAUUGUGCAGGAAGUCGAGACUUUUAGUGUGGUUGGCCUGCUUGCCUUCAAUCUCUUUAACACGUUGUCCUAGUGCACGGUUGUCACUCACGAGUGUUCCCACUGAGACGGCCAAAGAGUUCAGCUUUUGGUCCAGCAGGGCCUAAAUUUUGUCAAACCCUUUUUCUAAUUCUUCAUGAGUCGGCAGCUUGUCGGCGUUGACUUUGGCCAAGCUAACGCUAGCAAGCUAACGCUAGCAAGCCCAGCUACGCUAGCAAGCCCAGCUACGCUAGCUGCAGGUGUUGUUGAUGAAAGGGGUUUUCCACCUUUUUCUUCCCUCGCCCCUACAUCAGCUUUUGUCUGUGGCAUUUCCAGUUGUUAGUUUAGUUGUAGGAGGUAAAUGUAGUUGUUUCUGUGGUGAAUUAGUGCAGGUCUGGUGCAAAAAGAAGGAUUAUGAACAGGAGCUGGUUUCACUGCGUCCGCCCUUCUUGGAUCCCCCUUACUUAUGAAAUAUUAACAGACAGGGUAACUGAAGCCAAGUGGCAAAGCAGGACGAGGUACCCAUCAACCAAGGCAGAUAUAUGAGUUUUUUUUAGGCAAAUGACGAUACAAAUAUUAGCCCAUCUGAUCUACUAACCAGUACACUACAGAUUAUUUAUGUUGCUUAAAUACCAAACUAUCAGCUGCUUUUGAACGUGACUUUGAUUUUUUAAACUACUUUUUGCCAGACUUUCUAAAAAGAAGUCCUUAAUUGAAGUGUAAUGAAUAAUUAUACACACACUAAAAAACAACAUUGUCAUUCUGAAACCUUCAAAUCAGUCGGUUAUUUACUCGGUCAUCCCUGAAACUAUUUAAGCUGUUGGUAAAUCUGAAAAAUGUGUGUUCAAUUCUCAGGUGGGCCAACGCCAAACCUCUCAGACAGUGUACUGGAUCAGACCAGCCUUCUCCAGCCAGCUUGUUCUUUUUGUUUGGCUUUUCCAAACUGCCAGCUUGGCACUUCAAAGAGUGAAAUGAAUUAAAAACCAUUCCAUUUGAAUGUGACCAUUUGAUUUUAAGGGCCACUGAAAACACGAUUUCUUUCAUGGGCAUUAAAAACAACAACCCACCUCAUUUUAAGUAAUGAGCUGUUUUUUAUCAUCACUUACAUAUCUCUUUCCCUCCUUUUCACUCAUACAGGUUCAUUUUUGAGCGAGUUUUUGCAUAUAUCUUUUCUUUACCAGAGUGAAAAUACUGAUUUACUCCUUGGAAAUUAAUGUCUUUCUUCUUUUUCUUCUUCCUCUGUAGGAUUUUCAUCAAACGAUUCUUAUCCAGUUGAAAUCCUUUGAACAGCCCGGCUAAGGCUCUGCUGCCAUCUGCUACACAGUGAACAAAACAUAGAGCAAGCCAUUUUGUAGUAGGAAACAUAGUUUGUAAAGUUUACAGAAAGUAGGCCGCAGUGUAUUAUAAAAAGUAGUCUAUAACAAACACUGACUUACUCAGCACUUAAUACUAUUUUGCACUGUGGUGGGAGAAAAUAAGAAAUCAGCCAGUCAAUGCAGCAGAGAGAAAAACUCAGAAAAAUGCUUGAAGGUUUUUCUUUUCAUUUACCAAUGAGCUCCAAAUGUAGUCCUCUACUCUGAUAUCUUUAUUCAGGUUAGGUUUUUGACGCAAAUAAAGUCCUAAAAUACAGACUCUUGUUUUAUUUCUAACCAAUCACCACCAACUGUUGCUCUAAGGGGCAUGUUUGACCCCUAAUAACCUCUUUAGACCAGUUAGUUUGACCAGUGGGAGUGUUUCAAACCAUUUUCCAAAUACCAAAUGUCACAUCCACAUCAAACAGUAGGAACUUAAUGAUUUAAGGUGCUGCUCAUGUUGCUGAGCAAAAGCGGGAAAUAAAAAGGCCUCACUUACUUUAAAAUAAGAAAAAAAAAGAGGAAAGACAGUAAAAAGAUGACUCCCAUACUGGCAGAAUAGAGAAAAGUAUCAACAAAACAAAGUAGGAUUGUUGCUGCAUGUCAUAAAACAGAGGUCAGACGAAGAAGAGGUAGUGAACUGCUAACAAGCUAGCUGCAGCAGUCUUCUUAAGGACGAUUCGGCACUUUUGGAAACUAAAGUUAAAGAUUUUUUUUUCCAUAGCUUAUGCCUCUUCAGGUUACUGAUCAAGUAGGCAUUACAACUUUCUAACCUUUGUUUUAAUUGUUUUUUCAUUCAGUUCUGUAACUUACGAUCUACCCGAAGUUGUGUCCUUCAAAAUAAAAUAAUAUAAUAUUAUUAAUAUAUUAAAAUAUAUACGUGUAUAUACACUUAUUAUCAUUACCAUUAUCAUUAUUGUUGUUGUUGUUGUUGUUGUUAAAAUAAAAGCAUAGUUUGAGAUAGAAAGACUACCAAAAUAAAAGCAGGAAAAAAAAAAAAGUAGUUUUCUCCAAAUUAGUUUCAGUCACGGGGCUGAUGAUAAAUUAUAAAUUUUAUUACUGUUAGAAAAUUAAGUAAAGGCAUGCCCAUGUCUUAUUUGGAGAGUAGAGACAGUCGUACUUUGGCAACUAGACCUAGAGUCAGUGAACCCCUAUACACGCUACAUAACUGUAACUAACUCUAAUGCUAUGUUAAAGCAAUAAUCUGCUGGACAGUAUCCAGACACGAUGCUGCAGGGCUAGCUAAACCUUCUUAAUCUGAGGUGCUGACUAGGUUAGCAUAUUUCAUGACUCUGGAUUAGAGAAAACUGCUGAGAGGCGGUACCAAACUUCGAAAUCAAACUUCUCCUGAGGAGCUUUGAUUUUCUGUAACCUCUCCAUCCCUCACUCCUCGUUUUCUGCCUUUAUUCAUUCAUCUUUCUUAUCCCCCUUGUUAGAACUUGUUUUAUUCCACAGCGAGGCAACUUCAUCGAUCCCACCGAGAGACAAUUGCAGUUUAAUGCCGAAUUAGGCCAGGCACUUCUUGCCAAGACAUCUUUAAAACCUUCCCUGCCUUCAUCUCUCAUUUUCUCCCCCCCUGCUCUCACUUGCAGACCUUCUGGCCUCAUUAUACACAAACAGUCGAGAAGUACAGACAGAAAUAAAUAUUAUCCUAUUUUGCACAUUAGACUUCUAAGGGACAAACAGGCCUCAGUAGUCCUUAGGGGAAGCAAACUCCUCUGAGUGAUGCCCCAGAACAAGCAGAUCAAACGCCUCUCCUCCGGCUCCUCGCCUUGCUUCCUAUCUCUAUUUUGGUUUCCUUCUUUCAUGUUGGGGAAUAGUGGCUUAAGUGGCUCUAUUGGAGCUCUCUGAUGGGCUCUCAAAUGAAGCCUGGGUGAGCUUGGGAGAUAAAUUGGUUUGUUCUGAGGCUGUGACGACUGUGGCGCCCCCUGCUGAUCACCCUCUGAUCUGUGAUGCGUCUGAUGGAGGAGGGGGAGAGGGAGGAGGUGGAGUAGGAGGAGGAGGAGGGGGAAAAAGGGAGGAGGAGGAGGAAAAUAAAGUACACAAGGCUGGCAGGGAAGAGGUCAAGAAAAAAGGGGGAAUGGGAUGAGUCAUGCAACUUGCUUUGUUGGAGCAUUUACAUUUCAUUUCAGUCGAUGAGAGUUGCUACAUGCAAAAUGAACACUCCACAUUUAAUGUAUUCAGAACUGAGAGAGGAGGAUGGAGGAGAACAUGUACAGCACCACAGCACCCCCAUGUGGACAGUCUGCUUAAGACAACCUUUACAAAUCCAAAGCUUGAAUGACACUUGUUUUUGUAAACUGACUUUAAUGAAUCAACCAAGACCGAAAGACUUUUCUUACUUUCUUUCUUUCUUUCUUUCUUUCUUUCCUGGGACUUUUCAUUUUUGAUAAAGUAUAUGAAAUGCAAAAUGUUAUCUUCUUAGUGUUUUUUUCCUUGAUUUACGCAUCUUUUUUUCUUUCUUUUUUCUUUUUUCUCUGUCUCAGUUUCUUUUGAAUAUCUUUGAAUAUCUGUCAAUUCAUCUUUUUGUCCUUUUUCUUUCUAUUCUCUUCCCAUUUCUUUCUUUCUUUCUUUCUUUCUUUUUUCAUGACUUUUCCUUUAUUUUAAUUUUUUGAUGCAUAAUAUUAAAUGCCAAAUGUUAUCUCCUCAUUUUUUUCUUUCUUUUUUCUCUUUUCUCUGUCACACUGUUUAUCUAUCUUUUUGUCCUUUUCUUUCUAUUCUCUUCCCAUUUCUUUCUUUCUUUCUUUCUUUCUUUUUUCAUGACUUUUUCUUUAUUUUAAUUUUUUGAUGCAUAAUAUUAAAUGCUAAAUGUUAUCUCCUCAUUUUUUUCUUUCUUUUUUCUUUUUCUCUGUCACACUGUUUAUCUAUCUUUUUGUCCUUUUCUUUCUAUUCUCUUCCCAUUUCUUUCUUUCUUUCUUUCUUUCUUUCUUUUUUCAUGACUUUUUCUUUAUUUUAAUUUUUUGAUGCAUAAUAUUAAAUGCUAAAUGUUAUCUCCUCAUUUUUUUCUUUCUUUUUUCUUUUUCUCUGUCACACUGUUUAUCUAUCUUUUUGUCCUUUUCUUUCUAUUCUCUUCCCUUUUAUUUCCUUUUUCCUUUCUUUCUUUCUUUCUUUCUUUCUUUCUUUCUUUCUUUCUUUCUUUCUUUCUUUCUUUCUUUCUUUCUUUCUUUCAUCCAUCCAUCCAUCCAUCCAUCCAUCCAUGACAUCAUUCCAUCCAUUCAUUCUGCCUUCCUUCCUUUCUUCCUUCUAUUCCUCCUUCUUUCAUCUUUCAUUUCUUUCUUUGUUUAUUCUUGCUCUCUUUCCCUUCAUUCACCUUUUUUCUAUCUUUUUCUGUUUUACCUUGGUUUUUCUUUUUUCCUUUGUUUUAACUAUUUUUUACUUUAUAAUUUUUUCAAUCACCUGCCUUUCUUUAAUUGAAUUUUUAUAGAUGCAUUUUCUUCUCCAUCCUGUUCUCCUUUUUACAUCCUUUUUCUUUAAUGUAUGUUGUUGUUUUUUAAUCGUGUUUUCUAUUUGGUUUAUCUUUUGCAUGUCCUUCCUGGAGAGGGCUUCCUCUGAUGUUGCUGUUUGUUUCUCUAAUUCCUCUCUGAAAUUGUUUUUAAAUUAAGUUGGAGUUGUCUCUGAAAGAAAAUGAGAGUUUUCAAGGACACAAAAUGUUGCUCACUGAACAGACUGUGAAACCCUUUUGGCCAAAUGAUGAUUUUGACUUGACUUGACAUGACAUUGAAGCCCUAAUGCUCCAACUUAUGACGGUGCAGCUGACAAAAAUAGCUGCAAAACUGACGUCAAGUGUUUGUACCGUAAUCUGUCCAGUUUCCUAUUAUACUUCACUUGAUUCACUCCAAUGAAAGAGCAGACAGAAUGUAACAGUUCAGUUUGUUCCCCUGCUCUGAAUUAUUCAUCUUUCUUUAAUAUUCCUGUUUGUAUCUGCUUCAUUCACAUGCAGCCUAGCAGGGCCUCUGACUUUUCUGUUUAGCUUAUCUAAAAGGCCAAGUUGCUGCAGUCUCUGCGUGUGGCAGCCAUGUGCACACACAAGUGAUUGGCCUUUUUUUUCACUGACAGUAAAGGUCUGUAAAGAAACUAUUUUUUCCACUGAAAGAAGAGGAUGCUGGAUCUUUUUUUUUGGCUCUGCAUUUGUUUGUUUCUGUGUUUGGUUGUUUCCCUCCUUGUACAGAAUAAUUAGCACUUUCAGUCUGAAAACAACAAACAUCUAUCUUGUCCAGGUGCUGCGCUGUUAAUUAUUAAACGCCACUAAAAGCUAACUCCCUCUUUCUCGCCUCCUAAAAGACUAAUCGCAGCUCUAUUAAGUCUGUAACCAGUGUUCCUUAAAUGUGAAAGGGUAUCUUUAACAUCUGGGCAUUGGCUUUAAGUCUUUUCAGUUUACAGCUCACUGCAGUGACUAAAGAGGCCUUUGGUCCCUAUUGAGCCGUUCUGUGAGAGCAUUUAUCCUGUGGCGAUUUUUUUUCUACAAAGUCUAAUAUGUCAACACAAAGUUCCAGAAAAGCUGUAAGGCUGAGCAGAAGAAAGACAAUUAGCCUAUUUCAGAUUUUUUUAAUUCAGUCCUGUGCUAUGAUGAUUUUUUGGAUCAAAUUUUUGGGAAACUUCCAAUGCAAACAACCAAAUGCAACCAACAUGGCCACAAAUAGUGAUCUUCAUGAGUGAUUUACUCCAUUUUUUUAAUUCCAUGUACAGUAUCAAAGCCGGUUUGUAAAGUGUAGCUAACCCUUGCAGAGCUAACACCACCAUCCACCUGGUAGAUCCACAUGAUGUUUACAUAACGCUCUGGAUACUUGCUUAUGUCCUGGUUUAGCCAGACAUUGGUAGUACCAAAAUAACGCCAAACCGCCAUGGCAUCAGAUGCCCAAGAUGCAAUCUGCCAUCUGCCACCUGGUCUUGAUUACAUCCUGGUAUCAAAGCACAGCAUUAUGGCUGUGACCAUUAAUUGGAGCUACAGCACCAACAACUGGUUGUGUUUCUACCUGGAACCAUCACAUGAUUGGCAUUUUGGAUCCGCCAUACUAAAAUUACCAAUAACUUGUUUGACGGACUGGUCAGUUUAGUGCCAGUUAUAAGCCUCACGGCAUUCAGUCGACUAUUUGUUAACAUCUACGGUAAUAAAACAAUGUUGUGUAGGUUUUUGAGUUGUUAAGGGGGUCCAUAAAUGCAAUCAACUCAACUAAAAGGUGUUUUAAAGUCAGCUUUGUGAGUAACUGGUCACUUGCAGAGCGCCUGACACAAAUGAAAGCAAAUAAAAUACUAGGUUUUCAUUUGUUUUUGGCAGUAAUCAUCUGAAUGUGUAAAUUGUUGUGUUUUUGUCACCUCAGAAUCAGCUCUGUUCUUCUACAGAGGAUGUUGGGCUGCAUUCCAACAAACUCCAUAUUGAGUGUGCCAGAAAAGAUUUAGUGUGUCCUCGUACAUGUAUGUCAAACGCAACACAAGCCAGAACAAGACUGUAAAUUUUGACUGCAAUCUGUGCAUACCACAUCACAAGUAGCCAAGACAGCAAAGAUAGAUGGCCAAAAACACUGAGCUACAAACUAUAACAACUGUGUGAGCAAGAGGGUCAGAGCUCAAGGUGCGAUGACAAGUAUGUACUUUAUUUCUACAGGCAACUACAGUCGCCUGUUAUUCACCUUUAAAUAUGAGCCUAUAAAAGUUUGAAAUACAUGUUUGAGCUGAGAAAAAAGAUAUUGUUUUUUUCUCUUUCACAUAUUCUUAGAAAUGUAUCAUGAGAGUAAAGAAAAGCCACAUUUUGAAGACUAUUAUAAACAUUCAGUGUCUUCACAUCAAGAAAGAAGACAGCCUAAGGGAUUCAGAAAAAUAUGUUGGCUAUUAUUUUGUGAUCGAUCACAUUGUACUACUGCAUAGACUGUCUCAGUACUCCUGAAAUUACCUUAUAAAUAACCUUAAAGUACCACAACAAGUGUAAAUGGCUGACUUCUGUGUUGUGUUGUAAUUGGUUAUGAUGUUGUGAAUUAUAGUAAAUCAUUGGAGUUCAAACUAUGCCGUGUACAUGCAUAUUUUAAUCUUUAAUGUAAGGGAUAGUAGGGUAAGUUGAGUCAAAGGGUUAGUUAAGCCACCUCCUGUUGCUUGGAAAUGUUAUAAGAAAUUGAUCAUAUGACAAAAUAUUCAGAAGAUGGGCAUCAAUUCAUGUAGUCUGUGAAGGUUAGACGCACAUGGGUGAAGGGGUUAAACAUUUAUUUCAAAAAAUACAUUUUUCACUCUUGAAAGUGAAUUUAGUCUGUCAUAAGUUUUUAUAGAAUUGUGUUCAGACCAAAAAACAUAAUUUUGAAUUUGUUUUAUACAUCAAUUGUGAUAUCUUCAGCUUGCGUGAAGACAUGAGGACUGCACCUAAUCUUAAUGAUUUUAAAAGCAAACUGAAAACAAACCUUUUUAGUCUUACUUUUGACUAAACUUUAUAUCAUUAGCUCUGUUUAAAUGUUUUAGCGAUCAUCUUUUACUGAGCUAUUUUGGUGCUCCUAUUUGUUAUUAAGGGAGAGAGAAGGUGAGGGAGGGCUGGGGUGGAGAGUGGAGGGGUAGUGGGGAUACUGCUCAACUUAACCCGCUCCUAUGGUCAACUUACCCCGUGUACGGGUUAAGUUAACCAUAGGAGACCACUUUUUUGGCAUGCUAUAUUAUCAAGACAGUUAUGUUUACACUUAUUCUGUUGGUUUGCAGGGAUGAGCAACAUCUUGAAAUAUGUGCGGAUACACUAGUUAGAGACCAAACUAUGAUUGCCUUGAUGUAGUGAUCCGAAAUAUGAAAAAUGGCUCAUCUUACCCCACUCUCCCCUACAUAUAUUUCCUACAUGGGUAUGCAAUAAAGGUGUAUUUAUUACAUUUCCGUAUGAGAGGCCUCGUUUAAUCAAUUCUGUGUGGGGAUUUAAUGUUCCACCACCUGAGGAGCAUCUUUUUAAAAACAGUUUUCCUCCUUUGAUGCCGUGGAUACACUGUCUAAUGUUGCUUUGUCACGGACACGCUGUGAGACUGAGCGGCUCCGUGUUUGUACUGUAAAGACAUCAAAGCCGAUUACGCCUCGCACGGGCCGCUGGGCGGGGCAGCUGAGGUGAACCGCCGAUUUCACUGGACGUGCGCGUGUCAGGAAGCGCGAGCGACCAAUGGAUAUACCUUUUUCCUUUUACUCGCCGACCUGCGAUACCUGUCGACACUCCUGUUUAGAGAGUUACGACUUUCCAGAGUGGGUUUCUCCCUCACAGCAGCUGCUCCUUCACGGCUGAAGUGGCUGUAAAAAUGACGGAACACUAAUUACCUUAGCGGACAAAGCUUGAGCGGUUUUAUGAACGAAGUUGAGCACAGUUUGGCCCUCUUAUUAUCUGCACGAGCCGGACUUUGGGAUGACAUUUGUUGCCACUAGCAGGAUGGAGUGGCUGCUCCAGCGAUGCCAUAAAGAGGCUGCCUGCCACUCAGUCAUUCGGACGUUUCUGCUCAUUUUAUGUUUGGUAAGAGCCAGUGUGAUUUUUAUGGACUUGUAUUAUCACUUCUUACCCCAAACACUCGGAAAAGUCUCGCACAUAAGGCGGUUUAUGAGGCUGAAAUGCCCCCCAAUGUUGUUUUUUGGCACUUUUUUGUUGCAUAUUUGUGCUGGAUUUACGUGCAUCUAUGUCUGGCAGUGAUGCUGUGCAGUGCAGAAAAGUAGGACAGAUUAUAAAUUGGUCACUGAGCUCAAGCCAAGGCCCAUACGCAUUUAUCUGUGACAGACAGCGCCAAAUAAUAAGAGGAUAAAUACUGAAUCCAAUCCAAUCCAAACAUGGCAAUCCUUUCAGAGGGCAGCACAUAAUUAAAUUGAGCUACAACUUUGCCUCAUUGCGACAUAAACUAAUACAAAACAGCUAUGUGUGAAUGGUUUAUGAUGACAGAUGCAAACAUCAUAGAAAAGUGGGGGUUCGAUUUGUUAAUUAAACUUUUUAAUAUGUUCUUCUCCUUUUCUGCACUGACUCCAAACCCCUGCAGCUCCUGGUCCUGUCUGUGUCCUUGUAUCCCGGGUUGAGGUCCAUUGGGGUCCAGCUUCACUCAGCGUUAACAGGGAGUUACGCACCAGGCCACCACUCUCUCAUUCUCAUCAACAGUCCCAAUGAACAGGCAGCAAGGGACAUCGGCAGGUAAAUCUAAGGCUUGUAGUCGACAUGGCUCAUGUGAGGAGUUAACAGCUGGUGUAGAAAUAGCCUGAAUACAACUUAGUUUACUUACAGUUUUAUGAUGUGGAACUGCUUUGCUGUUCACUAGAGUAUUGACCAAUCAGAACCAAGUACUAAACAUUGCCUGGAAGUUAUUUAGGCCAACCACUUCUCUAUGAGUUUGUGAUAACUUUACAUACAUGGGAAUGGCAGAGCCCAAGCCUCAAUGGGGCCCUAAGCAAAAUUUGAUUUCAGGGCCCUCUAUUUCUGCCAAUAAUAUUGAUCGUUGAUCAUUUACUCUCCUACGACAGUAUACAUUUAAUGCGCCUAACAGGUCUUCACAUUAUUAAGGGGGUGGCCUAGGUAAUAACAUAAAUAGUACCAAUGCAACCAUACAAAUAAUACCAAUGAAUGACUGAUGUUCAGGGUGCCACAUAUGGUGUUUAAUCUGAAAAUGUAAAACAUUCAGGAUGCUCAGUGCACAUUGCACAGCAGGAGGCACAUAACGGUAGCAGAGCUUUGAUAUAUCGGCAAUAAGAAUCAUAGGCUUACAUCAGCAGCAGCAAUAAAUGUUUUUUAUUUUAUUUUAUUUUUUACAAUAAUGUGUAUUUGAUCAUACAGAAAGCAUCACUCAUACAUGCAAAAAAUAUUAUUUUUUUAUUGCUUUUGGGGGCCCCCUACUGGCCGUGGGGCCCCAAGCAGGCGCUUAGUUUGCUUAUGCCUUGGGCCGACUCUGGGGAGUGACAACCUUCAAUCAGUCUCUUCAUUCAACUCCUGGAAAAAGCAAACAAGUAUACAGGUGCAGCUCCAUAAAACGAGAAAUUCCCAAACAAGUUAUUAUUGAAACAAGACUUUUUUGUCUUAAUCUUGAUGAUACAACCAAAGGAAAUAAAAUCCACCAUCUCAAAAUAUUGAAAUAUUGUGGAAAAGUCCUGUUUCUUGUCAGUUAUAUUAGUCCUUAAAAGAGCUCUUUACUGAGUCUUUACUCUCUCUGGAUCGGUACACACAACCACCAGAGGAUGGUCAAACAAAACAGAUUCAAGAACUUAGGGGCGGUUCACAAGGAGUGGACUGAGGCUGGAGUCAGACCAUCAAGAGCCAUUAAACACAGAUGAGUCCAGGAAAUGGACUACAAACGUUGUGAUCUGAAUAAGAGUCAUCAUAAGUGUCUCACCUGGACUGAGAAGAAAAGAACUAGACUACUGCUCAGUGGUCCAGAGUCCUGUUUUGUAGAGAUGGUAUUACUGAGUGUGAUUGACCAGCCUUCAGACCUGAACCCCAAAGAGGAUCUUUAGAGUAUCAUGAAGAGAUAAUGAGAGACAACAGAGCAACAACACAGAUGAGCUGAAGGAGCUUUCAAAGCAACCUGGACUCCAUAACACCCCAGCAGAGUCCCUACAGGCCAUUGUCUCCAUGGCCCCAGUAAAGGAGCUAAGCACUGAGGGCGUUUAUAAACAUUAUUUUCCAGGAGGUCGACAUUUCCGUUUUAUAAAUCCUUUAUUUUGUGAGCUGUACGUCGCAAUCAUUAGCACUCAUUAAAAAUAAAAAAAAAUUAGAGAUAUUUCACUUAAAAUAAAUGGAAGUUUCACUUUUUUAAUUGACUUUAUCAUUUUUUUAGCUGCACCUGGGUUUCCCCCCCCCUAAAAAACUGAUUCGGUCAGUUUCUAUAAUAUAGAUUCAAUGAGUUUUGAAAUACGAUGAAGUAAUUCCAACACUUCAAAGUCAGUCAAAAAGGCACAACUUUCACUCUCCUGCAAAAGUCAAAGCUACAAUCUUGUCAAACUCACAGAGUAGAAGGUGGCGUUGCACCCUCAUCUACUUUGUUUGCAUUCUCGCUGAAUGUGAAUGAGCUCCAUUAACUUCGUGUCCAACAAAAAAAGGAGCCAAAGUUCGGCUGCCAGAUAUGUAAAUCACCUCCUUCAGAGACGCUGGCUAGAGGAGGGGGCACAGCUGAGCUGGUAAUGAACUUUAAUAUCAGGCGAGCAGAAGCAGAAAGCAAAGUUUAUCAUCUUCUCUGAAUGAACAGCAUGGAAGUAUUUUCCUUGGGCUGCCUGAGGAGAAACCACGAUGAAGGGCUCAGUUUCACGCUGUAAUUGAUAAACAGCUGGUGGCUUGUAAGUGUUUAAUUUUUCUUUCCUCUCUUUCCAUGUCUACCCCCUCUGUUUCCAUCCACGCUCCCCACCGCUGCGGCUUUCUUCCAGGGCAAUCAUGGAGAGGCGGCUGGCAGCCAGUGUUAACAUUCUCUGCAGGACCUCCACAAUGUAAAUCAUAUUUUUACCCGUUACCUUAAGUCAACUUUGCUUUUUAUCGCAAAACCAACUCAGUUAUAAAAAAUACAAAAACACACUUUAUUUUUGCAUCUUUGCUACAAAGCAGAUAGUCCUUGAAUGUUUUUAUCAGUUUUCCCAUCAUGAGAACUGGAGUGGCAGCUUCCAUUGAAAGGGGCCAUAUGUUUAUAUGCAUGGGUGAGCUUUCCUGUUGAUGCAUAACCACAAAGGCAAUGAAAAAAAAGUCAGGGUUUAGAGGACGGGGAGGCGCUGAAUAGAAGAGGCAGUGUUAAAACCUGUUUACCAAACAGAGGUUUGCGCUCAAAAUAGAGGAUGUGGUCAGAUCAGUUAAGGGGUGAGGGUGUUGAUGGAGGUGGUGGGAGGGUUGCAGAUUCAUAAUGAGUGUUUCAGUUAGGUCCAGGCCUAUUUAGUCUCAUAUAUUAGUGUCGGAUGCUAAAACCUGGGCUCUCAGUUUGUGUUUUGCUGCUUUCCGCAUCUCUAUAUUUACAGUGAAAGAAAACGUUUUUUUCUCAUCAUGCUAUUAAAGCGUCUGUAAGACAGUUUGAUGCCCUCUCUGUGAAUCACUGUAGUCUAUAGGGCUGGGUGAUAAACCAAAAAUUUACUCAUACCAAAAUUUACGACGACAACAACAGACUUCAUCAUGCCCAUGUCAAUAUAUUUAGGGUCUAAAUAAAUAAAUAAAAGUUGGUUUUGGAUGUGUGUAGGUAGGCUAUGGUCUCAUGUCCCUUUAAGACGUUGUCCUACAUCAGAGACGUGACUCCACCCCAUUCAGUCUGUAAUGGAGUAGUUAUCGUUGUUUAAUUGUUAUCAAGGUGAACUGCUUAAUAUAUCGUGAUAUUGAUUUGAGGCCAUAUCGCCCAGCCCUACUUCCACAUCUCUGUAUUUACAGUAAAAGAAAACGUUUUUCUCAUUAUGCUAUUAAAGCCUCUAUGAUACAGUUUGACGCUUUCACUGCGAGUCGCUGUAGUCUGUAGGGCUGGGCGAUAAAUUAAAAAUUUACUGAUACUGAAAUCAGUAAAUUGGGCUCACUGAGUAGUUAUCAUUGAUUUAUCGUUGUCGAGGUGAACUGCUUUAUGUAUCGUGAUAUUGAUUUUUGGGCCAUAUCGCCCAGCCCUACUUCCACAUUUCUAUAUUUACAGUAAAAGAAAACGUUUUUCUCAUUAUGCUAUGAAAGCCUCUAUGAGACAGUUAGACGCUCUCACUGCGAAUCACUGUAGCCUGUAGGGCUGGGCGAUAAACUAAAAAUUUACAGAUACCAAAAUUUACAACAACAACGGACUUCAUCUCACCCAUGUUAAUAUUUUCAGUGUCAAAAUAAAUAAAUAAAUAAAAGUUUGUUUUGGAUGUGUGUAGGUAGGCUAUGGUCUCAUGUCCCUUUAAGACGCUGUCCUACAUCAGAGACGUGACUCCACCCCAUCCAGUUCAUAAUGGAGUAGUUAUCGUUGUUUUAUCGUUAUCAAGAUGAACUGCUUAAUAUAUUGUGAUAUUGAUUUGAGGCCAUAUCGCCCAGCCCUACUUCCACAUCUCUAUAUUUACAGUGAAAGAAAACGUUUUUCUCAUAAUGCUAUUAAAGCCUCUUUGAGACAGUUAGAUGCUCUCACUGCGAAUCACUGUAGCCUGUAAUGAAUAUUUUGACAAGGGUUAAGGACUUUAAGGAUUCCCGAGCCCUAAUUUCUCAUCUGCUGUGGUUUCACAGGUAUUAUUGGAAAGACGAAAUCCAGGAUGCAAGUGAAAUCCUCAUGGUAAGCUCGGUGAGAAAGUCACUCUGGGAUCAGCAGGCAUGUUUGAAUGGCAAGCAGAAGUUUAAGAUAAGAUGUCCCUGUUUGUCGUUGCAGCUGGUGAAAACAAAGACCUCCAGGAUCCAGCAGAUCUCAGACUAUGUGAGGUGAGCAGUUAUAAAGUUUUAAUCUAUUUUAUAGCUUCAGCUGUGCCUACUCGACUGUAAAAGUGUAUUAAAGCUUCAUUGCAGUUAUUUUCAACUUGGGUCCUGUUGAAGACUUUAAAAUUUCAGCGAUUACAGCCGCACUGUCAUAAAACGGAAGGUACUGUGAUCAAACAACUACAACAUUUUAUUAAAGAAAACUAAAUAUUAGUGUUGGAAAAACAGUUCAUAAUCUUACAGGGCUCCUGAGGGAUACGAAGGACUUUUUCCUUCUUCUAAACAUUCUUGAGAUCCUGAGAAACUUAAAAAAAAUUCUUAGAAAACUUUGCAAGAUCCCACAGACACUCCUCAAUCUGUGACAGGAAUCACCAAUAUAUUCACAGUUUCAGUCUCCCUGAGUCGAUAACCUUUCAGCUUUAGAUUGCCUGUACAAAACUGAGAUCUCUAUUCAACCAUAGUAAGUUAUGAAAUGAGCUACAACCCUGAUUUUCAUCAGUGCGAGUCGUCCUUCAAGCCGUACACUGAUUGCCGUGACUUAAGUGAGAAGGGCCUGACAGCAAAUCGCUUAAUGCAUGAAAGUCUCAACUUUGUCACACAACAGCAAUAAGUAGGGGGGAAAAAAACUCACGUAACAAUGCUGUUUACACAAGAAUAUCUUGCGUAUGACAGGAUCGGUUCCCACGUUCAGAUGUAUCACCGUGAAAAGUACAUCGAUUCUUGCGCUGUUUGACGACAACUCUGGAGAUGGUGAAGAAGUUGGCAGAAAGCUGAUUCUUGCGUUAAUUACACUUUGGUCCGUUGGUGACACUGUGUGACGGUAUUUUUGACGGUCUUUUGUACUAACGCCAAUGGACAGGCUGCCGAACAAAAUACGCUGUCUCUCCUCUACCUCCCCGACCAGCACAUUCAAUUGGCACGCUGUGAACUUCUUUUUCUUGGAUUUUGUUUUGCGCGGAGGGGGAGACCUAAUUUAAAUAAAUUUUCAUAUUUAUAGGUGGGCGUAAUGGGGGCGGGUGGUCACUCCGACAAAUCUUCACUGAUUGGGAUGUAUCAAGGAAAUGUGUGUGGAUUCCGACGCUCGCAUGGAUUGAUACAUCUGGAUUUUUUCCUACGUUCGCAACUUGUGGGAUCCUUGCAACCGCUGUUUUUUAGUAUGAGAUCCUUUAAAGUAUUGAUACAUGCGGCCCCUAGAGUAAAAUCAAUGUUUGUAACGUCUUGCAGUUGUCUCUCAAUAUCUUGCAAAAAAAUCCAAGGAUUCUAUAAAAGUUUGUCAGAAUCUUGCAAAAUAAAAAUUCAAGCCCUGCUAAAAUUUCACGAGUUACAUUUUUUUUUUCAAUCCAACACAAAAUUCAGAAGACCUCUUGAAAGUCUCUCAGAAUAAAAAUGGGAUCCCUUCCAACACACGGAGGCGGUAGAUAAUCAGAACAUCAUAAUGAAGACAGGUGUCCUUGUAAUCUUACAUUGUCGUGCUGCGUAGGUACAGUGGUUAAGCCUUUCACCUUUUUUAAAUGUGCUGGAAAGCAUUACUACAAACAAUUCAGGGUAAAAUCUUCAUGUAAUUAAGUGUUGAAGUGAAAACCGUGAUGGGAAAAAAAAACUGGUAAGAAAGUCCCAACUGGAUCAUACAGGAAAGUAUUCACAGCACAACACUGUUUUCACAUUUUCUAGUGGUACAGCCUUUUUCCAAACUGGAUUACAAUUAAAAACAAAAAUAUACUAAUGGAAUUGAAUCCAGUUUGGAAUAAGACUGUAACACAAGAAAAUGUGAAUACUUUCAGGAGACAGUGUAAUUAGAGCGAGCAGAGACCCCUAAUGGCUAGUGUUGCCAGUUCUGCUUCAGUGCUGAUGCUUUUUGUACUAACUUUCUGCUUAGCUUUUAUUUUUUUUCCACUUGAGUUAAAGUAGAAAACCCUCAAGGCAGCCUGCUGUAGCGAAGGGCAAAGUUACACGUCUGAUCUUCUGCUCUUUUAUGAACCAUUGAGACCUUUAAGAUCUGUUUACUCUCCUGCGAGUCAAAACUUGGAAACAUGAAGAAGCAGAAUUCAGUGUUUGUGUGAAACAAAACCCCAGAAAUCAGACUUCAGGGAGGAGACUCUGUUUUUGAUUUAGAGUUGAAGGAUUUCCUUUUUCGCCUCGUUUCAUUUCACUUUUUUGUCAACUGUAUAAUUUGUUGUACUAAAUAUUAUUUACUUUCUUUUAAUCCCUCUAAAUCCUGUUUCUAAGCCUCUUCACACUGCCUCAUGGGGUCGUUUUGUGUUUCUUUUACACUGUUUUGUAACAUCUUUAUGUUUGUCUCCAUGUGGGUUUCUUCAAGGUCUGUCCACCCUUAUGCAAACCCAGAAGUCCUCAGCUUCCUGGUGGAGGACGGCAGUCUAGCGUACAUGAAGUGGAUGGAUGAAGCCAUCCCAGAUGACUGACACAUCAGUCAAAAAACAAAGACAGUGUUUGCCUGAACUGCAGCUGAAGAAGUACGCUAAGCCAUACUGUGCACAGGAUGUUGUUUAGAUUGAACUGUAUUGAACAAAAAGCUUUAUAUAUUUAUUCCAGAUUGGGCUCUGACCUUUUAACUGUACGUCUCACUAAGUACUUAGUAGAUUUGCUUUGUACCACAAAGCAUCAGAAACAAUUGCCUCUGACUGCCUAACAGGUGGCGGCUAACAUUUCGCAGCAGAACCCCUCUAACAAGGAGUAGCAGUCAGUAAUUUGAGUCUUUAACGGGACUAAUGUGCUGUGAUCUGACAGUCUUAACUGAGUCUUUAUUUAAAAUGGACAAAAAUAACAGCAUGGGAGUUCAACAGACUUCAAAAAGCCUGUACAGAGUAACCGAGAUAAUACACUCUUUUUUGUCUGACGCAUCCUUUGCCCAUCCCUCAAUUCGCAUAAUUUGAGAGCACUUUAGCACUUAUAAUAGAGAUAAUGCC